GGAACUCUCUUUAGAAAGGCUCGCUGAAGCUGCUGACAGCUGAAAAGGGGGGAGUCCUAGUAGCUUUAUUCAGCACUCAAGCAUCAGGGCUUUUUUUUUUGCUUCAGUAUUGAGAAAAAGAAAGAUAAAAACAAAAACAAAAAACAGCAACAAUAGAAAGGAUCUCACCAUGAGUAACAAAUGCGAUGUGGUCGUCAUUGGAGGAGGCUUAUCAGGUAUGUAAAAAAAAAGGAUAGUUCUUUCAUUUUACAUCAAACCCAAAAAGUAUGAUUUGCUACGAUCAUUAUUUGCGUUGUUUUUUACAUGUACAAGGGUUAGACAAAUCCCUUAUUAUUAUCACAGACCAGACGUGUUAUCUAUUACAAACGGCUUAACAAUACAGCCUAUAACUCCACGCAAAGAGAUAGAUGCAGCAUCUCGGCUAAUUACCUUCUGUCAAUAGAAGGAAAGAGAUUUUUUUUUUUACAGUUUACCUAAUCCUUAUUGAUCCUGUAGAAACUAACAGUAUAAUCCGUCUAGGCUACAGAUUUCCUGCUGACAAAGAGCAUCAGUGUAGCAAGAUUAUUGUCACUGUAUUACUGUCUUGAAAUUUUAUAUAUAUGUACAUUUGUAAAAUGAAAGCAUGUGUAACGCAAGCAGGUGUGCAAUUUUGGUUCUAAAGCAGAUUCUUUAGUAGAAUCAGAUUUUGCAGCCUUACAGUAGAUGAAUGAAAUGAGAUGUUUAUAUUUUAUAUAGUACUUCUGCUAAGUGUCAUCACAUUUUACAUUUGGACGCAACAGGGUUCUCACCGAUACAGUAAUACCCUCUACAGGCAGUAAAGAAGACAGAUUGAGAGGGAGUGUCUGAAGAGUUUACCGUACGAGCACACUCAAUUAGAUAGCAUUGAUGCUUGAAUAUUGUAUAUGUUUGGAAAGGAAACUACCCUGAACAAAAUUAUAAACGCAACACUUUUGUUUUUGCCCCCAUUUUUCAUGAGCUGGACUCAAAGAUCUAAGACUUUUUUAUGUACACAAAAGGCCUAUUUCUCUCAAAUAUUGUUCACAAAUCUGUCUAAAUCUGUGUUAGUGAGCACUUCUCCUUUGUCGAGAUAAUCCAUCCAUCUCACAGGUGUGGCAUAUCAAGAUGUUGAUUAGAUAGCAUGAUUAUGGCACAGGUGUGCCUUAGGCUGGUCACAAUAAAAGGUCACUCUAAAAUGUGCAGUUUUACUGUAUUGGGGGAUUCCGGGGGGGGAGUGUACUAACCAGUUAGUAUCUGGUGUGACCACCAUUUGCCUCAUGUAGUGCAACAUAUCUCCUUCGCAUAGAGUUGAUCAGGUUAUUGAUUGUGGCCUGUGGAAUGUUGGUCGACUCCUCUUUAAUGGUUGUGCAAAGUUGCUGGAUAUUGGCAGGACCUGGAACACGCUGUCAACAUGAGGUGAUGGUCGUGGAUGAAUGGCACAACAAUGGGCCUCAAGAUCUUGUCAUGGUAUCUCUGUGCAUUCAAAAUGCCAUCAAUAAAAUGCACAUGUGUUCAUUGUCCAUAACAUACGCCUGCCCAUAUCAUAACUCCAGCGCCACCAUGGGCCACUUGAUCCACAACGUUGACAUCAGCAAACCGCUCACCCACACAAUGCCAUACACGCUGUCUGCCAUCUGCCCUGAACAGUGCAAAACAGGGAUUCAUCAGUGAAGAAAACACCUCUCCAAAGUGCCAGACGCUAUUGAAUGUAAGCAUUUGCCCACUCAAGUCUGUUAUGACGAUGAAAUGCAGUCAGAUCGAGACCCCCGAUGAGGACAACAAGCAUGCAGAUGAGCUUUCCUGAGACGUUUUUUGACAGUUUGUGCAGAAAUUCUUUGGUUAUGCAAACCGAUUGUUGCAGCAGCUGUCCGGGUGGCUGGUCUCAGACGAUCUUGGAGGUGAAGAUGCUGGAUGUGGGCUGGUGUGGUUACACGUGGUCUGUGGUUGUGAGGCUGGUUGGAUAUACCGCCAAACUCCCUGAAGUGCCUUUGGAGAUGGCUUAUGAUAGAGAAAUGGCUUAUGAUAGAGCUCUGGUUGACAUUUCUGCAGUCAGCAUGCCAAUUGCAUGCUCCCUCAAAACUUGCGACAUCUGUGGCGUUGUUCUGUGUGAUAAAACUGCACAUUUUAGAGUGGCCUUUUAUUGUGGCCAGCCUAAGGCACACCUGUGCAAUAAUUAUGCUGUUUUAUCAACAUCUUGAUAUGCCACACCUUUGAGGUGGAUGAAUUAUCUCGGCAUAGGAGAAGUGAUCACUAACACAGAUUUAGACAGAUUUUUUAACAAUAUUCGAGAGAAAUAGACUUUUUGUGUACAUAGAAAAAGUCUUAGAUCUUUGAGUUCAGCUCAUGAGAAAUAGGGGCAAAAACAAAAGUGUUGCGUUUAUAAUUUGUUCAGUGUAAAUAAGCAAACUGAAUAAAAUAAAUGACACUAUGACACAGUUGGAGUAAGGCAGCGGUCUUUAUUUUAAAGGCAUUUUAAAAUAACAUUAUUACUAAUCACUAAUAUAGUAAACUCUAUAACUUUAUUUUAAAACAGAAAAUGAAAAUUAAUUAAUUAAUCCAGCAUUGAAGACCAAGGCUAACCUUCUGGAACUGCCUUAACCCCUUCAGGACCGGACUGUUUUUGCGAUGUUUGUACGUUAAGGACCAGAGCUAUUUUAACACUUUUGUGGUGUUUGUGUUUAGCUGUAAUUUUCCGCUCUCUCAUUUACUGUUCUGAUAUAAAUUAUAUAUUGUUUUUUUCAGGACAAAAAGGGCUUUCUUUACAUACUAUUAUUUUUAUCAUGUCAUAUAAUUUAAAAUAUGGUGAAAAAUAAAAAAAACAAGUUUUUUGAUUCUACUUAAAAAAUCUUUUACUGAUCUACAAAAUCGAACGAAACAAACUGCUAAAUAGAUUCAAAAUUUUGUCCUGAGUUUAAAAACACCCAAUGUUUACGUGUUUUCUUGCUUUUAUUUGCAAGUUAUAGGGCUAUAAGUACAAGUAGGAAAUUGCUGUUUCAAAAUGUACAUUUUUCAAAUGUAUCAAUAGUGACAUUGUAACACUGUUAUGUCAAAAAUCUCCAAAAAAACACCCCACAUGUAUAUAUUUUUCUUAAACUAGAUAACCCAGGGUAUUCAUCUAAGAAUAUUUUGAUACUUUCUAUGCAGCCAUUUUACCACAAACCUUUGCCAAACUUUGCAUAGGUAGUUUUUUUUUGUUUGUUUUUUCACAUACAUUGCAAUUCAGGUAUAAAUUCACAGAUUCUGUUAUGGGUCACUGCCAAACCACCCAAUAUGUGUUCAGCAACAUCUCCCGAGUACAGUGAUACCACCCAUGUAUAGGUAUGUCGGUUUGUUGGUGGGCUAAAAGGCCACAUUUGGCAGGUGUGCAUAUCCGUUUCCAACUUGGAAUUGUGACAUGUAGUCAACUUGCAUGCAUGUCCUAUUUGGGACAUUUUACCCCCUUUAAUGUAGACACCCUAGGGCAGGGGUAGGCAACCUUUUAACAGCACUGUGCCGAAAUAAGAUUGUGAUGUCUCCUAUUUUUUUUAAAUUGAGAUGUGUAUGUUGCGUAUUCUGCUUGUGCUAUUUAUACUGCAGUUGCUUUUUAUAGUUGUAUUUGUGCGCAUAUUAGCUAUUAUAUUUUAUAUGUUCAUGAGUAGUUUGUGGUAUUGUGUACCUAUGAAUGUCAGCUGUGUAUGGGGGCUACUUGUGGAAUUGUGUGUGUGUGUGUGUGUGUGUGUGUGUGUGGAUGGAUAUAUCGCAAUGUGUGUUUCGUAGUGUAUAUGUGUGGGGCUGUUUGGGGUAUUGCAUGUGAGAGACUGCAUGUACAUGGAUUGUCAGUGGUGUUGAGAUUGUGUUGUGUUGGCUGCUAUUAUUUGUAUGAGGGGAGGUUUAUUCUGCAGCUCUGUGUAUAUCUAGCAGUGUUAGUGGGUACCUGGCUGGCCAUAUACAUGUCAAGGGCAGGAGCUGCGACAGCUGCUGAGGGCUGCUCUACUACAGUAUGGAUUCCCAUUCACAAGUGCUGGGAGGAAUUGAUCUUCUACGUGCUGCAAUGCAUAAAUUGAAGAUUGUCCUUCACCACCUUUUCGUAUUGGCAGAUAUCUGAAGUUUCACUGGGACUCCUGAUCGGGCCAGAGCCUGUUUUGCUCUAGCAGCCUUGAGUGCCAUGCAAAAGCACCUCGAGUGCCGUGCAUGGCACAGGUGCCAUAAGUUGCCUACCCCUGCCCUAGGGUAUUUCAAAUGGUGGUAUUUUAACACUUUCCAUGCACUAAUUCUACCACCAGGCUUUGUCAAACAUUGAGGUAGUACGUUUUUUUUCUGUUUUUUUCACACACUUUGUACUUUAGGCAUGAAUUAACAGAACCUGUUAUGUGUCACUGCCAAACAACACCCCAAUAUGUGUUCAGCAACAUCUCCCGAGUACAGGGAUACCCCCCAUGUAUAGGUGUGUUGGGUUGUUUGGGGGCUAAAAGGCCACAUUUUGCAGGUGCGCAUAUCAGUUUCCAAGCUUGGAAUUUUGACAUGUAGUCAACCUGCAUGCAUGUCCUAUUUGGGACAUUUUUGAAGCAGGCCAAUGUAUUUUACCCCCAUCAAAGUAUAUAUUUUUGAAAAGUAGACACCCUAGGGUAUUUCACAUGGUGGUAUUUUAACACGUUCCACGCACUAAUUAUACCACCAGGCUUUGUCAAACAUUGAGGUAGUAAUUUUUUUUUCUGUUUUUUCACACACAUUGUACUUUAGGCAUGAAUUAACAGAUCCUGUUAUGUGUCACUGCCAAACAACACCCCAAUAUGUUCAGCAACAUCUCCCGAGUACAGUGAUACCACCCAUGUAUAGAGUUGCUGGGUUGUUUGGGGGCCAAAAGGCAACAAUCAGAACUUGUACAUGUCAAUUUUUCAACUUGAUUUAUAGGUAUGCUUGGUCUACCUUCAGUUUGACAUAUUUUUGCACCCCCCAGUUAAUUUUACCAUUACAAAAGUAUAUAUAGUAUAUAUUUUUAUAAAGUAGACAUCAAAGGUUAUAGAAGAUGGGGUGUUUUGACUUCUUUCCCCCAACCAUUUUGCCCCCCAGAAAAAACAGAGAAAGUGUAGUGGUAAUUUUUUAAAUUCUGGUUUUAUGCACACCUCAUCUGGUUAUGUGUUACUACCAUAAAACUUGUUAGACCAAAUCUGCAGGUAGCAAAUGUACAUUUAGCAGCAAUCUUUAAACUGACUCCUGCAAAUAGAAUCUAGCUGGAGAUUUGGGGGAAGGAAACUGACUAACAAAAAAUGGCUGCUUUCCAAGGAAACAAAAAAUAAAAUAAAAAUUCAGGAACACUUCUUACAACUGUUCUGUGUGGUACAGCUUGAAACAUGUUCCUACACACAGUCCUGGUUUCGAAGGGCAAUCAGGACAGUAAAAAGGGGUGUCUGUCCUUUUCUAGUUUUUAAAACAGACUCAGCAACGUUUCUGGGUGGGGGUUUUCUAGCAGUUGGCGCUAACUUAAAAAUAAAAUGCCUGGACUCAGCUUGCACCAUUGUUGGAACUUGUCCAUCUCCAUAAAUUGUUAAAGAAAUUAUUUUCAACUGAAAUUAGAGAAAGGUGGUUUUCCAUGGAUUAUUUAAAAAAAAAAAAGCAAAAAUGAGUUGUGGGUUGCUAUUUGCAUCAGAUAGAUAGCCACCUUUUUAUACCAUGCUUUGGUUUUUCGUAAAAUAAGAUAUGGCUGCAUCAGCUGAUCAGCCAAAUCAACACUCCCCAUGUACUUAUUAUACGCCCUGAUGCAAACCGGUUUGGACUCUACUCUGCCCCGGACAGAGACGUCUGACAUGCGUUCGUCAUGGAUGGUGGUUAGCAUGUUGACAUCCUUCCUGUCCCUAAAUUUUAGUGCAAGCACUUCAGCUUUGCAAAGUGCUUUACAUUCACCUUUUUUUUAUUUUGCCUCUAUGAGAGAUCGUGGAAAGUCUUUGGAAUUUUUUCUGGCAGUGCCAAUAAACCAUAAAGUGUUUUAAACAGACGGACACUACUAUAAAAAUUAUCCACAUAAAGGUGGUAACCUUUAUUAAACAAGGGGUUUAGUAGGUCCCAUACAAGUUUCUCACUUGUCCCCAGGUAGUCAGGACAGCCAGGAGGGUCCAGUUGACCAUCUUUCCCCUCAUAUACACGAAAGGCAAACGUGUAUCCACUUUCGGUCUCGCACAGUUUGUACAGUUUUAUGCCAUACCUAGAGCGCUUUCAGGGGAUGUAUUGUCUGAACCCUAAUCUCCCUUUGUAUUUCAUUAGCGAUUCAUCUAUGGAUAAAUUUUGUUAGGGGGUAUAAACAUCAGAAAAUUUGUCCUGAAAAUGGUCUAGCAGUGGGCGUAUUUUAUGAAGCCUAUCGUAUUGGGGGUGAUCUCUAGGGUGACAGAGGGUAUUGUCACUGAAAUGUAAAAAUCUCAGCAGUAACUCGUAUCUGGCUCUAGGCAUGGUUUGGGAGAAUACUGGACUAGCCAUUAUUGAGUUGGUGCUCCAGUAUGAGCGAAUCGAUGGCUUCUUUAUAAUCCCCAUGAGCAUUGUAAGAGCCCAGAAUUUUUUAAGCUCUGGGACAUCUGUGGGAUGCCAGUCAUGCUCCCUGACUGUAUAGCUACCUGGAUUGUUAUCAAUAAAUUGGGUAGCAUACAAGUUAGUCUGGGAAGCAAUCUCCUCCCAGAUGGUAUGCCCUAAAAAUAGUUCUACAUACUGCAUUGGGGAGAAGCCAUCCACAUUAACAUUAAUGCCUGCAUUGGCACUAAAAGGGGGGAUGUUGAGCUCGGCUAACUGUGGAGGUACCCAGUGCUCCUCCACAUUUGGCGUAGCAGAGGAAGCACAGCUUCUUUCUUCAGCCGGCUCACACACAGAUGACAUGUCGUCUUGACUAGACGUGUCAGAAAACUGACGUGGGUCAAAAUCUGACGCAGUGUCAGUGGCGUCAGUCUGACGCCAAGAAGGCAUAUGCCUCCUGCAAGUUAUACAUACGCUGCAUGUUUUACAUACGACAAACAAAUUACAAAAACACAAAAAAAAAUUAUACUUUUUUUUUUUUUACUAAAACAGACUAAACAGCAAUCCCUAAACUAACUUCUGUCACAAAAAUCUAAUGGAGAUUUGGGGGAAGGAAACUGACUGACUAAGACAGACCAAAACAGACCAAGACACAGAUUUUUGAAACAAAUUUAACCCUUUAAGGGCAAAAAAAAAUACAGACAGUACAAAUGCACUGCUGUAACAGAUCUGGCAGGGAAGGGUUUUUUUUUUAAAAUAAAAUACUGAUACUUUCUGAUGGUCACUAAAUACUUCUGCAACAAACUAUCAGGAUCUCUGUCUCUCUCGCCUCACAAAACACUACAGAGGAGAGGGGCAGAGAUCACUGUCAAAGUGAGUGUUUGUAACACCCACUUUGACAGCAGCCAAUUGUGUGCGAUCGCGGAUCGCUCACACGCCGCAAUUGGCUGUUACUAUCUGCCUGGUAUGUCUGGCAGAUAGUUACAGUGUUAUACUGGCGGGAGCGAUCUUUGAUCGCUUCCCACAGCCCGUUUUUCGCUAUGACGGUUCAGGACCGUCAACGGUCCAAACGCACGUCCUGAAGGGGUUAAAUACCCAGUAUAAUCAAAAUUAAAACUUAGCCCCCAUUUAUCUAGGCAGGCAAAUUCUAAAUUUUUUUUUUGCCAUUUACAGACCACGACAAUUAGUUAUAAAUGUAUAACCCGUUAGAGGAAGGGAAUGUAACCAGGAAUGGGAGGAGCUAAGCUGGACCUGCUUGGAGUACAUGACUUAUUUUUUUGGGUGGUCUUUGAUAAAUCCCUUAUGGGCCUCAGUAUUUAUAGGUUGAAUGCCCACUAGAAAAUCACCGCACACAGCCUGCGCCCUUGUGCCAUACUCAUGUCAGCUUGAAGAAAAGCAAUAGAAGGGGGUCCCAUAUCUGUUUAUUAUUUAGAGCAAAUAUUCAGUAAGAUGGCAUGUUUUAUUAUUAUUUUAAAUAAACACUGAUUUGGGGUUAAUAUAUAAUUAAAAUUUGGCAUUUAUAAUAGGACAUUUGAUAGCCAUUGAAUUGAUACAUGCAGUAGGAUAAUAUAUAUAUUUUAAUGAUGAGUUAUGUUAUAUAUUUUUGUGUGAUACAUUUUUUUAAAUUCUUUCCUAUGGGGAUUUAGCAGAUGCCUGAUGUCCUCAUGCACCACGUGAGGACGUCCAGCAUCAGUUAGGCGACUUUUGGUAGACAGUCACUAGAGGUGGAGUUAACCCCUGAAGGUAAUUAUUGCAGUUUCUGAGAAACUGCAAUAACAACUCUUGCAGGGUUAAAGAGAUUGGGAUACUUCACCCAGACUACUUCACUAAACUGAAGUGGUCUGAGCUCCUAUAGUGUCCCUUUAAGCACACACUCUGACACACACAUCCACUGACAGACACACACUGGCAGAUACACACUGACAGUCACACACACAAUGACAGACACACGGACAUCACUGACAGUCAGACACACUGAGUUGACACACAUUUAUUGACACACACGCAUUGGCAGAUACACACUUACAGUUACACACAUACACUCAAUGACAAACAUAGGCUCACUGAUUUGACACACACACAUUCACUGACACAUUCAUUGACAGACACCCACUGACACUAAUUGUCAGACACACUGAUAGUCACUCAGAGACUCUCACUGAUUUGACACACACACACAAACACGCAUGCACUAACAGACACACACACACACUCACAGACACAUACACACUCACACACACACACUCACAGACACCUACACACUCACACACACAUACACACUCACAUUUACACUGAGACACACACAUUCACAUUUACACUCACAGACACACACAUAUACUCACAUUUACACUCACAGACACACACACAUUCACACUCACACAAACACACAUGCAUUAACAGACACACGCAUGCACUAACAGACACUCACAGACACACACUCACAGACACAUACACACACAUUCACAUUUACACUCACAGACACACACAUCUACACACAUGCACUCACAGACACAUACACACACUCACAGACACAUACACACUCACAGACACACAUACACACACACACUCACAGACACAUACUCACAGACACAAAGACACACACACACACACUCACAACUUAAUAAUUGGGCUGCUAUGUGGCGGGCGGCUUCCCAUCCGAGGCGGCGAGGGAGCUGGGAUCUCUCUGCUCUGCUCCCUCGCGGGCUGUCUACUGAUGCUAGGAGCCAGAAUAUGACAUAAUAUUCCGGCUCCCACGGCAUCAGUAAAUGGUGCGAGAGGGAGCAGAGCAGAGAAAUCACAGCUCCCUCGCCACCUGGGAUGGGAAGCCGCCUGUCUGAGGGAUGGAGGGGGGGGGGGUCUGUAUUAGCUGACCAGCAGGUCAGCUCUUGCCCCCCGCCCCCCAUGACAGGGAAAUCACACGGGACGCCUCAGUGGGCGUUUAGGUGCAGCAUUUUUUGCCACCCACUAAAUAGUUCCGCCCAAGGCAAAUGCCUAGUUUGCCUUAGGCUAAAUACACCCCUGAGGGUUAACAUUACUGUGGCGAAAGCGGCCUCGCCACUGGUUUUUGGAGGGGACUGAUUACCAGCCUUGUGCCUUGGGACUAUGGCCCCUGGGAGAUUGGGCACUUUAAAAACAGUCUUGGGGCUUAUGGACUUCUAUUGGACUGUGUAUGGCCCUUACUAAACUUUAACCCCAUGGCGAUUCCUCAUAGAGAUGUGUUGAUUCAAUGCAUCUCUAUGAGGAGAUGCUGAUUGGCCAGGGCUGUGUUUGACUUGUGCUGGCUCUGCCCCUUGUCUGCUUUCUUGACAAUCUCAGCCAAUCCUAUGGGAAAGCAUUGCGAUUGGUUCAGAGAUUCAGUUCUGAUGAUGUCAGCCAAGCAGCCAGAUCAGCGGCAGAGGCAGCAGCUGCAGACUUUAAUACAAGUACAGAAAACUGGGAAUUCCAUCUCUGGUACUUCCAGGACAAUCCACAGAGUGCCAUAUCACCUUAGUAUGGAAUAAGCACCAAACGAUGUUUCUCAUAAACUGUCUUUCUUGUUUUAUUUUAUACCAGCUUUUAAAGCAAAUAAGGUAAAAUAAUAGCAUAUGUUAUAUAAGCCCACUUAAAAAAAGUCCUAGGGUAUAUCCGCAUUAACGCUUUUUUACCUGGUAUGGGUCUUUCUCAGAGUGCAAUCUCUUGUGCUCUUUCCAACCUAAUUCAUCAUUCUGUUACUAAAAGCAUUAUACACCUUAAAACAAAGAAAAUAUAGAAAUUUGACAAAACAAAAAUAUGGUUUCAGUUAGGUAAUUAAAUGUGGUUGUGUGAUUUUUAUAUUGAGAACACUGGAUAAUAGAUACAUUGACUGGGAGCAGGCAAGCCCAAGGAACGUAUCAUUAUCAAGGAAACUUACACUUUAGUUAGCAAUGUCAGUCAUUUGGGUGUGAAAGAAGUUAAAUACCAAGUUACAAGUUUACCUGUUUUACAUCAUGUAACCAGUUGCCUAAAACACAUGGUAUAGUUGGAUUCUUUGUGCCUGCACUCUGUUACCUUAACUCUGACAGAACUGCUAAAUCAUAAGUGAGCUGAAUAAUAAGUGAGCUGAAUAAUCUUAUUUUCCAGUCGAGAAGUCUUAGAGUUUUGCAUAUGUUUGUAAGUAAAUUUUGCGGUUUCUGUAUUAGUUCUUAUGACCUCGGUAGCUACAUGCUUAAAAAAUGCCUCUGAACUGUUCCAAUCUUAUGGUCUUCACCGCCAUACACUUAGUUACCUGGUGUUCCGCUUUUGGGCAUACCGGGGAACUGUCCCCAAAAAGCAUAGCACAAGUGAAUCUACAGGGUUCCCUGCACGGCCUGUCCUCAGUGGGCUGGCUUAAAUGAUGGACAGGCAACAUGGUGUGCAUUAACACCAGGCUGACCUGACAGUAAUUGGGGGCGGAGCUAGUUAUGAAAUUGUAUGCCUGAUCGGUCCCCUUUACCUCCCUCCAGUAUCCUGAUUCUCUGGACACUGGAGUUGGGACGUAUGCACUUUAAUGAAAAGUCUGUUGUUUUCAGUCUGGUGGAGUCAAGUCACCAGCUCAGUUCAAGCUAAUAUCUUAUUGGCUGAGGUAAACUACAAACCUUCCAAUCCGGAAGACAAUUAGUGAAAAGAGAAGGCAUGGCUAAGGUGGGAUUUUUUUUCAGCAGAAAGCAACAUUUUAUUUUUUUAAACAAAACUAAGCAGAUUUGAGUGAAGAGAAAAAAUACAUCAAUUUUACAUAUUUAUCAUGAAAAAUCAGGCCUGUUAUUUUAAUCUCACGUUGAACCUUUUGUAGACAUGGUCCUGAUUUUUUGUGUACUGAAACUGUAUUGUCUCUUUAAUAAUUGGAAUGGUGCUAUGGUGUCUUAUUGAAGCAGGCCCUUUAGUUUUCUUUAUUAUUUUUUUUUUGUUGUUGUUUUGUAAUAAUACUCUUUAUUUGAUUUUCUCAUAAAGAUAAUAUAUACAAUAUAUGCAACACAAACAGCAAAACCACAACUAAUCAAAAUAAAACAAACACUGAAAAAUACACCAGACAUUUAUUUGUAUUACCAACUGAAACAUAAAAUAGCUGGAAGGCAAGCUGUAAAACAGAACCUAUCCAACACCAUCAAGUCCUUUUCAUAUCUGUAUCUCCAUAUUUCCUGUACCUUAAAUAAUAAAUAAAUAAUAUUCUGAGAACCUGUAUAUGUUCCCAAAAUUUUCCGUGCCUCACUAUUUUCCGCACCUUGUAGUAUCUUAUCCUCCAUUCUAUAUCCUAUGUUAAUCCACCAGUCCACCAGUCCUGUUAUUUCAGGUAUGGAAGAGAUAGACUUUGUUUUUUCAUAAUCUUUAAUAUUUGUCCUGGGAAGUUUUUAAAUAGAGCCAUCUGCAGUUUAAGCUAAUGAAAAAAAAUACCCUAGAAUUUGUGAUAUGAAUUAUGUUCUCUUGUUUUAGAAUAACAUUUAGUUUCUUUCACAUUCAUUUAUCAAUUGUGUACCUCUAAAGCAGACAAAGAGCUCUCUUUAUGAAAUAUUGCCUGAUUUAAUGGCUUAAUAUUUUUUUUUUACCUGCUGGUUAUAAGUGCAUCUUUUAUAAUCAUGUUACAUUUUUUUUUUUUUUAUCUGAGUUAUUAAGGUGGAGCUACCACUUCCCAGGGUAUGUAAUAUAUAUAUUUCCUUAGCCCUAUGAUUAAAACAUAUGGUUUUGUGAGUAGCAAAAAAAUAAAAUUAAAUGUAGAAUAUGCUGUCAGCAUGGAGAGAGAAUAUAAAGAAAAGGAGAACUGAAACAAUGUUUAUACAGUGGGGUAGUGAUGUCCCGAACGGUUCGCCAUGGACUCCAGUCAGCAGACACAUUCCAGCCAAUCAGCAGCAGACCCUCCCUCCCAGACCCUCCCACCUCCUGGAGAGCAUCCAUUUUGAAGCUGCAUUCUUAGUGAGCUGUCCAGGAGGUGGGAGAGUCUGGGAGGGAGGGUCUGCUGCUGAUUGGCUGGAAUGUGUCUGCUGAAUGGAGUCCGCGGCGAACCGUUCGUGGCGAACCGUGAUGAGUAGGAUUUGAAAAGUAAAUAACUUAUUUGUUAGUAGUUAUUUUUUUCUGUUGCAGGUACAUAUUGUAACUGAGUUUUGGGAGAUUCACCAUGGAUAAUUUCACAAAGUAACAAUGAGUAAAAAUAGUGAAACUUAAAUUCGUCCAGGGCAUUUUUUAAUCACAGCGGUCCAGUGGGAAGGGGUUAGGGUCAGAGGGGGCUGUUGUGUCCACCAAUGAUGAGUAUGCCUCCCUCAAAGUGAGCAUGUUGAUUCAAUGCUAUUCAAGGAUAGACCAUGCGCAGAGCCAUGCUGAAGUGCUAUCCUAUGAGAAAAAGGCCCUGUAUUUGUUCUGCACAGCACAAGUGGAUUUAAUGACACGUUUGCACUGUGUUAGCUUGUGACUUGUAUCUGGUGGUAAGAGUGUGUAUGUUUGUGUGUAUAGGGGGCAUAGUGUGUGUGUAUAGGGGAUUCAGUGAGUAUGUGAUUAGGGACUGUUAUGUAUGUGUGUGUAGGGGCUGUAAAGUGUAUGCUAAAGGAGCGUUGUUUGUGUUUCUGCAUAAAGGAGAUUUAGUCAGUGCAUAUAGGAUUCAGAGUGUGUGUAUAAGGGAUGCAGUGUAUAAAAGGGAUGUAGUGUGUAUGCGAGAUGCAGUGUGUGGAGGGGUACAGUGUGUAUGAAGGCUGCAGUGUUUAUGAAGAGUGCAUUAUUUGUGUAAUGAGUGCAAUGUGUAUGUGUAUGUGAGGUGUUCAAUGUGUAUCUUUGUCUGAGGGGUGUAUUCUGUGUGUGUGAGUGGUGAAAUGUGUGUGUGUGUGAGGGGAGUACUGUGUGUGAGAGGUGAAGUGUGUGACUGUGUUGGAAGGUAUAGGGCCCACAUAUUGUGUUUUUGCGGGGGUUGGGAGCAAAAAUAAAAAAAUUUAAUUUUAUUAUUUCCAAAAAAUAUUUAUGUCCCCUCCCCCUUUCUUCCCCAUUUUUCUCAGGGAGAUGGGACAUUGCAAGCCCUGGUGGUCCGGUGGUAGUAACUCCAGCCUGCAACUCCUCUGGCUGCAGGCAGAGUUCAGUCCUCUUACGAGGGCCUUGGACAGGGGCGUUUUAGCCGCGAGGCAAACAAGGCAUUUGCCUUGGGCAGCAUUUUUCAGGGGGCGGCAAAAAACGUCGCCCCCCCCCAAAUGGCUAACCCUCGCGGCUAACUGACAUGCUGGGCGGUGCUGGCGGGCGGCUGGCGAGGAAGCACUUCCUCUGAGCUGUCUGCUCAGCUCCCUCGCGCGCCGCAGAGUGAGGCUGGGAGCCGGAAGAUGACGUCAUAUUCCGGCUCCCAGCCUCACUCUGCGGCGCGUGACGGAGUUGAGCAGACAGCUCAGAGGAAGAGCUCCCUCGCCAGCCACCCGCCCAGCAGCCACUGGGAGAGAGAGAAAAAAAAUAAAAAUGUGUGUGUAUAUGUCUGUUAGUGUGUCUGUUAAUGUGUGUGUGUCUGACUGUAUGAGUGUGUCUGUUAGUGAGUGAGUGUGUGUUAGUGUGUGUGUGUCUGACUGUGUGUGUCUGUUAGUGUGUAUGUGUGUGUCUGACUGUGUGCAGUGAGUGUGUGUGUGUCUGCUAGUGAGUGUGUGUUUGCCUGUGAGUGUGUGUGUGUGACUGUGUGUGUGUCUGACUCUGUGUGUCUGUUAAUGUGAGUGUGUUUGCCUGUGAGUGUCAGUGAGUGUGUGUCUGUUAGUGAGUGUUAGUGUGUCUAUUAGUGUGUGUGUGUUUCUGUUAGCGAGUGUAUGCAUAUCUGUCAGUGAAUGUGUGUGUGUGUAUUUAGAAGGCGGUGCGGGGGGGAAAUGUUGGGGGGGGGGUGCCUGAGUUUUGUCCUGCCUAGGGCAGCACAAAACCAGGAUACACCACUGGCCUUGGAGCAUUGCUGUGGUGACCACAGCAACGCUCUGAAUUGCCCUGCUCAUGGGACGAGUCCUCCUCUCCUCUCAUUCUGCUUUACUGCAAUGAAGUGCCUGUGGGCCAGUGAAAUAAAUCUUUGAACUCCCCAUCAGCCUGUUAAGGCACACAGCAAGGACUAUGCUUUGAUUGCGCUGGCUCUCAAUGGGGCAGCAACCUUUCAGCUCCAGAUUACUUCCUGUGAGAAUAUAGGAAGGAGCAGGUGUACAUGAACAAGACGUGUACACAAACAAGCCACUCAAUUAGCAUAUCCGUGCAGAAAUUUGAGUGCUAGAUCCUCAAACAUUAAUAUUACGAGCAAUGUAAUAGAAAGAGCCUGAUUUUGCAAGGCAGCAAAUGGAGCUUAUCUUCCAUAUGUAGUCAAACAAAUCUCCAUUCGUUAAGCAUUCACUGUAUGUUAUAUCACUGAAAUUGGUUUAUUAAUAAAAAAGUUAUUGACUUCUAAAACCCUACCCUGAAUUUUGGCCCGCCCUUUAUUUCUUCUCUUCAUUUGUAAUAUUUGCUUUAACUCUGCCUUGUCUGAACUGGAUUAUGAUGUCAUUUGCCAAUUCUUUAACGGACAUUUAAAAAGAAAACAGAGCAAAUGAUGAAAAUAAAGUGAGCUCAAAGUAUAGGUGAUUUUGAAUGCUUUAUUCAAUCAUGUGAAUUCCUGAGAAGUGACAGUUGCCCUUUAACUACAAUAGAUCAUGAGGGUUUAAAUUGGAAUAUAGGUCUCCUCUGUAUCAUACCAGUUUACAGGCUUGGUGUUUUCCUUUGUCUAUGGGCUUAAAUGAAAUGAUGCUUCAUGAUACUUCAGUUCUGGAGCCAUGGGCGUCGUCAGACAUCCCAUUGUGGUAUACACACGACAAAAUGCAAUCAAAAUGGAUUUAAAAACACCCAUUUAAAAGCAGAGGUAUCCAAUACAAAUGAUUUCUGCCAAUAACCAGGUAUGUACAAAAAAAAAAAUUCUUCAAAAACAUAAGCUAUCCCAAACAAAUGCUUAUGUCACCAUGGAGACUAAAACAGGGGAAUGUGAGGACAAUGUGCAUUGGGAUGUCCCAUGCUCAUAACAAUGUUCGGGGCUUCAAGAACUUCUUAAAGGAAAUUUCCGGUACUUAUUCUGCCAAGUACAUUUGUUAAAUACUCACUCUCAUUUCUGUAAUUUUUUUUCUCUUAAAAGAAGAGGAACUUUACUGGAAGAGGGAGCAUCACCAGAGUACACAAAGCUGACGUGAAGGCAGGUCUCUUGCUUAGCUUCUGCUUCAAUGUUCUGCCCUCAAGAGAAACUGACAUUGAUAGAUAUUUUUCUUCCUAUGAACACAAGCAUAGGGUAAUUAGAGAGAUUUAUGGAAAAAUGUGUCCUGCAAAACCACAAUGAUUUUUACCUUGGAUGAAGUAUUUUUGUAUUACAUCAUUCAUUUAAGUAUUUAUUUUGUAUGUGUUUCCUUGAACAUUAACACCGUUCCUUCUUUAAAAUCACUAUAAUGACAAGACAAGGGAAUUUAUAUUGAUAUAAAAAAUAUGGCAUUCAUAUUCAAAGGUGUGGGACUUCUAAGAUGUUUAACACUCUAUUGUAUAAAAAAUAACACAAAAGAAAGCAGAUUUGUCACCUACAUUACCACAGAGGGGCAUAGAGCAAAAAAGGGUUCAUAUGAUGUAUUAAUGUUUUUGGCUAACUCGUCUAAUAGGCAGAUCAUUGUUUUUGUCUUUUUUAAAUAAUUGUAACCAUAAACUAGUGUCGAAAACAUUAUAUGGAUUUAAAUGGACACUAUAGGGCAGAAUUCUCACUCAUUUUUGAAAGUAGAAGAUUUGGGAUAAAAAAAGAAGAAAAAAAAAAAAAGAUUGAAAGAAAUGAAAAGCACACUCCAUUUUGUCCUGUGAUUGAACCAAUGUGUGUCUGUAUGUACACAUGAAUUCACUGGCAUUCGGUUUCUAAGUGCUUCAUUCAAUUUCCAUCUGAUAAUUCACCCCAUAACAAUGCUGUCCUUUAGACUAAUAUAAUAUAUUAAUAGAAUAUUAAAGUGAGAAUCUGUUCUCCUAUGUAUAACAUACGUUUUAGGUACUAUGUAUAUAUGUAUGACAAACCAUACAGGGUUAUUUACUAAUAUGAGGGUGCAAAGUGACUUCAAAGUGAGUUUCAAAUUUAAAGCCAUAGUGGCCAAAGUGAAAGCAUAGCUAUCUGCGAGAAUUUUUCUAUUUUGUCGAUUUUGACCUUUUUCAAAAUGUAAUUAGAAUUUUCGGUUUAGUGAAUAACCCUGACAGUUUUAAUUAAUAAAGAUAAAAAAAUUAUCUUUGGAAAAGUCUCAAAUAAUCGGACUAUUUUAGAUAAAACUAUUUAAUCAAUAUUUCCCUAUUCUAUGUAUAGAUCGAUAAAUACAUAUGUUCUUAAAAAUAACAUCGUAAAUAGAUGUGAAUUAAUUGAAUGACAAUUAUUAUGUAAAUCAUAGGAGGUUAGAAAUGUGCGUGAUCUAAAACCACAGAAUGCCAUGUACAGAUAAGAUGGAGAAGAUGAUAAUUAAGGUCGAUAGAUGAAUUCAAAUUGACCACAAGCAUUACAAAUAUGAUUAUUUUGAUUUCAAGUAGUUGAAAGCCUUUCUAUUCUUUAUUUACAUAUAAUAUAAAUUACAGUACAAUUUAAAUAAAAAGGAAAAAAAUAAUAAUAAAAACUUAAAGGGCAACUAAGAGCUAGAUGAAAAACUUCUUUGAUUUUACAAUGAAAUUAAUCCUUUCAUUUACAGAUGCUGCAAACAACAAGUCUUUUAUGCACUCGAAAGUUUGCUUCAAGCUUAUUAUAUUUGAAGCAGAAUGAUAUUUGCAGCUGCAGACACAACUCAUGCCACCAUAUCUACAAGUAAAUAAAUCUUCUUAGUUCAAAGUUGCCAUAGCAACUUUCGAGAUCCUGAAGCAACAAUACUUUGGUGAAAUGAUCUAAGCAUAUGCCUACAUUCAGCCGCAGGCUUCUAACAAGAGAUAUGUAUUUUUCUCUUAUUUGAACUAAUCCUAUAAGGGUCAUUUAAAGUAGCAAUCCAUCCACUUUAACUACAAUUUAAAUGACAUCAGAAGAUGCACUGGUAAAGAGAAAGCUUGUAUGAGUCAGCCAUCCCUGUUAUCAGUCAAAAUUAUAGUACAAUACAUUGAUAUGUCAAUGUCAAUAUUGUCAAUAAUAACCUUGCAAAGGAGGUUUAUUAGUGAUUUAAAGGAACACUCUAAUGUAAAAAAACAACAACAAAAAAACUAAUAUUUCUAACGUUAGAUUGAUCUCUGGGUUCUUUAAAUUAAGUUUUUACUUCCUUUUUUUCCUAUUCCUCGCCGGUCUCGCUCUGGUUUCUAUCCCUCCUCUAGCUGAAAUCAUUAUUGAUGAUCUCUACCAUUGCAAUGCUUCCCUAUAGAGAGGCAUUGGGGUUGGUUUGCAUGCACAAAUUCCCUAUAUUGUACCAGCCUGUAUCUCCUCAUAGAAAUGCAUUAGGUCUAAGAAUCUCAAUGGGAAACAUUCUUCUCUGUACGCUGUAUUGAUUCUUGUUGUUAUAGUGUCCCUUUAAAUAUUAUUGAGAAGCAAUAGUGCCGAUAUAAAUAUGAUCUCUCACCACUAAGACAGUUGUUAGGGCUAAAUUUCUUCCCAGGGAAAUCUUACAGCUACAGUCCGUAUUUGGAAUUCCAACCAGCGUACCACACCUCGAAACAUAGAAUGUGACGGCAGAUAAGAACCAUUCGGCCCAUCUAGUCUGCCCAAUUUUCUAAAUACUUUCAUUUGUCCCUAGCCUUAUCUCAUAGUUAGGAUAGCCUUAUGCCUAUCCCACGCAUGCUUAAACUCCUUUACUGUGUUAACCUCUACCACUUCAGCUGGAAGGCUAUUCCAUGCAUCCACUACCCUCUCAGUAAAGUAAUACUUCCUGAUAUUAUUUUUAAACCUUUGUCCCUCUAAUUUAAGACUAUGUCCUCUUGUUGUGGUAGUUUUUCUUCUUUUAAAUAUAGUCUCCUCCUUUACUGUGUUGAUUCCCUUUAUAUAUUUAAAUGUUUCUAUCAUAUCCCCCCUGUCUCGUCUUUCCUCCAAGCUAUACAUGUUAAGAUCCUUUAACCUUUCCUGGUAAGUUUUAUCCCGCAAUCCAUGAACCAGUUUAGUAGCCCUUCUCUGAACCCUCUCUAAGGUAUCAAUAUCCUUCUGAAGAUACGGUCUCCAGUACUGUGUACAAUACUCCAAGUGAGGUCUCACCAGUGUUCUGUACAAUGGCAUGAGCACUUCCCUCUUUCUACUGCUAAUACCUCUCCCUAUACAACCAAGCAUUCUGCUAGCAUUUCCUGCUGCUCUAUUACAUUGUCUGCCUACCUUUAAGUCAUCAGAAAUAAUCACCCCUAAAUCCCUUUCCUCAUAUGUUGAGGUUAGACUCUAUCAAAUAUUCUGUACUCUGCCCUUGGGUUUUUACGUCCAAGAUGCAUUAUCUUGCACUUAUCCACAUUAAAUGUCAGUUGCCACAAUUCUGACCAUUUUUCUAGUUUACCUAAAUCAUUUGCCAUUUGGCUUAUCCCUCCUGGAACAUCAACCCUGUUACAUAUCUUAGUAUCAUCAGCAAAAAGACAUACCUUACCAUCAAGACCUUCUGCAAUAUCACUAAUAAAAAUAUUAAAGAGAAUGGGUCCAAGUACAGAUCCCUGAGGUACCCCACUGGUGACAAGUCCAAGCUUCGAAUAUAUUCCAUUAACUACAACCCUCUGUUGCCUGUCACUCAGCCACUGCCUUACCCAUUCAACAAUAUUGGAAUCCAAACUUAAAGAUUGCAGUUUAUUGAUAAGCCUUCUAUGUGCAACAGUGUCAAAAGCCUUACUGAAAUCUAGGUAAGCAAUGUCUACUGCACCACCCUGAUCUAUAAUUUUAGUUACCCAAUCAAAAAAAUCAAUAAGAUUAGUUUGGCAUGAUCUCCCUGAAGUAAACCCAUGUUGUCUCUGAUCUUGAAAUCCAUGUGGUUUUAGAUGUUCAUCAAUCCUAUCCUUUAACAUGGUUUCCAUCACUUUCCCCACUACUGAAGUAAGGCUUACUGGCCUAUAGUUGCCCGACUCCUCCCUAUUACCUUUCUUGUAAAUGGGCACAACAUUCGCUAACUUCCAAUCUUCUGGGACUACUCCUGUUAACAAUGAUUGGUUAAAUAAAUCUGUUAAUGGUUUUGCUAGUACACCACUAAGCUAUUUUAAUAGCUUUGGGUGUAUUCCAUCAGGUCCCAUUGACUUAUUUGUCUUUAUUUUUGACAGUUGAAAUAGAACCUCUUCCUCUGUAAACUCACGUGUAAUAAAUGACUCAUUUAUCCUUUUUCUCAACUGAGGUCCCUUUCCUUCAUUUUCAUCUGUAAAUACAGAACAAAAAUAUUCAUUGAGGCAGUCAGCUAGUCCUUUAUCCUCUUCUACAUACCUUCCUUCUUUUGUUUUUAAUCUAACUAAUCCUUGUUUUACUUUUCUUUUCUCAUUUAUGUAUCUAAAAAAUGUUUUAUCCCCCUUUUUUACUGACUGUGCUAUUUUCUCUUCUGUGUGUUAUUUGGAAGCUCUUAUAACUUGCUUAGCCUCUUUCUGCCUAAUCUUAUAGAUCAUUUUGUCUUCCUCACUCUGGGUUUUUUUAUAAUUCCUAAAUGCUAACUUUUUGUUUUUAACUAUUUUGGCCACAUCUGCGGAGUACCACAGUGGUUUCUUGAAUUUUUUGCUUUUACUGACAAGCCUAAUGCAAUUUUCUGUUGCCUUCAAUAGUGCAACUUUUAAAUAAUCCCAUUUCUCUUGGACUCCAUUUAAAUUGCUCCAGUCUGAUAAUGACUCCUCUACCCAUAUUCUAAUUUUAGAAAAGUCUGUUUUUCUAAAGUCUAAAACUUUUGUUUUUGUGUGGUGUGACUCAGUCACUGUUCUUAUAUUAAACCACACUGACUGAUGAUCACUGGAUCCUAAACUUUCACCUACAGUAAUAUCUGAUACCAAAUCUCCAUUUGUUAACACUAAAUCUAGUAUGGCCUCUUUACGAGUUGGCUCCUCAACAACUUGUUUUAGAGACAAUCCCAGUAGGGAGUUUAGAAUAUGUGUGCUCCUGGCACAAGUAGCUAAUUUUGUUUUCCAAUUUACAUCAGGAAGAUUAAAGUCACCCAUGAUGAUAACUUCCCCCUUCAUUGUCAUUUUAGCUAUUUCCUCAACUAGUAGAUUAUCUAACUCUUCAAUUUGUCCUGGGGGCCUAUAAAUCACACCUACACGAGUUACUGUGUGAUUACCAAAUUCUAACGUAACCCAAAUGGACUCUAUGUUUGCCUCACUAACUUUUAUUAGGCUAUCCUUCACAUACAAGGCCACCCCUCCCCCUUUCUUGCCUUCUCUAUCUUUCCUAUAUAAAGAGUACCCUGGUAUUGCUAUGUCCCAGUCAUUUUUCUCAUUAUACCAUGUCUCAUUAACAGCGACUAAAUCUACACUAUCAGUUGCCAUUAUUGCCAUAAGUUCAUGGAUCUUAUUCCCUAAACUGCGAGCAUUUGUAGACAUGACUCUAAGCUUAUCAUUUUUUAACACACUUGCUCCAGGCACCUUCUGUCCUUGUUUUGGGGGACAAUUGGAUUGAUGUUUUAUCACCCUUUUGCCCCCUCUCCUAGUUUAAAUACAUCCUAGCAAAACCUCUGAACUGCUCACUGAGAACAUUUGUUCCCUUUUGAGAAAGAUGCAAACCAUCUUUUUUGUACAGCUUAUCUCCAUUCCAAACAGAGUUACCAUGAGAAAUAAAGCCAAAUCCUUGCUCCCGACACCAUUCACCAAGCCACAAAUUAAAGUCCCUAAUACGCAUCCGCCUGUCGUUCUGAGUGUUAUGCACAGGCAGAACUUCAGAGAAUGACAGUGUGGAAGCAACCUGCCGUAUAUCAUUGGCAAAAACACUAAAAACUUCCUUAACCUCUGAAACCUCAUUGCAAGCCAAGUAAUUUGUCCCUAGAUGGACAAGUACAUCCAAUUCCCCUUCCUGCUUUGCUUGCUUAACAAUAUUACAGAUACGUCUCCUGUCUCCGUGAGCAGUAGCUCCGGGAAGACACCUCACAAGACCAUCAUUGUCCAUCUCCACACCUCUUAUAAUGGAAUCCCCCAACAACAAAUGCUUUCUAUUAGGCCUCACCAUAGUCUCCAAGCCGGUCUCCACAACACCACUAGGUUCCUCUCUCCACAACACCACUAGCCUCAGUGCCUCUCUCCACAACACCAUUACACUCUGAAAGUGCAGAAAAUUAAUUAUGAAGAGCAACAGACUGUGCAAAAUGCCUUUUAUCCACAACUCUAAGUCUACCAGAUCCUACAGUAAUCCAUCUGCCAUGCCUAGUAUGUCUCUGCGGCAGUGGCUUUACAGCAGUUCCAGUCGGAGUUUGUUCACCAGAUAAUUUACAAAUCCCAGCCUUCAAAAAUACAAUCUCCUGCCACAAGAUAGAGAACUGUCUACAGAUUAGACAACAACCAAACCUCCAAAAAGUGGAACGUGAAACAAAUGCAUUGCAACUAUUACACUGAACUGUCUGCCAUUCCAAUUAGGAGAAUAAUUUAAAUCAAACAAAUCUUAACUUUUUAUUUAUCCUCCUGAAUACCUCAGAUUACCUCCAGGUUAUCUCCAGAAUAUCUCCAACCACACACUUAGAAACAUCACUUAGAAGUAGCAACCAAGCUAUAUAAGCCAAGCUAAUGACAACAGCCCUUAUAUAACUCCUAAAAUCACCACCCACUAGGAAUGUUUAACACUGGGUAGGCCUCUGCUUAUUUGCAAACAAUAGCUAAUUUAAACAGCAAUCAAUAGCAAGUAAUCUAAUCAAAUGCCUUAUAAUUACCAACAGGAAUUCAAACCUUGUGCAAUCAGUAACCUUUUCCUACAGAUGAAUCUUACCUGUAACAGUAGAAAAGAAAGCGCUUAGCACAACUCUUAGACAGUUGAAGCUUCUGUAAAACUCUCCAGAAUAUCUCCAACUACACACUUAGAAGCUCGAAGAAUUGGCUGACACAACCCCAGUAGUGUUGAGGUUUAAAAUCAACUCUGAAUUUUAUUGGUAUAACAUAUAAAGUUAUAUAGGUAUCUUACCACAUACCAUUACAUCAUUAUGCAGAAUCAGCAAAUAUCUUGGACAUUUAUCAAAAAUGACUCAACAUUAUAAGACAUGAUUUACAGUUAACUUGAUAUUAUUAAAAUAAGAAAGCAUUUUGUUUUAUUUAAGUAUAGGGUCAAGUUGUGGUCUUAAAUAAUUUACAGUAAGGGAAAAAUCUGUUAGGAGUGAAUUAAGGUAGCGUCAUUUGCGCAAGCAAGUUAGUAAUGAGAUAUAUUUGAUUACUGUCUUUAUAUAAAUGAUUAAACGACUUUGAGCAGUAAAUCAGAAACCAGAAAAUUGAUGCUGAGUACAAAUGGGUGGGUUAGUUAUAUGAUUUAAUCAGAAGUAAAAAUAGUCAUUGAAAAAAAUUAAUUGGACAACUUCCAAUAAAAAUAAUAAAUAAAAAAACUAAUGAAGCAAUAGAAUCCUGGGACAGUGGUGGGGCAGGGUGUGGGGGUGACAGUGUGUGGAAAGAUUGUGAGGGUAACAGUGUAGCGGGAAGAGUGUGAGGGUGACAGUGUGGGGUUGACAAUGGUGGGUAGCAGGAUGUGAGGGUGACAGUGUGGAGAACAGCAUGGGAGGGUGACAGUGGUGGGAGCAGGGUGUAGGGGUGAAAGUGGUGCGUGGCAGGAUGGGAGGGUGACAGUGUAGAGAACAAGAUAGGAUGGUGACAGUGCUGGGGGGCAGGAUGUGAGGGUGACAGUUUGGGUUGCAGGGUGUGGGCAUGACAGUGGUGGGGCAGGGUGUGGGGGUGAUAAUGAUGGGGGCAGGAUGUGAGGGUGGGGGGCAGGAUGUGAGGGUUAAAGUGGUGGGUGGCAGGGUGUGGGGGUGACAGUGUGGGGGCAGGUUGUGAGGGUGACAAUGGCAAUGCGGUGGGCAGGAUGUAAGGGUGACAGUGGUGGGUGGCAGGGUGUGGGGCAGGAUAAAUCGCCCAAUUAGAGAGCCACCACACUGCAAAUAUAAAUGCCGCCCCUUUUAAAGUGCCAACUGGGGCCAUUGCCCCAGUCUGUCCUAUGGACGGGCCAGCCCUGGGUGUGGUCAACACUCCUGUAAACUUUGAGCCGAAUGAAGGUGAGAGCUGUAUGGCGAUGGCUAAGUGUGUUUAUGUAUGCAGGUUGAGAGUUGAAUGUGUGGUGGCUGAAUUGUGUGCGUUGGGGAGUCUGAGUGCUGUGUGUGUGUGUGUGUGUGUCCCACUCCUCCUUACAUUCACUGGUGAUUCAGUAGAGUACGCUGGAUCCCUGGUAGUUCAGUGGUGGAGCUCUCGGAUCUGCACCAAUAUCUGGUGCAUACCACUCACAGUUCCAACACUUUGAGUCAUCAAAAAGUGCCGGGGACCGCAAGGGCACCCUUAAAGUGGUCUCUACCUGUUAUUGUACAGACCACAGCACUACCUCUGCCCAGCAGGACCCACUCAGAGCCAGAGUUCAAGUCAGACCUAUGCUUCAAAUUGUCCCUGGACAUUAUUCUCAAAUGUUGGCAUCUACGGUAGACAUGGGAACCAACACACAUAAAUCUAUUGCAAACAAUAUUUCUGAUAAAACCUACAAAGAACAUGAUCAAGCUGAGCUAACAGGCCAGCUUGAUUUAUCUUGAUGCAUGUACAUUAUGCAUGUUCAACAAUACAGCUUUGCAGGACUUUGAAUUGUCCUUUAAUGUAUGGAUUGGGGCUAUGUACUCUGCAUUUUCAUUAUACCCUACAUAUAUAUUGCACUCUGCAUAUACACUGUACCACAAUGAUAUAUUAUUCUUGCAUAUCCACUGUACCCUGUAUAUGUAAUGUACCCUGCAUAUAUCUACUGUAUCUUGUGUAUCUAUUGCACUCUGCAUAUAUCUACUGUACUCUGCAUGUAUAUUAAUACCUGCAAAUAUCUACUGUAAUCUGUGUGUGUAUUAUUAUGUGCAUAUAUCUACUCUUUCGUGUGUGCAUUAUGUGCAUAUAUUUAAUGUAUCCUGUUUAUUUAUUGCAUUCUGCACAUUUUCUGCACCCUGUAUGUCUAGUGCGCCCUGCAUAUCUAAUAUACAUGGUGUACGUACAAGCUGUGUACGUAGGGGUCUCUGUAUAUGGAAAGUGCUUAUGAAAUACCUGCUGUAAUAUUGCCAGUGGAUGCUAACAGAUAAAAUAAAGGUGACUCUUGGAAGAAAACUUCUAUUAUACUUAUAUUAUUUUUAUAUAAAUAAAAAAAUCAAAUAUAUAUAUAUAAUAAUAUAUAUAUAAUUGUGCCGUAAUGAAAGCAUAUAAAGUAAUAUUAACACCAUAUAAACCAGGUAGAAAAUAUGAGCAGUCAGUUGUGGUGUGCCGAAACCUAUGAUGCGGUAGGCUUGUAAUAAAAGAGGGUCCAUCCUGAAUAUUACUGAUAGUAAAGGGAGUGGUGGGAGAGGCAAAUUGCCAGACCAAUAACGAUAAUGGGGAGAGAUCUGGUGACCCUUAAGUAGGGAAACCAAGCCCCUCUAAUAACUACAGGCCCAGCCUUCCAUUUGUGUUCAGGGCAUAAAAGCCAUAAUUAAAGCAUAUAAAGUAAUAUUAACACAAUAUGAACCAGGUAGAAAAUAUGAGCAGUCGGUUGUGGUGUGCCGACACCGACAAUGCGGUAGGCCUGUAAUAAAAGAGGGCAAAAAUGAGUAUACCAUACAAGAUUUAUUCAGCCUACAAUUGACAAACAUAUGUAAUCUUUUACAUGUUUAUAUUACAAAAUGCUUUGCAUAUUUCCUUUACGGGUUGGGGUAUGUAUUGGGUAUAUGCGGACCAUUUAGAUCAUAAUUUUUUGAUAAUAUGUACUGGUAUGUUUCUGCUAGAUGCAGUGGUGGCUGCUCAAAUUCGGAAGGAGUGACCUGAAUAAUUGGAUGGAUUAAGGCCUGAUCUUACCAGUAAAACUCUGAUAUAGAGCAUGAAUUUGUUUGUAGUGGGAGCAUUGCCGUGUAAAGUUAAUAAAGGUUGGUUAGGGGAACCGGGAACUAUGGUUAACCCCUUAAGGACACAUGACAUGUGUGACAUGUCAUGAUUCCCUUUUAUUCCAGAAGUUUGGUCCUUAAAGGGUUAAACAUUUAUCUAUUAUCUGUACUGGGCACUAUUUGUUGCCUGUAGGGUAAUAGGGAAUCUUUACCACUUGAUCUCUUUAUGUGGUUUUUGUAUGGCUGAGGGAUAGUACGUAGUGAUCUUGUAUUUUGACAAUCUGAGAUCUUUUAAUGACAUCUUGGGAUGUGAUGUUUAUGGUGGUAAACAUUUUUUUUUCUGCGAAAACCAUAGAAAGCUAGGUAGAUGGUGUCACGGCAAGGGUGUAUAAUUUAUUAUGACACUAUGGAAUAUCAUCUUUUAAUGUGAUUUCUUGUAGUAAAUGGCACAAAUUACAGAGAUGCUAUUGCUGAGGUCAACAGGGGUUACAUCUUUUGAAGCUGGGACCCCCACAGAGGGCAGAUGACAGAAGGGGUAGUGUGAAUGGCAUAGGAAUGUGAAAAGGAUUUUACUGUAUGGAUGUGAAGUCUGCAAGGUGUGAGGUUCUACACUUGGAAAAAGUCUGAAUGUCUCUUCAUCCAUUUGGCCUGUACUUUGUAAGUGGUGAGUAAAUCUCUUUGAUAUGUAAAUGCCAUUAGCUUUGUUCUAGUAUCAUAUCCAAAUGAAGGACAAAAAACAUUCAUAUUUACCCCCACAGAAUAAUAAUUAAGCCUCAUUUUUGUUAUAUUUGGAAUGUGACAAGCGCCAUCUUCUAACCAAGUCCAAACAUGAGUGGCCUAACUUGACCCUAGGGAAAGGAAUUGUGAUGUCCGUCCUAUUGGAUCGUGGGUGGGACGUGCAACAUGUCUAUGGAAUGGGAAAAUAAUAACAAAUUUGUAGAUGCAAUUAUUAUUUCUGUGGCAGGUACAAAAAAAGAAGAUAGAGUCAAAUGUUUCCAUUUGGAUUGACAGUGGUCUGGAACAAAGGAGGUGGUCAGUUAUUAUUACUGUAGGUAUGCCUUAACUCCACCCCUGGGCAAGACUUGAUAAACCACAGGGUAUAUAUCUAAUGAUCCUGAAGGGUGUUUGUGUACUUGCUUGGGGCCAAGAUCUAAUUUUGAGUGAGUCACCAUCUUUCCUUGCCAGAGACCCCCUGGACAGAAGUUGUACUUUGAAAACCUAAGUGAGUAAUUAGGACUUCUGUAUUUUAUCCUUUUUGUUUUUAUCUGUUGUUGGUGUAAAUAAUUUGUUUAUCAUAUAUUUUUAUAUGCACUGUGACUAUCUUUUGCUCAUAAUAAACAUUCAUUUAUUAAGUUUUGCCUUUGUCUGGUUAAGAAUCACGUUACCUGAAGAGACUAGUUAGUAUUUUUAUAAUUCCUUAAAUAUUGUAUUAAGUAAUAUUUGGUGGGUUUUAUUAUUGAUUUACCUGGGGGACCAAGGCACCCCAUUUAUAAAUUGUCUUGGUGGUGGCAGCGUUAAAGUAGUAAUAGUUAUACUAUUAUGUUUAAGUGUGGGUGGUGUUAAAGGGGGAUUUUGUCAUUAUUUCCGGUCUAGUGCAGACAAAUAGUGUACUUUAACCCUUUCACCACCACAACUACGUCACGCACACUCUUGGAGUAGGGUGCGUUCGUGACAGAUGGCUGUUUUAAUGACAUGAUUAGUGUUUGGUUCAAAAGAAGUUGUGUCCAUUAAGUCCGAAAGUAAUUGGAAGAGUUGACUAUGGAUAGGUGACCUAGAGGAUGGUGGUGUAGAGGUUGAAUUCUUAAUGCCCUUCAGUAUAGGUUUGAAUGGAUAAAAUGACAAGAAACUGUGGGCGUAUAUAAUGUUAAAUACCUGUCAAAUAUAAUUUGAUGGUGUUAAAUGAUAAUUUUAACUUAAGGUGGCAAAAAGAAGUGAAAGCUACAAUAGUUUCCAUGGAAUAUUUAUUUACAACAUGAAAAUCUAACAAAAACCUGUUAAAAAUAUGGAAUGUCCUGUUGUAUGAUUUUUUUGGUAUUAUCAGACAGAGCCAACUGUGAGAGGUGCCGGCCAUGAGUUAACAGACUUCCUAGUCCAAUGUCAUGUCUUGCCAUGACGGUGUCGGGUGAGCUACCAAGGCUGCGGUUGGUAAUGCUUUGUGGAAAUCCUGAAGUCAAGAGUGAGAUAAGUGAUCAGCUGCCACAUUAUGAAUGCCUGGAAUAUGGACACAUACCAAGAAGAAAUUAUAGUUAGCAGCAAGCAAAGUCAAUUUCUUUAGAAAGCGCAUUAUGGUAAGAGAUGUUGAACGACCUUUAUUAAUAAUGUGGCAUGAGCCCAAGUUGUCCAAAAAACAUCUAACUGCCUGACCUUACCAUACUACUCCCCAACUCGGGAAGGUGUUGUCCCCUCCGUAUGAUGGAGAUAUAGACCUUGCUGGGGUGCUGGGGAUCGACAAAUCCUCCACACUUCUGGUAGUUGAGACAUACUAGGGAUGGAUAAAUAUCUAUAGGUUACCUAGGAGACUAUACUUUACUGGCUGGCUAACUAAUGCCAAGUGGCAAAGAAAUUAUCUUGUAUUCAUGAUUGGUGGAGCCCUACUAAUUGCCUCUCAAGCGGCUUGAGAGGCUCCAAGGGGAUUUUGUGGUCACCAAACAAUGUGUCAUCCCCUCGUUGACUAUUAAAGUAUAAGAUAGCAUGGUAGUGACAGAUGAGGCCCUCUCUAUACCACUAUGAGAGGCACCUGACUUUGAGUUGGGCCGAUGGGCGUGAAUACCUCAAUGAAUACUUCAGAGUAUGAGGAUGGGUGUUGGCCUCACGGGACCACUAAGUUAAGGCAUAAAGGCCUGAAAGAUUUAAUAUGAGGACUCUGAUCCCUAUGAGCCAGUAGACAAAUAUCUAUAACAUAUUCAUUCUCACCUUGCGGUAUUUGUGCUCAGCGGCCAUGCAUCUGCAUAACUGACUCUUGCAACAGGUUGAUGGUCGCCGGCUUCUGCGGAUCCAAUCCCAAUUAGAGCCCCACGUCCGUCCACGUUGAUGACGACGUUGGCGUGCGUGUGACUUCACGCGGGAGACACGCGCGCACGUUCUGGGGUCAAAGGCCAAUUUCAGGCAAUCAAAGUUGUUAAGGGCUUAUUUAAACAAAUGGAGAGCAAAAAUGGGUCGCAAGAGUAUUCUGAGAACAGACAGCAGCUAAAAUAGCCUGCCCUUCGGUGGGUCCCCGCUCAGAACUCAAGCUGGUUUUAGCUCAUCUUGUGCCAUUACAGAGAGAACAUAUCUGAAGCAUAUCAGACUGGUCCCACCCAUACGGGCAGUCCAGAUCCGAAAUGCCAGCAAGUUCUCUCUGCACGAGAGAUACAACAACCCGUCAUCGGUCCUUAAGGGGUUAAUAAACUAAAUAUUGUCAGUCACAGUGUGCAUAUGAUUCAUGCAUGUAUGUACAUGCAUACACACUGAAAGUACCAUUUUGUAUUCUAUUUUAGAUGUUCCUGUGAUAUCAUUUUGAAAUUUCCAGUAUUUUAGUUACGUGCUUGUAGGCAGGACAUGAUUGAUAGGUAGACAAGAUAUGCACCUUCCUACUUGUUCAUUCUGCAUUAAGGUACUAGUUUUACCACCUUAAAAAUGCAUUAUUUAUAUAAUAUUUUAAUUGAGCUUGUAAUGCAGCAGUUUGGUGUCUGUAUAUGACAUCAAAAUAUCAAAGAGAGGAAUCGGGUUGAGGAGGGAGCUCUGUCGUUUAGUCUCCCAUUUCCAAUAAAAAGUAAGCAUGUUUUCCCUAGAAUAUGCUGUACAUUCUAAAUAUGUUAUUUUUUUUAACUUUAAAAAAUAACUCAUGUUUUAUCUAUUUUUAAGAGAACUGUUAGUCCACUGCUCUUAUAUUUCCUUGCUUUCUAGCUUCGUAUUUGGUAGUGACCGUUUUUCUUAAUCAAUAUAAUCGUCUUUGAUGAUACCAAAGGACAGAUGUAAUAGGGUUGUCUAACAGCAUUAUUCGAUUAAAUGCAAGCCAUUGUUUGCCCCCAGCAUAAACUGCAAUGCUUAGUAUUAGUCUGAUAUAAAAAUUUAGCAUGCCCUCUGGAACCAAUAAAGGAAAUACAAGGAAAUUUAAUUUAAUAGAUCUAAAAUCAAAUAAUGUGCUAGUUAUUCAAUUCAUUACUUGUUUGGUGCAAUACUUUAAUUUUAAAAUUUUAGAAAGUGUGCUUUGAAUUAGAAAGCAUUUAGGUAUUUAACCCUUGGUUAUUGAUUAGAUUAUGGUCUUCAUUUUGUAUUUAGUAUUUAGUGAAUGCAUUAUUUAGAGGUUUAUUUAGAAAACCAGGAAGAAUAGAACUCAUAUAAUUAUAUAAGAGAACAAUGAGAAUGAUCAAAUAUGUUUUACUCUUCGGUUAGUCUAUGGUCUGGACUCAAAUUGUAGCUCGUGUGCCGCUCCAGAGUUAACAGAGUUACUAUUUACAUCUCAAACUCAUGCCACCCAUUAGGGUAGAAUAUUUUUCUCUCAUUUUCAAUGAUGUGCUGGACCAACAUAUUAAUUAAAUUAAUGACCAACGUUACAAAGGUAAAAUAUAUGCAUACUAAUAUAAUUGUACUUUCCUGGUUAUUGAAGGUAUGAUAUGAUUUGUUGUUAUGGUAUGAUUGUAGAUGCAUAAAGGGAGAUGUUUUAUAUGAAUGUUUUAUACUAGAGGAUGAUAGUGUGUUUUCUUGAAGGGCAAUCCGAAGUUUUGGAUGUCUGCAGAAGGCUUGACCUUAGACCUUUGACAGAUAGUAAAGUAGACACUAGGUGUUAAAACUUAACAUUUAUGUAAAAAUAGAGUAACGUAAAAGUGGUUAUAAGCUAGGCAAGAAAUGUUAAAAGAUCAUUUUAGGCACUAUAACCAUUUUAUCUUAUUCAAAAGGUUAUGGUUCCUGGUAGAUUUGUGCAGCUCAUCUGAAUUUUGGAGUUCGAAUUCCAAAACUCCAAAAUGCUAUAUGAGCAAAUCAUGAAACUGAUUAAAUGGGCAAUGGGUGAGUCUUUCUGUAUGUUUAAUGUCUGGAGUUCCUCCCAAGGGUGACAAUAUGACCCAUAUAUUAGUUCCACUCUCAUAUUCCAACCAUGAGCAUCAGGUCAGUAUAGAAAUUAAAUAAGAGUGACUGGACAGAUCAGUGUCCACCCUAUAUCCCCACUUGUGGGGUGUCUAUUAAAUGUUCCCCAUAGUCACCAUUCAGAAGUGUUAUGUGGGGGCUAAUAAAAGAAUAAGAGGGAAAACCUAUUUUUCUCCCAAGAUCCCUUGCAUAGGUAGCAUAAGGGUGUCAACAUGUCAUUGUCCAAUCCCAAACAUACCUUCCUCUCCCCUGGUGGCUUGGGCUCCUCAAGCACCUAGACAUCUCGCUAAUAAAAAAUUCCAUACCUAAUGAUAGUGACAGGGGCAAUAAAUAUAAUCCCUGCAAAGAAAAUCAUACUUAAUUUCAGAAAUCUUCUUUCUUCUCAAAUCUUCUUUUCUUCAGCGCUAAAAAAAACAAAUAAAAAAAACAUAAUUAUCCAAUAUUACUAUUAAAAUUAAAAAAAAGACAUAAAGGGGGCAUGGCUAGCCGGUUCAUGGAGUAAGUCGCACACUCCCGAGGCUCUGCAACCUCAGCCCACAUAGCACCUAAUAAUAAGCACUCCUACCCUCCAAAAUGGGGAAAUCUCGACACUUGGCAAUUCGUGGACCCUCGGGCUCGGGAUCACCAAGGUGAACAGUGGGUUCAUUAGAUGAAAUCCUGUCCACCCCCCCCCCCGGCCUCCGACACAUGCGGCCGGCAGACAAGAUGGCACGAACCCUCCUGGCGUGGAUAGCAUAGCAGACUCCCUGCCGGGCUCCCUGGGAGCUGAAUCACUGACCCAGAUCUCACCGAACUGGCUACAAUCUCUGCCAACAUGCUAACUAGGGCUGACAAAAUUGCCUUAGUGGCAAGCUGCACUCUGUGAUAAGGGAGGAAGUCCACAAAGUGCGCAGGAACCUCACUGCCCUUGAGCAUCGGGUCACGGAGUUAGAAGCUGACUGCCUGCAGGCCUCCCAACACUCUCAAGCAGCUGACAAUGCAACCUCCAGGCAGUAGGAGGCAAGUAGAGGACCUUGAGAAUCAUGGGUGACACAAUAAUAUCCGCGUCAGAUGCCUACCUGAGUGAAAAGACGAGGAUCUUGCUGAUACCCUGACACAGCUAUGUACGCAGAUCCUUGGGGAAGAAGCCCCUGACAUCUAUAAUAUUGAAAGAGCUCGUAGAGCACUCUGAACACCCAGGAACGAUUGUCUCCCUUGUGAUGUAAUUUGCUGCCUUCUGUCCUUUCAACUUAAGGACACCAUUAUGCGAUCUGCUAGGCCGCAAGCCAUUACUUACCUAGACGCACAGGUAUCCCUGUAUCAGGAUCUCUCCUCACUGACUCUCGAUGCCCGCCGAGCACUGAGACCACUCACCCGCAUGCUCCAGGAACGGAGGAUCCCUUAUAAGUAGGAUCCCUUAUAAAUAUCCUAUUUAGCCUGCAGGCAUGGAAGGAUAACUCCUGGUGCACCCUGAGAAGGCCAAAUGAUGUUCCCAGGUUCCUGCGGGCUAUGAGCCUACCAAAAGUGGCAAGCCCAAAACUGGAUCUUGGAGGGACCUCCACAGCGCCCUAGCCCAAUGGAGAGACCUGACCAGCCUUACUCACCCGGAGGCCGAGGCAGUCAGCCCCAAUGGGGGCCUUAUGAUCCCGAAGAAUAAAGUCCUGAAUCACCCUGGUGGCUCCUGCCCAGGUGGUCGGUGCUGCCUGACCCACGGUGUGCCUGACCUUGAGACACUGAGACCCUUGUUCCCCUAUUGCAUCGUAAGCACUAUGGAUGAAGACCACAGGGGGUAUGUACACUACUGGCCCCGCAGCCACCGUGACACUUGAUCUCGCCCCCUCUGGGGUUGCAUCCGCCAGCAUAGACAGGGACUGGGAAAUUGUCACUAGGUGGGAGAUGUUGGUUUGGGUGGGGGACCGUGGGUACUAGACCUCCCCUGCAGUGCCAGCUGGGAGCGGUGCAGCCGGUUGCCUGGGGUACUCUGCAUGGGGAACAUGUGUAGACAACUAGCCUUGAUCGCUUCAGUAGCCCAAGAACUAGGCUGCUAGGCAUGUUUCCUGCUGACGGUCGGUCGUGUCCUUCCUUGCCAUAUCCUGGUAUACCGAAAGCCUGUCCAGUAGGGACGGCUCCCACGGUGUUAGGCAUGCUCUCCACGAUUUCCCGUGCAUGCCAGGUGCCUUUGAUGGGAUAUGUAUAUUGGAUCAGAACCGAUAGACUUCCGAACCCUAAACGGGCCAUACACACUCUGGUAUAACAAAGCAAUCUUGGGUCAUAGUUGUCUGACCUUACUUUACCUGACUCCCCACUCCCCCACCUGACCAACUACACACCGAUCAUACCGUUCCCUGCCCCUUUUUCUUUCUCUCUCUCUCUCUUCUUCUCUCCUCCCCCAUCCGACUCACUAACUACAGCAAUGACACAAGGAUUCCAACCUGCGCCAUUGCGGCUCUGGACCAACAACACUAGAGACCUUAACAUCCCUAAAAAAUGCAAACAGCUCCUGCGGACACACAGGGCAUCGGUAGCGUUUUUGCAAGAGACAAACUUUAAAGAAAGGAGUGCCCUUGUGCUAGUAGAGUCGAUUCCCACAGGGCUUCUUCGCAAACCACCAGGAAGCCAAGCGAUCUAGAGUAACCAUACUCUUUGCGUAGACCAUACCAUUUCAAUGCACAGCCACGCAGGUGGACCCACUAGGCCGGUAUCUCUUUGUGAAGGGUGUGGCGAAACCGACCUCGCCACUGGGCAUUUGUGUUGUGCUGCUGCUGGCCCUUUAAGAACCAUCUGGGCACAUACUGGGGAGUUACUGGGUGGCCACUAUUUCAUGUAUCAGAGGCACAUGGUGAGAACAAUGGAUGAAGCACAUGGUGAGAACAAUGGAUGGCGGCCAUUUUAACUCACAGACACUGUGUGGACUUUUCUACACGGUGCCAUUUCGCCGGUAUUUGGUGCACAUAGACUUCGUGCAGUGGUUUUGGACUAUACAACAGGGGACACAUUAUACAGUAAUUGUUUUUCAUAUAGCCUGUAUAUGUUCUGCGGAAUCUGCAUUAAACUGUAUUUUCCAAACUACUGAACGGAUCUGGGUGAAUUUUGGAUAUGUGGUUCACCCAGAUCCCCUGGUUCCGAGGAUAUAAUUUUAUGGGGUUAUUGCAUGUUUUGGGGUCCCUGUGAUGUGUUUUAUGAUACUGUAUUUCUCUGCCUGUCAUAAUUAUAUUAACCAUUGUGUUCAGUAAUCAUAUCACAGGCAGAGGGGAGGAUGUUGUGUGGGAGUGUCUGUGUGUAUUGUAAGGAUUGAUUGGUUGUAUUUCAAAACCCUGUGGGCAGUACUAUGUUUGUGGAUUGUGAAUAAAAGAGGAUGUAUGUGCCAGUACAGUCAGAUUCUGCUUAACCCUCAAACGAAGUGUCGUCUCGUUAUUGGGGGAAUUGGAUUAUAUGCUGAUUGCCAGGAGUGUAAGCUGAUUGUAUGCUUUUCCUGUUCAGCUGCUUACAGCAUUCGUAUGCUUAAGAGCAUUCGUAUGCUUCUCCGGUUUGGUGGUUGUGGUGUCUGCUGCAGUGCUUGGAGUCCUCAGGAAGCGCUAGGAGCAUCCUUCAACGGAGGUACCCAGUCGGGGUGCCAGGUGAUCCGUUACAUAAAUUGCUAAUUACCUGGUAACCCCUGAUAUCCUAUACCGUAUGAAUGUGGAUAACGGGGAGAAGUGUUGGAGAUGCGGGUCAGACACUUGCAUGAUGCUCUACGUCUGGUGGUCCUGCCCUGGUAUCUCCCCAUUAUGGGCAAUGGCGAACACUAAAAUUAGGGAGUUCUCCGACCCAGAGCUACUGCUCCAGCUUUUGCCCCUGCUAUUGCAUCACACAAGAAUGACACUAAAAAUCCUACAAGAAGUCCUUGACAAAACACCUGCUGACUGCGGCAAAGUCCCUGAUACCCACAUAUUGGAAACAGAUGCGUGUGCCCACCUUCCGGCAAUGGGCUGACGGGGUGGGAUAAAUCUAUGCUGUGGAAUCAAUGACUGCAGCCUUACAGGGUCGCUCCGAGAUGUGUACCCAGACAUGGACCCCAUGGCUGAUAUACAUAGCCGCGAAUAACUCAAGUACCUAAACUAACUCUAAUUUCCCCACACCCACCACCCCUUUUUAAAAAAUUUUUUCCCUCUUUCUCUCACAAACCCGACUGAUGCCUAUGGCUCACUGCCUACACACGACCCCUGACAGAGACAGACCCCACUCCCCCCCCCACUUACUACCUUGAAAUAACUCAACCAUUAAACAGGUAUAUACCCUUGAGGAGCAGCCCGAGCUGCAAAGCUGCAGUAGUGUUUUUAACAUACGGCUGGUAAGAGGGCAAUAACUUGUUUAAUUUCAACUGUCCAAUUAGCAGCCCAAUCUAUGCACUACCUUUAUACUUGUAACCUUAUAAGCCUGAAAAUGCAUGUUUGAAUAUCAUUGACCUAGGUACAAAUACAUGGCUUGCUGUAUAGAAGCCCCUGAUCAUCUACUAUGAUCAAAAGCCGACCUGUGGUUCUACCUUGCAUUGCUGGAAAACAUAAAAUACCAACACAAAUAAAUAUUGUUAAAAAAAAAACAAAAAAACCUAAAUCACAAAAAAGCAAUCAUAAAAAAAACGAAUCUAAAAAAAAUCCAAGUAACCCCUGCAAUGGUUUCAUGAAGGAAUUUUUCAAAGAAGAAAAAGGCUUUAUCUGGGACUUCCCUGGCUUUGAAAUUUCAGUCAGAGACAGUCUAGAGUGCUCUGAUUAGGCACGUAAGACAGGCAGGUUUCACCUCUUAUGAGACUGGCCUGGCAAUAUUCCCACACAAGUCUCAUCACAGAUGUGGCUAUAUGCUGGGACAAGGGGUUGGAUAGUGUACAUCCCCAUUUUUUAAUUCCUUCUUCCAACCGAUGCCCACUGAUAUUUUGCUAUCAACUGAUUAGUCGCUAGAUUUAAUUACAACACAUAACACUAACACAUAGACACAUUUUUGUGCCAUUUUAAUUUGUUCAAAUUGUUUUCCCGAAAUGUUAGACAAAAUUCAUGUGAAUUAAAAUGCCACGUGGAUGAACUAAAUUUAAUUUUCCAUUUCUUUCAAUAUCUUUCUCUUAGAUGUCUGUUUUCUCUCUUUCUGUUUCUUCUUUUUUUUUUUAAAUUCACCCAUUACUUCAGAAUGGUUAAGACGAUACCCUUCCAAAAGAUAUCCAAUCAUUUCUUUGGUGCUCAAAUUCCUUUCUUUUUUAGCUAUACUAUAGCUCUUGGAACCCCAUUGCACCAGCCAUUCUCUAAGCAAUGUUUGCAUGAUACAUUUUAUUUUGUAUUAAGAAAGUGUGUUACCAGAAAAGUUAAAUAGUUAUGCCCUAUAAUCAUUAACCCCUUAAGGACGGAGCCAAAUGUACACGUUGUAAACAAAACAAAAUGUAAACAAAACCUGGCAUUUGCACUACAUGUCUGUCCAACUGUAAUUCACCUCUUUCAUAUUAAAUGCACCCACCCUUAUUAAAUAUCAUUUUAUUCAGGGGAAACAGGGCUUUCAUUUAAUAUCAAAUAUUUAGCUAUGAAACAUAAUUUAAUAUGAAAAAAAUGGGAGAAAAUAAGAUUGUUUGUUUUUUUUAGUUCUACGUGACAUUUUAACGGUCAAUGUCAUAAUACUGUUUGCUUUUACUGCAAUAAAAUACACAUAUUUGUAUUAAGCAAAGUCUCACGUGUAAAACAGUACCCCCUAUGUACAGGUUUUUUGGCGUUUUGGGAAGUUACAGGGUCAAAUAUAGCAUGUUACAUUUGAAAUUCGCCAUGUUGGUUACGUUGCCUUUGGGACUUUAUAUUAGCCCAGAAAAGAAAUUUACACCCAUAAUGGCAUAUCAUUUGCAAUAGUAGACAACCCAAGGUAUUGCAAAUGGGGUAUGUCCAGUCUUUUUAGUAGCCAUUUGGUCACAAACACUGGCCAAAGUUAGUGUUAGUAUUUGUUUGUGUGUGAAAAAUGCAAAAAACGCCAAUUUUGGCCAGUGUUUGUGACUAAGUGGCUACUAAAAAAGACUGGACAUACCCCGUUUGCAACACCUUGGGCUGUCUACUAUUGCAAUUGGUAUGCCAUCAUAGGGGUAAUUUCCAUUCUUGGGCUACCAUAGGGUCUCAAAGGCAACGUAACCAAUCUGGCAAAUUUUAAUGUGAAAAAAAUGAAAGUGUAAGUGCUGUUUGUGCGUAAAAAAUGCAAAAAAACUCACUUUUACUGGUGAUAUCAUCGUUGUAAUACAUUUUACUGUUUUGAAAUACUAAUAUUUGUGUUCAGCGAAGUCUCGCGAGUAGAACAGUACCCCCCAUGUACAGGUUUUAUGGUGUCUUGGAAAGUUAUAGGGUUAAAUAUAGUGCUAGCAAAUUAAAUUCCCUUUACUUUCGGCAUGGGUUGUCAGGCAGGUCCCGCUAAUUGUAAUUAAUUAAGAUACCUAAUUAUGUAAAAAUAUUGUAUAAAUAUAUAUGUAGAAUUAAUAUAUGUGUAUAUAUAUAUAUAUAUAUAUAUAUAUAUAUAUAUAUAUAUAUAUAUAUAUAUAUAUAUAUAUAUAUAUAUAUAUAUAUAAUUUUUUAAAUAUUUUUUUUAUAUAUAUCGUGUGUAUGUAUAUAUAUAUAUAUAUAUAUAUAUAUAGUGAUAUAUACGUAUAUAUUUAUGUAUAUAGAUAUAUAUUAUUUUCGUUCUACGUGUAUUUUGAUAUAUAUAUAUUAAUAUCACAAAUACAGUUAGAACGAAAUAACACACAUCUAUAUAUUUUUUAUUUUUUUUAUUUUUAUUUUUUAACGUAUUUACAUAUUUUAUUUUUUUAUAUUAUAUAUAAAUAUAUAUAUAACAAUAAUUAUAUAUAUAUUUAAUCAGUAUCAGUCUAUGUGUAAUUUAUUAAUAUAUAUAUAUAUAUAUAUAUAUAUAUAUAUAUAUAUAUAUAUAUAUAUAUAUAUAUAUAUAUACACAUAUAUAUAUAUAUUUAUAUUAAUAGUAAAAUACACCGAGACAGUAUGUGUGUGUAUGUGUAUGUGUAUAUAUAUACUUAGAUCAAAGUAUAUUAGAUCAAAGAUCAUAUAUCAUAUAUAUAUAUAUGAUCUAAGUAUAUAUUUUCUUUUUUUACACUUAUUAAACUUUUUUAAAUUUUAUUUAUUUUAUUUCCAGCCAGCAGGGGGACCACCUGUCAUUACAGGCAGCCCCCCUGCUGGCAAUACAGCAGGCAACUAUCCCGGCCAUGUGAUUGUGAGGUCCUCGCAAGGACCUCACUCUCACAUGGCCGGGGGGGCUUCCAGGGGGUCGGACGUGCCGCGGGGGGCUCCCUGCGAGUCCCCCCAACCGCGAUCGCCGGCGUAGGACCGCCGGCGACCGGGUAAGUGUAGAAAGACCAGAGGACGUGCUAUUACGCCCUAGUUUAGGCGGCUCUAAACGCCGCCGGGCGUAAUAGUACGCCCUCCGGUCUUUCUAUACUUACCCGGUCUUAAGGGGUUAAACAAUACAAUUGUCUUACAAGAUUUAACAUUUAACACAUUAAGAACCAGUUGUUGCAGGAUUCAUUUUAUGGCAGUCAGAUAGUCAUUUCAGAGAUUUCAGGUUUGAUAUUUUUUUUUUCCUUGUACCAAAGUUGCCAAGCUCUGUGUGAAAAGACUGCACAAGCUGCUUACUUGUAGUAGAUACACACACUACAUCCACUACACAACACAGACACACUGCAUCCACGGCACAAACACACACUAGAUUCAUUACACAAAACACACACUGCAUCCACUAUACAAACUGCAUCUGUUAAAUAAGCACACACUGCAUCCACUACACAAAUACACACACACUGCAUCCACUGUACAUACCACAUCCACUACAGGCAGGAAGGGGAGGUAGGGGGGGAUAAACUUAAUUAUACAAAACCAAAACGGCUCACACACCACUUAAUACCACAAACACAGACUGCAUGCACUUCACACACACUGUAUCCACUACACACACUACAUCCACUACACAAACAGACACUGCAUCCACUGCACAAACUGCACCCACUAUACAAACACACACUCUACAUACACUAUAGACAGACACAAUGUGUCCACUACACACAUUGCAUACAAUACACAACCACAAAUAUUCAGACAUUAAAUCCACUAUACACUCUGCAUCCACUAUACACACUCACACAAUGUAUUCCACAAACACUGCAUACAAUACGCAAGCACAGACACUGUAUUCCCUAUACACUCUGCAUAACAGAUGUUGGCGUGCUUUGGUGAUCGUUGUUUUGGUUGGGGGGGGAGGGGGGGCAGCAUUUCAUUCUCGGACCCAGGUAGCACAAUGUCUUGGGCCAGCCCUAGCUGUAGCCCAUAUUAUAUACAUGGCAUUAGCUUCCUCCAUUCAUCAUUUGCUAAAUUAGCUUGAUGACCCAUUCUUUAGUUCGAACAUACUAAUUAUAUUGUCAUCUAUUUGUGAUAUAAAAUAAAUAAAUUUAGAUAAUGAAGCUAGAAAAUAAUGUUUUUAAUUUGUCAAUUUUUACCAAAUAUUUUCACUUAUCUCUGUCAAUUUUCAACAAUUCAUAGCGAGUGGAUUAAACAAUUCGGUCGGGGGAAUUCUAAGUGUUCCUUUGCCACUUUUAUACUUGUGGGCUGAGAUGUAUUUAUCAAUAUGCUUACAUAAAUUACAACACAGCAUUAACACAUAUAGAUGAUCAAAGGAAUUGAAAGUUUAAUUUAAAAUCAAGGUUAAGGCAGAAAUUCAGACUUAGGUGUAAGGUCAUAAUAUAUGAACAAGAAUAACAUUUGAGGUGGGUUUGCUAAAUAACAGUAGGAAACAAAUUAGAUAAUUAAUAACUAAUAUCUUAUACAAAAACAGUUACAUACCAUGUAUACCAAGCAUGACAAACUCAAAGUCUAGCACAGGCCAAAUAAACAAGGUUUAAGUUUAUGUGGGCUGCAAAAAAAAACAAAUUAAAAUUUUCAUAGAAACGUAGUUUCUACUGAAUCCCAGUCCCCCAUAUACUAAAUCCCAGUCCCUCCCUCUACUAAAUCCCAGAACCCCCUCUAGCCAACAAGCAGACUCCCCUCACAUUGUCGCUGCCAGUAUGCGACUACGGAGUCUGGCCUCUGGUAUAUUCCAAAUGGCGCCGUCUGCACCCUGUGCCAAAGUGGAUCCUUCCACUACUUCUUGAAACCCUGUGAAGUGUAAAGGUGGAGCACGUUGACGUCACGUCGGAAUGUGACGUGGUGUUGCGUGCCUUCGUGCACCUCCAGGUACUCCACUGUCCAGUCACGGCCAUCACAACACUGACCGACACACACACACACACUCACUGACAUACACACACUGACAGACACACACACACAUUUACACAUUCUUGCACACACUCACAUCAUUCCCAGGGGUCCAGUGGGGAUCUUCUGUCUGGAAAUCUCCUUCCUGUGCCUCACUGCUCCCUUGCGCGCAGUUUAGUGAUGCCGGGUGCCAGAAUAUGACGUCAUAUUCCGGCACCCAGCAUCACAUCAGACGGCGUGCAUGAGCAGUGAGGAGCAGGAAGACUGAACUCCCCUGCUGCCGCCAGCAUCCUGAUUCCUCCCCGGCCGGGUAAAUUUUAGCAGAGUAGGCACCUGCCAUAUGGAGAAAGCAGAUGCCUACUCUGCUUUAACACCAACCAUGUACUCGUGGCUCAUCGUGCCGCGAGUUUGACAGUCUUGAUGUAUACAUUGAGAUGUAAAUUAAUUUCAAAAUAAAAUGGUGAUUAAAUAUUGUAUUUUUAAGUAUGAGCAUGUCAAAUAUAUGCAUUGAGUAUAUUUUUCCAACAUGGUAGUUUACAUUAUUUAUUUAUCACUGUAACGGAGCUCCUUGUACUCCGACUGAGUACUCCUCCGUUGACGGAUGCUCGUAGCGCUUCCUGAGGACUCCAAGCAGUGCAGCAGACACCACAACCACCGCAGACUCCGCAACCGCCGUAUCUUGACUGGAGUCUCGCCGUCUUCCUUCCACACUGGAUCAGCUUCCGUCCUCCAGGACUGUGUGGGAAAGAACUCUUCCUUCCACCCUGUACGAACCUCCAGCAUCCAGGACUGUGUGGUGAAGACCCCUCCUCCAAGGAGAGCAUGUCAGGAACAAGCUCUUAAAAGAGCUAAGUGACUCAAGCUCAGGGGAGCAUGCAGAGCAUAGCAAUCCCCAGUGUGAUUAUAACAGCUCCCUCCAAUAACGAGACAAGGCUACAUUUAGAGGGAUCAAGAAGAACUGUCAAAACCUUUAUUCCCUUGGAACCAGCCAAUACAGUCACCACAAUAACAUUGUUGUGAAACCUCAAUAAAAUCACAAACACUCAAACCAUAUCAAGAAACACACAUUGACUUAUCACAACACAAUGGCACAUUUUUAAAGGGGUGGGGGGAGACAAUAUUUAACAGUAAAUAUCUCACCUGCCUGCAGAAUUAGCAAUAUGCAAAUCUACCCGAAUAUGCAAAUGAACCAGUCUUGCAAUUCAGGUAGUGCAUAUUGCUGUUGCUACCAACAGAGGGCACUAGACCAGCUCCAUAGCCAAACCCACCUAGUUGGUAGCAAACCUCAGCAAUACAAGAGAGCAGGCAAUACAUUACACAGUACACACACACACUAUAAACAAUUACAUUACACACACCCUGCACCUAUAAUGGGUACAGGGUGACUAAAACAUAAGAUAAAUAAAGCAGCCUACAUAAAUAGUCUGUCUGAAGGUAGACUAGGGGCUUUAAAGGCAAAUACAUCAAAGAGUCAUAGUCACAGGGGAGGAGGCUGGCAAGCAGGCCUCUCCAGUACCAAGUGGCGAAGGGCACUUCGUCACAAUCACAUAUAAUGAAAACUAUAAAUAAAUAUAUGAAUAGCUCAAGAAAGCACAUUUAUAAAAAAUUAAAAACAUAAAUUACAAUAUAUAAAUAUAUAUAUAUUCAAUAAAAGUCAACAUGCGUUUGCAAAGAAGGUUGCAUGCUGCUGUAUUUGAUUGCUUUCUAUGUCUCUUUACCUACAUCAAACAUUGCCCUUAUCUGACAGUGAAAGGUUCAAAGCUAGCUGUCUAAAGUAAUUUCCUGCCUUGCUUAACGUAAUUUUGACCUUUACACAGUAAAACUCACAUGUGAUAAUGUCACAGUAAAUUCAUAAUUGCAAGCUGCAGAAUCAUCAUUUUUAGUUGACAUUUGCUAAUGUCUGCAAUAAUUCCCUCUGUUUAUUUUUGUUCAAUCAUUUAUUGCACAUUUACAGUGUUAACAAAUACAACAAUACGUUUGAUCUAGUUAUGGCAUCAAAAAAUAAAAUGUAUGUAUGUAUACAUCUGUGUAUUGCAUACCUACCAUAGAGUUUCCAUCUAACUAAUAAAAAUGCAGCACUAAGCAAUUAAUCUAGAAUUCUCAAAGAGUUCCGUAUUUUCCCAUUGCUUAAAUAUAAUUUCAAAACUCCCCAAAUCCAUACAUGAUUUGCUCAGUGCUGCAUUAUGAUUCUUAUGUCUAGCCAAUCACAAUGUAGGAGACAUCUUAACACAGGCUACAAAUACUAGGCACAUAAAAUAAAAAGCCGUAAAGGACAGUCCAGAUCCUUAAAGCACUUUAGCUUGCUGACAAGCUUUAUGAGUGACGAGUAAGUCCUAUUUUACAAUUUUGCAAAAAGUGCAGAUUUCAAGUAUGUCUAUUAAAAUCUGAACUUUUUGUAAAAGGAAAAAAAGAGGACACAUUGAUUUCAAGCAACACAGAUCCACACUGUGAAAAAAAGUCUGUUUUAAAAUUAGAACAACUCACGGAAGGCUAGUAAAAAAAAAUUUAAUGGAUGAAUCAUUUCUAAACGGAUAGUAAAAGAAAUUCUGCAGAGACAGAUGUCAGAGACAUUUCAAACAAUAUUUAAAAGUGGCCAGACAAUCUGGAAUUAUUACGUGGAAAAAAAAGGCAGUCAAACCAACAAACAACACGGGGAGGGAGAAACUGGGAGGGAAAUAUUCGCCUCCUGUCAUUAAUAAAAUUAAGAUUAUAGUUACACUAAAGCUAGUAUAACCUGCAAUUUUAUAGCAUGACAGGAGGCUUCAUAUUUGCUGUUUUAACGCUCGGACAGCAAAGACCAAAGAAACCUGAUCCACCGUACCAACCUAAACUCUGCGAAGAUAGCUCCUCGUAACCGGCAGGAAAGCGUACAAUGUCUUGGAGAAAAAUGCCCGCCAUGUCGGUACAUGAAGUCGCAGUGUUACGGACUGAAGUGAACCGAAAAAAACCUAUACGCCCCGCCAAUGCCAACCACAACUAAGUGGUACAUGAAGGGCGAGAAAAAGGGAAGAACCAUUUAAACAAACGGUGACGUUGAACACCGCCUAACGGUGGGAGCGCUACCAAAGUAAGAAUAUGACCCUCGGGCCCGACUAAGGCUGAUAGACAACUAAGGUCCGAACCGCCGAACCCAUCUGAAAGAAAAACAAGGUAUAAUAAUGGAAAUAAAUCCAGAAUCAGUGAAUGGGCAAAAUCCGAGAGAACCCAGCAUAGGAGCAUGACAACAAUGCGUGUACCCCCUAGGGAGAUGAAUACCUGUCCUCAGGAAUCAUAAAGGGAAUUCUAAGCAGAGUGACGACCGUCGACAACAGUCGUACGCGCUACCUAAUCUAAUUAAUAUGGCAGUCCCCGGUAAUAAAGUGACCGAACCCUGUAAAAGCAGUAGCAAAAUUAGGAGAUCUGUACCAGACCCAACUACGUCAGGGUCGCCAUGCAGACCAAAGUCUCACAAUCCCCGAGAUCAAAUGAGCAAGGGUCCAGGGAAUCCAGGAACUAGGUUCGACUUUGCCAAAGCAGAGAUCAUAAUUCCAAAGUACCAGCAGACCGAGACACCUGUAGAAAGGUCCUGAGACCAAACAAAUGGAGGAGACUCGUCCACGUCUCCGUGUCGAACAUUGCUGGAGGGAAGCGUCCAUCGCUGAGCAAACUGGUUCUUCAUCCAGCCGAACUGGUCGGGGCCUGAUGGAUCCUCAUCCGUGGACUAAAGUCUUGACGCCGGGUCCUCCCAGAGAAAACUAAUACAUACGUACGAGAACUCAGGCAGAGGAGAGCGUAGGCGGUACCCCCUUGCAUCCAAUCUGCCCUCCAGGACUCCACUCCUUGAGAUGUAGAGGAGGUUGAUAUUUCCCUGGUUGAAAACGAAAUCCAGGGACUCUAACAAGGGAAAACGCAGGGAGCGUCUGACCUUUCAGUCUGGGAGGUACCUCGCAGGGGGUCCGGCAAGCCAGUCCAGGUAGACCAUACAGCAAGAGGUCCUAUAUCGAUGAAGAGUCACGUCCGGGUCCCAACGUGUGGAAAGAGAGAAGACCUCUUCAGAUAGUUCUGGUAUUCCUGAAUGUCCUCAAUUCCUCCCAACCUGCCAACCAGGUUGUAUUGUCGCCCAAAUGACUGAUUCACAAGAUACCCAUUUCACCAGGGAGAAAAUAGAGGCCACCUUACCAGAACUGGGCCUCGCGGACCCUAGAAGUUUCUUGAGUGCCACGUCUAAUUCAAAGUAACUAAUGAAUAUACGUUCAAUUGUAGACUUGUGCUGGGACUCCGAGGGGCUAAGAUCCCUUUAUCCCAAGCACUUCCAGCGGUCCAAAUUGCGUUUAGGAUAGGGUCGUCUGCCACCCCAGACUCGGGGCCCCGUCUGGGAUGUCAUCCGAAAGUGGAGGCAAGUGUGAAAUUCCGGGUCAAGGGUCCAAUCCCCUAUAAAAAGGUAUGGGUUGGAGCUGAGAUAAGCCUCCGUCAAGUAUUUCCAUGUAAAAAAGGACACACCUUAUACUUCCUUGUAUGUUCCGCUAGCACAACUCACUCGUGUAGCGGAGAACAAUCGGCUUGCCAGUGCAGACUUAAUAGUAUAGGCACUGCAGUGGGCCGCACUCAGGAUCUCCUGAAUACUAGACAGGUGCUUAACCAGCAAAACCGCAGUGCCCCAUCAGGGUCUAAGUCUGGGUUUGCGGCUACUUUGUUCGGGAGCCCAGCUGGGAAUACCGCUCGAAUUAUCCUGCGGGCUUCUCAAGCCAGCGGUCUACGGGCCCAGAAACGCACCAAUGGUGCUAGGUGAUCGGGCAGAGACCAUUCCAAAGAAACCAGGUGAGCAAUGGAUCGAGGGUCGAACAGGGGUUCAUUUAAGGUGAUCCACGAGGUGACCUCUUCUUCCACGGUCGUUGGGGCCCCUGUAGUGGACUUUGUUCUACAUCUCAUGGUGCCACUAGGGGCCGUCAUCAUAAUCCACACCCCCAUCGUCCUCUCCUUCCGAGGGGAACCGGUCCGCCCGCCAUUCAGCUAGGGCGGCCAUGGUGGGGGGGGUACCUUCACCCCUGCGCCACCCGACCCACGCCGAGGGAGCAGUUUUACCACAAGCGGAAGCGUGGGUCGGGUGGGGGGUGGAAGCAGAGGAUCUCGCUCGGCGGUCGGAGCCGGCGGACGGGAUCCAACACGUCUUACUCCGGGGUCUCGGCGGUCGGCAACGGAAACCGGUCGGAGGACCGCUUUCUGACAGCUGCAAAACGGACGAAAAGUGAAGGGGGCAAAUCCACCCGGAAAAGGUAGGGGGAGGGAGGGAAAAAAGGAAACCCCCCCAAACCCGAGAAAAAAAACUAUCCCCAGACAGGUGAGCCCAAAACAGGAAAAUGCAGAAAAGUCAUAAGAGAAAGUAGGGACAGAAAAAUACAAUCUAAAUAAAUAAAUCAUAAUGGCAGUAGGAAUGUGAACAUUUUCUAAACAAAUAAAUCCCUGCAGCCAUAAGAAUGUAGAUGCAGAAAAACAGAGUAAAUAAAUCAAUCAAGCAAUCACUACAGCACUAAGCAAGUAGGUGUAGAAAAUACAGUAUAGCUAAAUAAAUCAAUCACUAGAGCACUAAGAAGGUAGAUGCAGAAAAUACAGUAUAGCUAAAUAAAUCAAUCCCUAGAGCACUAAAUAGGUAGAUGCAGAAAAUACCCUCUAAACAAAUAAAUCAAUAUAGUAAUAAACAUAUAAAUACAGUAAAAUAUCCACAACCACCCAUAUAAAACAGGAGGCAGUGGUACUCUGACCUGUACUAACUGCGGAGCAGCAAAGAAAGAGGAAAUAGUUAGUUGGGAGAAGCCUUUUAUAGAUUCCUGAUUUGUUUUUGUCUCUGGUGUUUUUAUCUCUAUGUUAAUGUGCUGCUCUGGAGUUCUAGUAAAGAAAGACUUAAGCAAAUAUGAAGCCUCCUGUCAUGCUAUAAAAUUGACAUACAUUAGCAAGGCCAAGAGAAUAGAAUUGUUCCAGUUCAAAGAAAAUAGAUUUACUUUGAAAACAAUUAAAGCAAUAGGUACACAAAAUACUGAAAAAAAAGUAUAUGACAUAUUUAUUUAUUUAUAAAAUAUUUUACACGGAUGGAUACAUUGAGAUUUUUCUCAUUUUCGAGUAUGUCCUGGGUCCACAAAACAUUGCAUUGUUACAACAGGAUACAAUCUUACAAAAAUAUAAUAUAUUUUUUUUUUUUUCGAGCCACUUUAUUUUUGUAUUGCGGUAUGCUAAAUAUCGUGCUAGUACUGGAUCGGUGGUUAUAGGAGGUGAGAACAGAUGGGGAGAUCAUUCUACUCAGGUAGGGUGGGAGCUUCCCAGAAAUGCUCUUAUACACAAGGCUGGAAAGAUGAAGAGUGCGUCUGGAUUCCAGCGACAGCCAGUUUAGCUCUUUUAACAUGUAACAGUGGUGGGUAAAGUAAUUACAUUCUAGUAUUAAGCAACAGAAUGAAUUAUAUAACGUAUUAAGUUUAUUAAGGUGGGAUUGCGGUGCGGGUGCAUACACUACAUCCCCAUAAUCAAUGUCCGGCAUUAGCAUUUGUUGCACUAUCUGUUUCCUUACUUUAGGGCUUAGGCAGGAUUUGUUUCUGUACAGGGCACCUAGUUUUGGGUAAAGUUUUGAAGAGAUUUUUUUCAAUGUGAAGGCCAAAGGAUAGAUUGGGGUCUGGCAACAUACCUAGAUAUUUAAAACAGCAGACUGCGGUCAGUGUGAUAUUUGAAUUUGUUCUGAUACACAAUUGUUGAUUUUGUAGUUUACGUAAUUUAGUUACAGUUCCCAAUAUAAUUGUGACAGUUUUGUCAGUGUUUAGGAAGAGUUUGUUUUUUGCAAUCCACUUUUCUACCUCCUGUGAAUUGGUUUUGGAGCACAGCCUCAAGCUGCUGUAGCUUGGGUUACUAGCAUAGAUUACAGCGUCAUAUGCUAUAUGUAGAAGACAUUACAGUAUUAUCCAUCCCUGCUUACUUAAUUUACAAAGUGAUAAGACAGAUAAUGCAUACAAUGAAACAUAGAUUCUAGGCUUUCAAAAUAAAUAAAAAAUCACCAGGUGACUAAAACAGAGGACAUUUGAAUAGAAAAAGCAAAGGUUAUAGAAAAGAAAUACAAAAAAAAAACGGAAACGAGGGAGGUGGCAUGAACAGAGAAAUUGAGGUCAGCACAAAACCAGGAUACACCACUGUGGACACAUACACCAAGUCUAACACUUAGCAUAAAUAUUUACACACACACACACACAAAAUGUUUUUCCCCCAAGUUUUAUGGUUGCUUACUAAAGAAAAUAUGUAAUAAAACAAGAGGACAAUGUCAGGAAUUUAGGUAGACAGAAUACACAGAGUCUAAACUAUAGACUAAUAUAGCUAAUAUAGAAAAAACAUAUAUGGGACCUUAGAGCUUAACAUACAGAAAACAGAGAAUAAUCAGAGAAAAGUCAGGGAAACCAGAUGGGAGGGUAAAAUAGCUGAGUCAGGGAGUAUAGAUAUGAAUAUAGUCAACAAUAAAUAAGAUCAAAACCAGAUAGGCAAUAGAUAAAUAACAUGCUACUGAGAACCAAAACAGAGCCACAACAGGGCAUAGAACUAAGCCCUACCUAGCUAUUUAUAGUGUGGCCCCUUAAUUAGGUAGCCACAGUCCCAAAAUGUUUGCAAAUGCAUCUUUUCAAGUUGCACGACAUCAUUGAUGCCAUGAUGUCAGCGAGCAUAUGCCGUGCCAAUAAAAAGGGAGCAGAGUUACAGCAACCAGCAUUCAGAAUGCUGGUGGAGGAAAGAGGACCAUCAGGGUCUGCAGACCUCCCUCAGGCUGUGUCUCAGGCACCACAGUACAAGGUACCCUGACAGACAAGACUUGAUUAUUGAGGGAACUAAAUCUUGGGCAGCACUUCAUAACAAAAUGUUGCAUUUACAGACUCCAGGCACCAUGACAACUUGAAAUCACUUAAAGGGAAACUAUAAGCAUCAAAACAACUUUCGCUUAAUGAGUCAGUUUUUGUGUAUAUUGUUUCUGUUUAUGCAGCCCUAGUCAAACUUCCCCAGGCUGCAACUGGCACAGCCUGUGUGAAAAAAAAAAUGUUUUUUUGUCUCCUGCUCUGUAAAUUGAGCUUUAAUCACACAUGAUGCUCCUGUAGGCUCUAGCAUGUGAUAAGACAUUUUAAAUUAAACACACUGUGCAUUAAAGGAAGUUUAAACAUUAGAGCUCUCUUUACAGGAAGUGUUUAGGAAGUUUAGGUCACAUACAGGGAGGUGUGACUAGGACCUCGAAAACAAAAUGAUUUAACUCCUAAAUGGAAGAGAAUUAAGCAGUGAGACAUGUAGAGGCAUGAUCUAUACACCAACAAAAACCUAAAAUUGUUUUGUUGCCUAUAGUGUCCCUUUAAGAUAUCAUGGUACUUGGUCUGCAGACAUUCUGUGGGCUUCCUGAUGGUCCCUCUUCCUCCACCAGCAUUCUGAACGCUGGUUGCUGUAACUCCGCUCCCUUUUUAUUGACACGGCACAUGCUCACUGACAUCAUCAUGGUACUUGGAGUAACCCUUUAAAGGUAUUUUGUUUCUAAAUAUCAAAAGAAACAUUGUGACAAAUAUACUGCUGUAAACCACAUGUUUUGAACUGCUCCCAUAAAGUCUUGACUUCCUGCUCACAAACGAGAUACGUUGUAACUACAGAUAUUUUUACAGUAUAGUUGUCUUCCAUGAAACAAACAUCUAGGUAUAAAUAUUGCAUGCAUGCUAUAUGUGCAUUAACAAUAUACUGGCUUCCUUUUUAGGUCUUUCCGCCGCUAAAUUGCUGGUAGAGUCAGGACUCAGUGUAGUAGUGCUAGAGGCAAGAAACAGAGUUGGAGGAAGAACUUUUACGGUCCAGGUGAGAUGCUGAAUCAAACAAUAUGCUUUUUAGAUUUGAAGAUAUAAUUCAUCAUGUAAUAAUCAUAUAUUGAGAAAAAAAUACAAUAUUCAAUUAAAUUAAAAUAUUCUGUUAAAGGAACAGUAUAAGCACCAUAAUAACAAAAUGCAAUUGAAGUAUUUUUUUGUUGUUGUUUUGUUUUGGUUCUUAUAGGUUACCACUCUGUACCUGGAUCUGAAAAAUAAAUAUUCAUCUGUUAUCAGGAUGGAUGAAACUUGGUUUUGGUUAAUUAGAAUUUGUGCAUUCUUUGGGGAAAUACUCCAGUAAAAUGUUAGCGAAUUUUUACAUAUUCAUAUACAGAAAAAGAGGUAUAAAUAUUAUACCAAACAAGUGGAGCGCUAUAAGUAAUAGAGGGAUACACUCACCCCUUUAAUACAAUGACAAUCCUGAAUAUUUAUGCUUGGAUGUACAUAUAAAAGGAAACAGAAAGAAAACGAAAAUAUAUAGUGCAGAUGGUUCCAAAAAGUAGACAAGUGAUGGUAAUAAAUGGCUGAAACCACUCACAUGGACGGUAGCCUAUGUAAUAUUGGCUCCGUAAAGAGAUCCUUUAUGCUCUUUGGGCAGCAAACACACCACUUUGUCCCAAGUAGUACUCUUCCAGGGAUAUAUAACAAAAAAAGAAAACAGAACCGGCUGUGUAGAAUGGCACAAACUGUAAUAGUGGUAUGAAUAAAAAUGGUUGUGCUCACCUUUGCCAGAGCCCUGGAAUCCCGGCUCUGAGGUAAAUGGACACUGUGCUUUUUUGGGAUAGCACUCUCCCAAAUGAAGUUCCUGAUGGCUAGGAAGGACUAUGGACUAAAGUGUAAAGUAAUAGCAUUAAAUUUAUUAGCAGUACAAUAAAACAGUAUCAUUUUACACUAGAAAAUAAAAAAAGUCCAAUUAAAAGUCAAAAAAAUCAGCUAAACGCGUUUCACUCUGUGAGCUUCCUCAGUAGCUGCAUGAUAUCCUCAGGAAUCCUUCUUCUUUUUAAAUGUUUGAGAGUCCAUGUGGGUCCUCCUUUUAGGGUCACGUGGUAUACAAUUAGCCAAUCACACAAGCAGUCUUUUCCCCUAAAUUAUAUGCUGGGAAAGACACCUGUGGUAGAGGUCUUCAUUGGCAAACAUUGUUGUCAAUCAUCAAUAUUGCUUAAUUGCACAAUUUUCAUUGGUGCUAACAUAAUAGGGCAUCCAGUAGUAUUAAUGGUUGGCGGAAGUGACAGUUUGGAUGAAUCCGCCUGCCACUCCCGCCCUCCAACACUGACACAAAAGUCUCUAAAAUAAGCAAAAAAAGGUAAAAAAAAAUAUGCCCAUUCGGGCUCGUCGCUCCGCUGCGUCGCCUCUAAAGAACUGGCUAUAUUGCUGCAUUACUAUAAAAAAAAACGGGCGCCAACAGGGGGGAGUGGUUCCGCCAGCCUCACCGGACACUCCUCCCGAGGCAGAAUACAAACCAGAACCAAUAUUCAGGGAAGGAGGGUCUAGGCGGAAGUUAAUAUAGGAGUACUUUUUACGGCAGUGGUAGUGCUUCUAAUGGAACACACUACUGAAAAUGGACUUUUAAUUGGACUUUUUUAUUUUCUAGAGUAAAAUUAUACUGUUUUAUUAUACUGCUAAUAAAUUUAAUGUUAUUACUUUACACUUUAGUCCAUAGUCCUUCCUAGCCAUCAGGAACUUCAUUUGGGAGAGUGCUAUCCCAAAAAAGCACACUGUCCAUUAACCUCAGAGCCGGGAUUCCAGGGCUCUGGCAAAGGUGAGCACAACCAUUUUUAUUUAUACCACUAUUACAGUUUGUGCCAUUCUACACAGCCAGUUUUGUUUUCUUGUUUUGUUAUAUAUCCCUGGAAGAGUACUACUUGGGACAAAGGGGUGUGUUUGCUGCCCAAAGAGCAUAAAGGAUCUGGUUACGGAGCCAAUAUUACAUAGGCUCCCGUCCAUGUGAGUGGUUUCAGCCAUUUAUUACCAUCACUUGUCUACUUUUUGGAACCAUCUGCACUAUAUAUUUUUUUUUUCUUUCUGUUUCCUUUUAUAUGUACAUCCAAGCAUAAAUAUUCAGGAUUGUCAUUGUAUUAAUGGGGUGAGUGUAUCCCUCUAUUACUUAUAGCGCUCCACUUGUUUGGUAUAAUAUUUAUACCUUUUUUCUGUAUAUUUAUAUUUUAUUGUGGGUAAAGGGUAUUCUACUUUUAGUGUUGAGCUGCUUUUAUCUUUCAGGCACUGUGUAGUAAUACUCUCCUUAUAGAGAUAGUUAUUAUAUUGUAUAAUUUUUAUAAAUUAAUUUGAGUGUUUUCAGAAAGGGGUGUCAUUUUACACAUAUCUCACUAAUAAAAAUAAAAUUUCUUGUUAUAAGCUAGAAUAUUAUAUAUAUAUAUAUAUAUCAAAUAUGAUUUGCUGAUCUACACGUGUUACUUUAAAAAUAAUCCCUUAAUUCUGUUGCACUUGGAAUUAUGCAAGAAAUUUGGGGAAUUAUGGAAGAGAUUUUGGGGGGAUUUUUUUUUUGGGGGGGGGAGACAUGCCUUUUUUUUUUCUUUAGUGUGUGUUUGUGUAGAGUGCAGCAGUGUGUGUAACAGUAGGUGUAGCAGCAUGUGUAGAAGUGUGUGUUUUAGCGGUGUAUAUGUAAACUCGUUUGCGCCGUCGUGUGUUUUGCCCUGAGUGUGUGUACAGUGUGUGUAGCAGUACAGAGGUGUCAGUAUAUGUGUAACAGUGUGUGUAGUAGUACAAAGGUGUCAGUAUAUGUGUAACAGUGUGUGUAGUAGUACAGAGGUGUCAGUAUAUGUGUAACAGUGUGUGUAGUAGUAGUACAGAGGUGUCAGCAUAUGUGUAACAGUGUGUGUAGUAGUACAGAGGUGUCAGUAUAUGUGUAACAGUGUGUGUAGUAGUACAGAGGUGUCAGUAUAUGUGUAACUGUGUGUGUAGCAGUAUUGAGGUGUCAGUAUAUGUGUAACAGUGUGGGUAGUGGUACAAAGGUGUCAGUAUAUGUGUAACAGUGUGUGUAGUAGUACAGAUGUGUCAGUAUAUGUGUAACAGUGUGUGUAGUAGUACAAAGGUGUCAGUAUAUGUGUAACAGUGUGUGUAGUAGUACAGAGGUGUCAGUAUAUGUGUAACAGUGUGUGUAGUAGUAGUACAGAGGUGUCAGCAUAUGUGUAACAGUGUGUGUAGUAGUACAGAGGUGUCAGUAUAUGUGUAACAGUGUGUGUAGUAGUACAGAGGUGUCAGUAUAUGUGUAACUGUGUGUGUAGCAGUAUUGAGGUGUCAGUAUAUGUGUAACAGUGUGGGUAGUGGUACAAAGGUGUCAGUAUAUGUGUAACAGUGUGUGUAGUAGUAGUACAGAGGUGUCAGCAUAUGUGUAACAGUGUGUGUAGUAGUACAGAGGUGUCAGUAUAUGUGUAACUGUGUGUGUAGUAGUACAGAUGUGUCAGUAUAUGUGUAACAGUGUGGGUAGUGGUACAAAGGUGUCAGUAUAUGUGUAACAGUGUGUGUAGUAGUACAGAGGUGUCAGUAUAUGUGUAACAGUGUGUGUAGUAGUACAGAUGUGUCAGUAUAUGUGUAACAGUGUGUGUAGUAGUACAAAGGUGUCAGUAUAUGUGUAACAGUGUGUGUAGUAGUACAGAGGUGUCAGUAUAUGUGUAACAGUGUGUGUAGUAGUAGUACAGAGGUGUCAGCAUAUGUGUAACAGUGUGUGUAGUAGUACAGAGGUGUCAGUAUAUGUGUAACAGUGUGUGUAGUAGUACAGAGGUGUCAGUAUAUGUGUAACAGUGUGUGUAGCAGUAUUGAGGUGUCAGUAUAUGUGUAACAGUGUGGGUAGUGGUACAGAGGUGUCAGUAUAUGUGUAACAGUGUGUGUAGUAGUACAGAGGUGUCAGUAUAUGUGUAACUGUGUGUGUAGUAGUACAGAUGUGUCAGUAUAUGUGUAACAGUGUGGGUAGUGGUACAAAGGUGUCAGUAUAUGUGUAACAGUGUGUGUAGUAGUACAGAGGUGUCAGUAUAUGUGUAAAAGUGUGUGUAGUAGUAUAGAGGUGUCAGUAUAUGUGUAACAGUGUGUGUAGUAGUACAGAGGUGUCAGUAUAUGUGUAACAGUGUGUGUAGUAGUACAGAGGUGUCAGUAUAUGUGUAACAGUUUGUGUAGUAGUGCAGAGGUGUCAGCAUAUGUGUAACAGUGUGUGUAGCAGUAUGUACAGUAUGUUUGUGUAAAUGUUUAUGUGCAUGUGUGUGAUAGUGUGAGCAGUGGCAGUAAUUGCAGUAGUGUGCAUAGUAGUUUGUGUGAACAAAGUGUAGAUAGCAGCGGGCCGAGACUGGCCAGCGGGCAAACCGGGCCUGCUUAGUUAUUAAUAAUUUUAUUUAGUUUUAUCGACUGUUUCUUGCACACAUUAUCAGAAUAGAGCAAUAUAAUGUUAAAAACUGCAGCCCUCUUUACAUGGUUUCUUAUGAAGCAACAUUACUAUUCUGCUCUUUUACUAGAAUGAAAAGGUAAAAUAUGUAGACCUUGGUGGUGCAUACGUAGGGCCAACUCAGAAUCGAAUCCUUCGAAUUGCUAAGGAAUUUGGAGUGGAAACGUAUAAAGUAAAUGAAGAGCAGCAACUCAUACAUCAUGUUAAGGUAGGAAUAAAUUCCAAAAUGUAAGUUAUAAAACAAAUCUGAAGAACUCAUUUUUACAUCAUUUUUACAUUUAUGUUAAUUUUUAUUUUAGCAAUGUGUUUAUAAUUAUAUAUUUUUUACAUAGUAUUGUCUACGGACUAUAUAAUAAAUGAGCAUAUUCAGGAACAUUUCUUCACUUUUUAAAGACAUUUUGGUCUCAAGUUAAUAUUGUUGGAUAAGCGUUUCAAAUGAAUGUAUAUUUUUGGAAAACAUUUUUAAAAUAAUUUUAUAUUAUGAUAAAUAUUUAAAUUGUGUAAUAUCCUGAUUUUUUUAUAUAUUGAGAUAUAUUUUAUAUAUGAUAUAUUUUUGAAGAUAUUUUAAAAGCUUUCUAAAAUUGGAAUGCUUAUCCAACAAUAUUAAAUCAAUGUCUUUGUUGUAAAAUCUAUUACAUUUGGGGUAAUUGCAGGGGAAAUUCAUGUUUUCAUUCACAAUAUUACAUAAUUGCCCCAUUGAAUAAAUCUAUUGCCCCAUUGCAUAUUCAGAAUAUUCAUUAUUCAAGCGACAGUCUCAUUCAUGGGAAUUAUUGCCUAUGCAUUAUACUUACAGUAUGAGUGAGCAGUCCUCUGUAGCUAAAAACCUUUUCCAUGCAACAGUGUUUAAUGCUCUUGUGUAUUACACCAUGGCCUCAAUUUAAUUCAGAAAAUAUUAUUUUGUGUCCCUUGUUCUGUUUUACAUGUGAUACUAAAUUGAAGCUUUUUACCUGCUUAAUUCAUUGUAUGAGAAUACAUACUAAUGUAAGUGGAUUGUUUCACUUUUCACUGUUUUUGUACAGUAAAUUAUAACACUUUGUUGUAUUAUUUGCACUAUUGGUAUAGUGCACUUUUAUAUUGUAUUGUUUGCAUUUUAUUCAUAUGCACAUAUUUUUUCACUUAUGUGUAAAUUAAGUGGUUUGAACAUCACAUUGUACUAUUUGUGUAUUAUCUAUUGUGUUAAAGACAAAUUACACCUUUUUAUUUCUGACAUUACGUUGAAGCCACAUGAUAUAAAAUAUGGAUGUUAAGUCUUUCAUAAAACUAAAUGCAAUGCUAAUUGUCUAAAUGAAAACUAUUUACAAGUGGUACAAUACUUACCUUGCUGUGUCGAGCACUCAGUCCUUAAGUCGCACUGAUAUUCUACAGUGAAAAUUCAUACUGCGGUUUUGUGUAGCUUGGGACAUUCAUUGACUGAUUGCAUCAGUUGACACUAGGGGUAGGCAACCUACGGCACUAGUGCCAUGCACGACACUCGAGGUGUCUUUCCACGGCACUCAAGGCUGCUAGAGCCAAACAGGGUCUGGCCUAUCAGGAGUCUCAGUGAAACUUCAGAUAUCUGCUAAUACAAAGAGGUAGUGAAGGACAAUCCUCAAUUUAUGCAUUGCAGCACUUAGAGGAAGUGAUCUCAGAUCAUUUCCUCCCAUCACUUGUGAAUGGGAAUCCACACUGUAGUAGAGCAGCCCACAGCUGAUGUUGCAGCUCCUGUCCUUGACCUGUACCUGCCCAGGCUGGUCCCCACUGGAACCCAGGGAAGCCACCCACACUGCUAGAUAUACACAGACCUGCAGAAUAAGCCUCCCCUCAUACAAAUAAUACGAACAGCCCACACACAAACAUACACAAAAUCCCCACAAACUCAACACCACUAACAAUCUACAUACAUGCACACAAUCCCACAUGCAGCCUCUCACAUGCAAAACCCCAAACAGCCCCCAUACACUACCAAACACACAAUGUGACAUAUCCACCCACACACAAUUCCACAAGCAGCCCUCAGACACAGCCCACAUUCAUAUGUAUCAUACACGAUACCAUUAACUACUAAUGAACAUAUACAAUAUAAUAGCUCAUAUACGCACAAAUACAACGAUACAAAGCAAUUACAGUAUAAAUAACACAAGUAAAAUACGGCGGCACACACACCUCAAUUUAAAAAAAAUAGGAUCGGCAGGGCUGUUUGAAGGAAUUUGGGGGCCCCAAGCAAAAUGGACAUGGAGGCACCCCCCCCACACACGCAAAGCCUACAGGAACCACAGCAUAGCCAUACAGUUUAAGUUCACCCACACUUUAUAUAAAUAAAAAAGGUUUACAGUGCAAAUACUGCUGUUGCAUAUACUGUGCAUAAAUAAAAAAUGUUUACAGUGCAAAUACUGCUGUUGCAUAUAAUGUGCAUAAAAUUUGGACAUUUUCAACAAUUGAAAAUUCCCUGUGUUCUCCUCAUCUCCCCUUCUCCUCACCCCCCUCCCUGUGUUCUCCUCAUCUCCCCUUCACCUCACCCCCUCCCGUGUUCUCCUCAUUUCCCUUCUCCUCACCCCCCCGUGUUCUCCUAAUCUCCUCUUCUCCUCACCCCCUCUGUGUUCUCUUAAUCUCCCCUUCUCCUCACCUCACCCCUCCCUGUUUUUUCCUAAUAUCCCCUUUUCCUCACCUCCCCCUCCCUGUGUUCUCCUAAUCUCCCCUUCUCCUCACCUCCCCCUCCAUGUGUUCUCCUCAUCUCCUCAACCCCCCUCCCUGUGUUCUUCUUACUCCUCCCCCUCCCUGUGUUCUUCUUACUCCUUCCCCCCUCCCUAUGUUCUUCUUACUGCCCCCAUGUUCUUCUUACUCCUCCCCCCUAUGUUCUUCUUACUACUCUCCCGCUCCCCAUGUUCUUCUCACUCCCCUCCUUAUGUCUUUCUUACUCCCCUCCCAAUGUCCUUCUUACUCCCCUCCUCCCUGUGUCCUUCUUACUCCCCUCCCACCCUCCCUGUGUCCUUCUUACUCCCUCCCACCCUCCUGUGUCCUUCUUACUCCCUCCCCGUGUCAUUCUUACUCCUCACCGUGUCCUUCUUACUCCCCUGCCUAUGUUCUUUUUACUCCCCCCCCCCUAUUCUCUUCUCACCUCCCCUUCCCUGUAGCGUGGCCGAGCUCAGGGUGCACUUCCUGUCAGUCCGGCCAGGAACAGGAAACUGACUCUCCUGUACCGCAUGGAACCCGGCCGGACUGACAGGAGGAAGAGGAGCUCGGCCACACUACAGGGAAGGGGAGGUGACGAGAGAGGCAGUGCUGCAGCCGUCUGAGGCUCUCUAUAGAGCGCUCAGGCGGCUGCAGCCUUAUAGGAAGCGGCAGCCCUGCUUGGGGGCCCAGGCCAGCUCGGGGCCCCAAGCAAUUGCUUGGUUAGCUUGCCUGGUAGCGACGAGCCUGAGGAUCGGCACGCUACGGGACAUCACAAUCCUAUAUCGGCACAGUGCUGCUAAAAGGUUGCCUACCCCUGGACUAGCAGGCUGUGGGUAUUCUGAGCCAUUAUCAAUGUUUUUGGCUCGCAUUAGACUUGUGCAUGGCAAUUCUAAUUCGGCCAAACCAUUUUUUUUUUUAAAUUAAAUUUAGUUAGGGCAUUCCGACACUCAUUGAUUUGGCAGUUUAUUGCGUCCAAGUAUUUUCCAUAAAUAAAAUAUUCUGGAAAACAAUUCAUAUAAACCAAAAAGGAUGAAAAUGGUUUGAUCCGUGGUCUCCAAAAUAUAUGCGCUUCUGAGAUAUGUAGCUCAGUUAAACAGAUGAUCGGCGUAAAUGUCUGAAACAAAUGCACAUGUCUAGCUAGCGUUAUAUAAACUUCUGAAUAAACUUUUUUAUCAGAAUUUUUAUUUUUUUUCUUAAUGACUUCACUAAAUCCAACGAAUGUGGAAAUAGUCUCUGCAGUUAAAAUCCCCCCAUUCUGUGACAUCACAAAUAAAGACUAGGCAUUCUCCUUCCAGUAUAGUAGUCAUGUACAUGAGAAAUCAGGAAAGACGCAAAUCAGCAAGCUAAUAGAAGUAGUGCUGAGAAUGCAAUCAGCUUGCAGAACUGUUUCAUGAAUGUAACUACUAACGACUUAUGAGCUAAAUAGUUGAGCAGCAACAUAUAGAAUAUGCCCAGAGUGAGAAUCUCAGUGAAACUAUGGCAGACCAGGAUUGGCUGACAGUUCUCAUCCACUUCCUGGUCCCUGCAGAACUUAUCUACAUUACCUUGCAGAAAACAAAAGAAUUUCACAAAGAAGAAGAUGUCAAGCAUCAUAGCUACUUACCUUCCACACAUACCUUAUAGACCUUAUGGUGGAAACAUGACACUGAACUGCAAAUACCAGAAACCUUUGCUGUGCCCAUAAAGCAUUGCUGUUCAGGGAUGUACCUAGAAUUUCAAAAGAUAGUGAUUGAUGACUUAUCAUGAAUGUCGCUUUCAUUACUAGGUAAAGGUCACUGCAGAAUCUUCAAAAUCUUGAGAUUAAGAGCAAAUGGUGGCACUUGAAAUAAAUAUUGCACAACCCAUACUGCAGCCUUUUAUUACUUAUUAACUAAGCUAUAGCUAUUCAAAACAUCAUACAGCUAUUUUACCAUUUUUGUGGAUAGUUUUGAGCAUUGAUAUUCAGUGUACAUAAUGUUAGAUUGGACUAUAUCAAACCUCUAGUUUCAGCAUUGGUCUAUACGGAUUUACUGUCUCAUGCAGAAUAUAUUUGCUUAUGGCGCCAUCUAAUGACUACUUCCAUGCUAAGUAAAUGGAAUUGAAUUUGCAAUUCACAUUAGUGCAUGAACAUAAGAAAGAAAAUGCGUUAAAGUUAAUGUAACGUAUACUUGCACACCUGCGGAUAUGCUGGUAGCAUAGUUUGAUGAUAUCCCCUUCAGUGACACUGUGUAUGACAAAGCCAGAACAAUUUUUAUAUAUUGUACUGAUUCACUUCUGAAAAGUCUAUAUUUAAAUGUCACCAUAGUUAACAGCAAUGCUGUAACAAUGCCACGUUAAAAAGAAAAAUAUAUUUUAAAUGAUUCAUGUAUUAAAAUUCCCAUAGACUUUAAUGGUGACUGUAGAUUAAUAAAAUAAAAAGCAAUUUUUUCUAACAGAUUAGAAUCACUUCUGAUACUAAAUCAAACACAUUUAAUUGAGUCCUAUUUUAGCGUCUUCAUUGUAACAGCAUCAAUGUAAAUGGCAGUGUAAUAAAAACAAUGACAUGGUUGAGUCAUAAGGGCUUAACACAAUAUGGCCAUAUGUUGGAACUGAAUCCUCGUAUUUGUUUGCUUACAUCGAAUUUAGAAAAGUAUUUCAUGAAUGCACUGUUCCUAAUCUGUAUUAUGUAUAAAUAUUGGUCACUACAGCAGUACCAUUCCUGCAAGAUGCAUGUUUUGGUUGUGCCCCCAAUUCCCUUUUGUUUUUACUAUAAGAGACACUGAAAUUAAAAGUUGUCGUUUGGCUGACACUAUAAACUUAAACAGUACUGGUUCAUGAGUUUCUAUUACAGCACAUUACAUGCUUGGAUCAAAAAUCAUAAUCAAUUUAAAUAUUAUUAUUAAUGCUAAUAUCUCCAAACAGCUGGGGAUUUAUUGGUUUAGUCCAGCAUGGAUUUGCAGCAAAUACAAGUGGCAACAAAAUUUAGUCUCUCUUAUGUCCAUUGAACUGAACAUAGUUAGAGAAGGCGCUAAUGGCCUUGAAUUGCCAUCGAUAAAACAACAAACUACUCUCAGAUGACGUUGCUGAUGACUCACAACAAGAUAAACAAUAUUUGUGUUGAAUUACCCAGAGCGUGCAUUUUUUUAAUGGUAGUGCUGCUUAUAUGAAUAUAAAUGAAUAUACAAAUAGGAAUGGGUGCUGUAGCCAAACUCCAAUAUUCAGCAUCACUAUCUCCGCUGUAGACUCCUUGUAGCUGAGGAAGCAAUAUGAUAUCCAAGGCACAAUCUCCCCAGUAACUGGAUGACACGCAGUUCUGGGAGUCAACAGAUUUUUAUUCAGCCACAGCUGGCUUUUAUGCAAGGGGUUUCUUAAAUUACACCCCAGGGUUUUUCCCCUGGUGGAUCUUGUUGGGGACAGGGGACAAAGCAACAUUUCACAGACUCCUCCUCUGUGCCUGGGAGAUAAUUGAGUAAGAACAACUCUUUAAUUACAUUAUCUCCCAGGUACAGAAAAUACACAAUAUUGUAAAACCAUAUAACAUACAUAUUAAUAUUUCAGAACUCCACGAAAGUUAGUUCACUGAAUAGCAGGGAUCUAUCACUCAGACCCGUUAGGUAGAUUAUGAACGCCAUUCGAGUGAAGUUUAGACUGGUCGACCACGAGGUGAAGCCCCAAAAUAGUUCCAGAGGAUUUUAGGCUUUGACCAGUCUUCUCUGAGUUCUCGCACGAAUGCAGAUGAAGUCUCCCCCUAACAUAUGAAUGUUCCCCCUUGUUCGGUAGUUUAGGUCUCCCGAACACCGUUCUCCUACUGGUUCGGGAAGUUGAAUGGGCAGUGGUAAUAAUUUACCAGGUGUUUUGCGGGGUCCAGUAGCCAAAAUUAGUUCCAGGCCGUCGAUGGCCAUAUACCGCUGCCCACGUUCGAGAGACAAGGGGGAAUCCUUCUUUAAUGAGCAAUUUGUGGUUAACAGCCAGGGGAGUUAAAAUAACUGAACUCAGGGAUAACACAGAUGGUAGUUCAGUAAACGAACGAGGGGUACGGACAUCCGAACAAAGGGAAAAGGGUCAUUCUGCUACUGGUGCAAACAAAAAUGAUUUAAAAUAAUUUAUAAUGUAUUAGAUAUUAUAUAUCUUUGCUUAAAAUAACUUAUCUAAUGAAAAUUAGGGUUUUAGGGAUUCCACUGUGCAGGGCCGGUGCAAGGAUUUUUGCUGCCCUAGCAGGGCCGGUGCAAGGAUUUUUGCCGCUCUAGGCAAAAAAAAAUUAGCUGCCACAUGCUCUGCCAUAUGGGCCAAUGCCAGUGCUGCUACUGUGUCUUUUAUCUGAAAAGGCAGUGUGUUUACAUUAAAAGGCCUGCAGGCACAGACUAUAGACACCAGAGCCACUACAUUAAGUUGUAGUGCUUCUUGUGACUAUAGUGGCCCUUUAAUGUGAGGUAAAUUAGAGAUUAGUGCCACUAACAAUAUAUUGGAUUGCCUACUUACCACCAGAUGAGGACUAGAGAAUGAUGAUGGGCUCAGGCUGCAGUCUGGCUCCACUGGUCUGGUGUAGAAGAGGAUCUCUGGAGACUGUUUGUAACAGUGUUCACAAAAAUCAAUGAACAGGAAGCAGCUCCAUUUUUGGGGCCCCUUACACAGCUCAAGGUCUGGGCACCCAGUGCCUGACCAUGAGUAUGCCUACAAGGCCCACCCAUAAGUCCACCUACAUGGCCCACACCUGAGUUCGUUCACAGGGAGUAGAGUGCAUGUGUGUAGGGGAUGUGUUAUGUGUUAUUGUAGAGGAUGUAAUGUGUGUGUGUGUUCUUAUUGCAUGUAGUGUAUAGGGAUACCAAUAUGUGUAAGGGAUGUAGUGUGUGAGGAAUGCAUUGUGUGUUUCUGGGUGUGUGUGUAAGAGAUGAAAGGUGUUUUUCUGUGUAUGUAAUGUAAUGCAGUAUGUGUCUGUAAGGGGUGCAUUGAGUGUGUGUAAGAGAUACAUUUUAUUUCUGUGUGUGUGUAAGAGAAGCAGUGUGUGUGUGCCUAAAGGAUGCACUGUGUGUUUCGGUGUGUCUCUGUAUGAGUAGGAAUGCAUUGUAUGUUUCUGUGUGUGUGUGUGUGUGUGUAUGGAUGCAUUGCAUGUUUCUGUGUAUGUGUAAGAAUGCACUGUGUAUGUGUGUAGUUUGAAAGAGAGGGUUUGUGGGGUAGGAUAGGGGUUGAGAGGGGAGCAGCUCUUUUUAAGUUCUCUCCCCUCACGUCCUGUCAAUUAGUGCUCUCCCCUCCCCUCCUGUCCCUCAGUGAUCUCCGCUCACCUCCUGUCCCUUAGUGCUCUCCCUUGCCCCCCUGCCUCUUAGGGCUCUGCCCACCCCUCAGAACUCCCCCAUCCUGUCCCUUAGUGUUCUCCACUCCCCUGCUGUCAGACCUUUCUAAAUCCUAUACAGCUAUCUGCUCCCACCCUUAUGCAUAUUUAAAGCUGAUUAAAUGGAAACUGUUAGCCUGGGUGAAAACAAACACUUGUUUGCAGCAUAUUGAUACUAUUAGCUAUCCUUUCAAUACUGAUACCUCAUACAGUGUGUCGGGUUAUUUAUAUAAGCUACUUUUUAUUUGGCUAUCUCUACAAUAGUUAUCUAUAAGAUAUAUAUGGGGCUAUCAUAGAAUUAGCUUUUCCCUUUUUUAAGUCACUAGCACAGUUUUUUGCACUCAUUUAUUUUUGUUUCACGUUUUGUGCCUAGUCUAACAUAUAUAAUAAGGAUAUCGAUUAUUAAACACUUUAAACUUUCCAAUUAAGUUUCUACUCAAUAUGUGGGUAAAACCUUGUGUGGUUGUUUGAGACACGAUAUCCGUGUGAUUUUGCACCUGGAUUCCUAUUCUCAACAUAUCCAUUCAAGGUAUCCUCCCUUUUCUUCUAAAUUAUCUGGGUUAUGCCCAUAUUACCCACUUAGUCCCUUUCUGACUUCAGGGCCAGGUUGUCCUGUCCCUUGAGUCUCUUUUUUCGCUGAUUGCUCAAAGUGGAAGUAAGGGAAUCUCAGUAGUGUUGGUUUCAGUGUUUCUCUACGAGAAGCAUUCUAUUGGCUGAGCAUGGUGAUUGUUGCACAUGUGUUUUAGGACUCCAAGGCAGAGCAAAGAGAUUGUCUCCUCUUGGCUAAAUUUAAGGUAACGUGUGAGGAACGAGAGGAAGGAGGAGGCUACUAAACUAACUCCUUCCCAUAAAAUAUUUCACUGGUAUGCCAUCAUAUUACUGCUUGCAAGAGCAAACAAUAUUACCCCAAAACUGAGGUGAGAUUGCCUAUAAUUACAAGACUGGCUCUUACAAUCCUGGAUCCCAGGAUUCCAAAAAUUCAAGUCCCAUUGUCAAUGCAUAUGUCUGUCUUAAAAUCUAAAAAUUGUUUGUAUUCUAGAACUGAAUAUUUUAAUAAGUUUUCAAUACUGAUCCUUCCAAUUGGUACUCUGUUGUGUAAUUGUUGAAAUCCCUGCAUUCACAUACAGGUGACAUAACACAAUAGAUAUAGUUAAGUCUGAGUAAAUAUGGGUUUCCCUGUGGGCCAUAUGCAGACCACUUGGUCGCCAGAAUUACUGAUUUAGUACAAACAACUGUGAUGUCAAGAGUGCAAAAAAAAGUUAAAAGCAUAUCCGUGGUGUAAUACCUAACAUACUAUAUUAUUCUACCGGUUGAGAUAUAUAUACACAAGCAAUCAAAAUAAUAUCAUAUUGAGUCUCCUUACUAUUUGUGUUGCAUCAAAUGGUGAAAUAAACUAAAUUGCAAAAGUUUUUUGUAUCAAGACAUUUUACAAAUCAAUCUAUAUCUUUAUGUGUUUCAGGGUAAAUCCUAUCCUUUCCAAGGUCCGUUUCCUCCUAUGUGGAACCCAAUUGUCUAUUUGGAUUACAACAAUCUGUGGAGAACCAUGGAUGAAAUGGGGAAAGAGGUACCAUUUAAAGUAUUAUUCACAAUAUCCUAACCAGCAGUCAUAACUCUUACAGGUUUUGCCUGAUUUUUUACUCACAGAGCAUACAGCCUGGCAAAGGUGCAUUUAAGAAAGUUUUAACCUUAUUAUCAAUUAUUGCACUCUUACUCAUCUGCUUACAGCUACCUUUUUCAAUUCUACCUUAUUUUAGGUCCUUAUUAAAGUUUUCUCCACCAACCGUAUUUCCUUUAAUGGGGCCUCUUAUCACCCAAUAUGCUCCUUAAUAGAUGUAUUCAACCAUGAUAGUGUUCUACCCCAUCUUCUUUUUCAUUAUAUUUUCUAAUUUUAUGCUUCUUACUAUCACUAUUAAAAUUGGAAAUCUGUGCAAUCCGUACCUUAAGCAGAAAUGAAUAAUCAAGACUAUGUACAGCCCUCUUUUAAUAAUUCAUAGUUGUUCAACAUGUGCAGAAUGAGGGAAAUAUUUAGCUAUAAGACUUAUUGAUCAUUCCUAUUGUAAAGUUGCUUGUAGAUAGCCAUGUAUAUAUGAUGGGCUUAUUUUAUCGCAUCUACUACACAGCACAGCAGUGGAAAAGUGUAUAAAAUUCCCUUUCCAACUAAAAUAAAUGCAUAUAAGAUAAAUAAAAUGACUAUUUUAAUGAUGUAGAAAGAGGAGGUGUAUGAAAUUCAAUUGUGAUCUGGGGUCGAGUAGCAUUGGGUAUCCAGCAUCGUUGUAUACCAAUCACUUAUUCAGUGAGAUCUGUGCCUCCACGUACCCGUUACCUUGUCAAGGGUUAAUUUGGCUGAGGGUUCUAGGAGUUUUCAUACUAACCUAUACUAGGACGACCAUUGAGCGGCCAGUUUAAUGUCUUCAAUAUCUACAUGUUUGUUUACUAAAAAAAAAAAUAACAUUUUCUUUUUAUAAACAGUAUUGAAAUCAAAUCAAUAUUUACAUCUUUCAUGAUAUUUAUUCUCGAUAUGAGGCACUGUACUGUUAUACUUGUUUUGAUUUUCCUACUGUUUUAUUUCUGCUCAAAUCAUUUAUUAGCACCGUUUUGUUUUGCUCACCUCAUUUAAUCUGUUACUUGUUUUUACCUUGCACUGGAAUAAUAUUAUUACAGCUUGUUAGGUUCCCAAGCGAUUGACAAUCCAGUCACAUACACUGUAAAUACACAUAAUACUUCACCAGUCAGGCUGUGGAUUUCACUGAUGUGCAAACAAACAGUGGGAUCUCUAUUUCACAGACUAGAUUAUUGCUGAUUAUAGUUCAGUUGUUUGUGAUCUGCAACUCCCAGUGAUGUUCAGCCACUAUAAAACCUGUAUUGCAUUUCACAAAUAUUUAAGAUGCCAGGAUUAGAAGGUAUAUCUGCAAAUUAAUCUAAAUAAAAUACGGUAUGAAUAUUAAAGAAAAUAACUGUGUUAAAGGAAAACGGUCAUCAUUUUUUAUUAUUACUGAAAACAAUUUCACAAAGCUGAGAAUCCACACCCGAGUUACAACGUGUGACAGAUUUACUGAGUUGCUGCCAUUUUCAGAUCUGGCACAGAGUUCCAGGCGGGUGGCUGGUUAGUCCCAGUCUCACAAAAUGUAGUUCCUGUUGCUCUGGGGAGGACAGCACCCCAUCACAUUAUAUGUCCCUGGAUAGCUUAACACCGAGCACCCUGAGUAACCAUUUAGCGCCCUGGUGGGUGGUCGGGGGACCAAACGAUACUCAAUCAAAGAUUCACCAGAUCGCAGCACACUGCCAAUCCAACAAACAGUUCCAGAAUGUUUUAGGAGCUUUAGGUGCUUGAUAUGUAGAAUGGGUCCAGGUGAUCAAAAUAGGUCCCUGAUUCCAGCUGAAAGGCAGACUAGGUGUUCAGGGGGUCCCCUUCCCAUAGUGAUAAUAACCCCUUUUUGUCCUUUUUGUUGGAAUUGAGUUCUGUGGCCCGUACAAAUGGGUGUUGCCAUUUUAGCCUUGUACAAUAUGAAAGCCCUGAAACCAUCCAAGAGUAAAUUUUGGGGGGAAUGACUGGCGCUUACACAUGAAUUCAGGAUUUGUGAACACGCACUUAUUCUUGAUUACAUACUUGUUUUUGGUCAGACAAUUGGUAUUUCUGGCCAAAGGGGAUUAAAGAUACCUGCCUUCGCAGAGCAAGGGAAAGCCAGGAGUGACACUGAAAAGAGGUAUUUACAAACAUGUAUGCAUUUUAAAAUAAUACACACUACAGCUAUAAAGCUUUAAUGAAUGUGUUUUAUUUUUUCUUGAUGCACUAUAUUUUUAUGACAAAAGAAAACCCUUUCAUGUGUUAUGCAUUGUAGAUUCCAAAUGAGGCUCCAUGGGCUGCACCGCAUGCUGAGGAAUGGGACACAAUAACAAUGAAAGAGUUAAUUGAUAAGAUUUGCUGGACUAAGUAAGAUUCAUUUAUUGUCAGUAGAAUAAAUUCUAAUAUAUUAGACAGUGGACCAGUGUACUGCCAUUUUGAAAAAUGUACCGUGUUAAAAUAAAAGAAUUGUCUUAGAGUCAUUUGAAUUUUAGUAGUUUUAAUAGUUACCUAAAAACUAAACAGCACAACUCAUACAAUAGGUUGUGUUAUAUUUCAGAAAUACAUUUUCUAGCAAUGCGUUUGCUAGAUGAACUUAGAUAAAUGUAUAACAGAAGUCAGGUAGUUCAAGAAUAUGUCAAUGUAACUUCUAUGCAAGGUACCAUGACCAUUGAAAAGAAGAACAAGCAAGCAUCACAAUUAAUAUGUUGUUUGAGCUAAAUCAAAGGGUUUAGGUCAGAGGUUAUUAGUAAGAGAGGAAUGGGAUUGUAGUAAACAUUUGAGGUAUGGCAGGAGCAUUUAAAUGGGAGCAUCACAUAAUUACACACAGAACAUGUUUUGUUUUGUUUUUAGAUAUUUACAUACUUGUUCACUGAAAAAUGCUUAUAAUUUUUUAUCCAAUGUUUUUUAUGAUAGGCAGCAUGUAGGCAUCAUAAUGAAGAAGUAUAUAUGGAAUCUCUCACACACUCAUAAAUUCACAGCAGUGAUUCUAAAGUCCACAUACAGUGAUAUAAAGAUUUCAAUUUAAAAGUGAUUACGAUGAAAUAAACAAAUAAAAAAUAACUUCCCUUAGCAAUAAAGGAUAUGCCUGAAGAUUUCCUCCUAUCUUCAAUUCAACAAGUAUAUGAUUAGGGCUAUUCCAAGCUAGGAAAAUAAGAAAUAUAUGGCAUAGUGCAAUACUGUAUAUGAUAAAGUGGAUAUAUAUGUAAGUGCCAAAUGUUCCCUCACACUUUAACAUCCCAACAAAUGCCUUCAAAAGUGUUCUUGGUGUGCCUUCUUGCUUCAAUGUUUGGUGAAUAUAAAUCUCAUAAAGAACAAGAUGUAAAAAAAAUGGAUGAAAUGACUAUAUGAAUAAAGAGUAAAAAAAGCAUUUAUUACUUACAUCAAAGUAAAUAAUAGCAGAUAUAUCAGUCCUGGACUGAUAUAUCUGCUAUUAUUUACUUUGAUGUGAGUAAUAAAUGCUUUUAGUUCUUUAUUUUUCAUUAUGCAGGUGUUAACAUCCGGUUAACCAUGCCACAACAGCAUGUAUAAGCGAUUAAGAAAUACAGUAUUGGUACUUAUAUGGCAUGGGAAUAACUGCACAUUUUUAUAGGUUGUUUAACAAGCUUAGGCAUACGAUUUUUUCUAUAACGCUCAAUGGCAUAAAAUUGCGUGGAAACACAUCAUUUUGUGACAGGAUUUUGACACAUCAUUUUGUGACAGGAACAACACAUUUUUUCUCACGAGUAAACAGGAUAAUGCUAUGUAUGCCAUAAGCUGGAUGAGUAUGAGUAGUAGUGAAAGAUUGUGUAUACUGGCACACUUUGAUAACCAAAAACAGACAAACAAGAUUAUAAUAGAUUGUCAACAAAAGUAUUAACAGGGUUAUUAACCACCGGGGCUAGGGACUAUUGAGGCACUAUGAUGAGCUGAAUGUGCAUCUCUACAGCUGAAAUAAAUUAGACAGUGGGUAUUUGUACUAAGUCCCGCACUGGCCUUGGCAGCAGGUACUCGGAGGCCGGUCCUCCCGACUUCAACCCAUGCCACUGGUAUGCUGCAAAGGGCUGUUCAGCGUGCUGCCUGGGGUUUCUUGGUGGGGCCCGGUGUCUUAUUGCAGUUUGGUAGCUUGAUGUGGGCCGCAGCAUUGGAACUUGGCUCUGGCUUCUGUGCUAAUUAGUAUAGCGGUGUAGCCUGUUGUAGCAAAUGGCAGUGAGUGAGACAACCAUUGGCAGUCCUGGCCUUAUGUAUGCUGCCACACACAGUGUACUGCAGAGUCCGUCGGGUCUAUGGUGCUACAAAGAGGUGCACAGCGUGUGCAGCGAGCUCGAGGUUGGGAUCAGCCAUCUCCGGCGAUUGGUAAGGCAAGGAGGACUGCACGUGAUGCUUAGUAUAGGCCGUGUUGCCGCCAUUUUGAUGACCAGGCAUAUGGUGUACAAUGCCAGGUAGGCUUGUUGUUGAGCCCUUGCAAGGCGGUGAUUCUCUCCUGUGGGGACCGGGAUAACCCCCCGGUCCGUGGGGGGGGGAGCGGGGCCCGCGAGGCGCAUCUCAAGGCCGUUGCGUGGCAGCCAGUUGCACAAACAGGAUGGCUGCCUUCCAUCCUGCUCCACACCCCUGUAAGCCGCAGUCCCUGAAGCCUCAUAUUGCCCACCGGGGGCUCCGAAACUCCCGAUCUCAGGGACCGUGAUGGCUCCGGCAUCUGCUCGGAUACAUUAGACAUCUCUUGGUCACCCAGAUUACUGUGGUGUUUGGGUUUUGUGCCACAAGGGACCAUAUUUUGUCAGGAGCCUCUCCAGCCCGUGACCGGUCAGCAUGGUGGUCGGGCCCGCCCCCCAUAAAUGCUUUUUUUACUCUUUAUUCAUAUAGUCAUUUCAUCCAUUUUUUUUUACAUCUUGUUUUUUAUGAGAUUUAUAUUAACCAAACAUUGAACUGAUAUAUCUGCUAUUAUUUACUUUGAUGUAAGUAAUAAAUGCUUUUUUUACUUUUUAUUCAUAUAGUCAUUUCAUCCAUUUUUUUUUACAUCUUGUUUUUUAUGAGAUUUAUAUUCACCAAACAUUGAAGCAAGAAGGCACACCAAGUACACUUUUGAAGGCAUUUCUUGUGAUGUUAAAGUGUGAGUGAACAUUUGGCACUUACAUAUAUAUCCACUUUAUCAUAUACAGUAUUACACUAUGCCAUAUAUUUCUUAUUUUCCUAGCUUGGAAUAGCCCUAUACCAUAUACUAAGCAUCAUAAUGUUCAGCUCAAAAUAUUUUUUUAUUAGACCAUAUAAAAAAACUAAUAUGCGUUUCUGCCCUCUUGCCUUACUCAUGUAUAAAAUUGUGUCAAUGUUCAUUACCAGACAAACCAUAAGCAAUCAUGUAAUUUUUUAUUGCAUGGAUGUACUGAUUAAAUUCAUUCAAAGGUUGCUAUAGCAACAUGUGAUAAAAGGGUUGCAUGCUCGUGAUAUCUUACCCUAUCUUCUAUAAUUGAGAGGUAGUUGAUUAACACCGUCAUGAGAUCACGAAAGGAAAGAGCGAGCACCUACAAUUUUCAUUUCAGUGUACUUAAUACUUGUAAUAUCAGAAUCGCUGUGCAAAUGAAUGCUGUAUUGACAAUGUCCCAAAUGUAACUUUACUUUGUUAAUGUUUACAGGUGUUUGUAUAAUUUCAUUUACAUGUUUGUGUGUGUGUGCAUGUGUGUAAACCUGUGUACAUUUUUACCUUGUAGUUCCCAAAUGUUUUCAUGAUUGAUAGUAUUUGCUCAUGUUAUUUGCCACAAAUACAUGAAUGUUUGUUACAUUUGGUGUGAUUUUUCCAUUUUUUUCCCCAGUGCAGCAAAGAGGUUUGCUGCUCUUUUUGUGAAUGUGAAUGUAACUGCAGAGCCUCAUGAAGUAUCGGCACUUUGGUUUCUGUGGUAUGUAAAGCAGUGCGGAGGCACCACAAGAAUAUUUUCCACAUCUAAUGGUGGACAGGUAAAUAAAACAAUGUUUUAAUACUUAUUUUAAUUUAGCCCUGGCAUAUGUUGUCUUAUUAAUGUCAUAUGAUCGUGACUCUUUCGUUAUCUAUCAUGAAAAACCAACCUUACCGUCAGAGUUAAUAUCAGAAAUAGCUGAAAAUGUUAGAUAAUUUUUGUAUUUUGUGUCUUUUUCUCACACACUUAUUUUUUUCUAUCAGCUCUUCUCUCUUAUUUUUUGGCUGCACUCUCUCCGUCUUGUCCGUUCUAGUACCCUCAUGUUCUUCUUUAAACCCACCCCAUUAUGGUUUCUAUGGCCAUUUUUGUCCAUAUAUUUGUCUCUGACCCUUUUUUGCCAUUUGUGUUUCAUCUAUUUUAUCUAUUUAUUGUGAUUUCAUUUGUAAUGUUUGGCACUCAAACACUGAUCUAUUUAGAUCAGCGUAUAAACAAAAUCAUAUUGCUUUAACCAAUAAUAACUAAUAAUAAUUAAUGGGAAAAAUUAAAUACAAAACACAAUUAUGUUAGCGUCUAUAUUUUGGAAUUUGUAGAAAGCACUGGCUUAUGGUACUCAUAUAAUUAAAGACAGAUGAUUUAUCUUUUUAAAAUAUAUAAACAGCUUUGUUUCCUUUUAUUAAUUAUCUUUUUUCAAAUUCUUUAUUUAAGAGAUCAGGAUAACAUGUUUUCAUAGUCAAAUAUCGUUAGUACACAAUGCUUUGCCAGUAAGGUUUACAUUAUAUCACAGCAAGGUCGGUUUUAGAGGAAUACACUAUUUGUAUGAUAAUAUGGUGAAGCUUACACUGAAGGAGUAUCCUUUCUCAAAUUUAUAAACUUAAGAACUAUUCCCUCUCAUAAGAGGUAAAGAAAUUGGAAAAAAAAUAGAAAAGAAGAGGUGGACACAGAAAGGCUAGAAGAAGUUGGGGGUGGGUAAAAAAAAAAAAAAAAGAUGGGGGUUCUUUGUCCAUGUUCUAGCAGCCUUGUGUAUGUGGCAGACCACACCCAUGAUGCCCGGUUGUCAUACUUCACCCACAUUUUCCACAUUUUGUUAAAAGUUGUUGUUGAAUUACGGGCCUCGGUUGUGAGCCUGUCAAUUAAGUAUUUGUCUUUUAUUUUUAUUAUUAUAUUAUUUUGUGUAUAUUUCUGUUCCCAACCAUACCUGUGCUAGGAUCCGCCUUGUGGCCAGUGUAAUUUUAUUCAGCAGUUUUUGUUCUUCCCCGGAGAGGUAAUUCUUUGGUUUGACCAGUAGGAAGUACCAAGUUCUCUAUCUACAAGUCUGUGUAGGAUGUCCGUCAACAAGUCUAACAACUAUCUCCCAAUAGUGCUGAACUUUGGGUCAUGUCCACCACAUGUAUGAACCUUUUUGUCCACAAUCUCUCCAUCAUUUGUCUGUUGGGGACUUGUAAUUAUCUUUUUCGAAAGGUGUUUGGCAGCAUAUGGACAUGUUUAUUGUAGAAAUCAUAAUCGAGUUUCAAACAUUUGUAGACUUUUAAUACAAUCAUUCUAGAUAAUCAUUUUCAUAGCCUGUAUCUAUUUCUGUCAGAAAGCAAUCGCUAGACAAAGCUGAUUGAAGGCUGAAGUGGUAUUAUUAGCCAUCAUCUAAGAAUGGUGCCAUGAGGUAUAUUGAUUUCUCCUCAAGAGACAACAGCAAGCUCUCUAUUUUCAUAUAGUGCUUAACUCCUUCAUGACAACUGUAACACAGGGAAUGGUGCUUGCUCUAAUGUACCUUGUGAAAAGCCAAGCAUACCCUGUUCAGCAGCUGUUUAAAUUGUUGGCAGAAAACAGGUCUCGCCAUGGUUGGAGAGACCAAGCUAUUUCUUGAUGCACUAUAGAAAUAGCAAUAUGAAGUUCCUCCAAAGCAUGCUAUCUUGGGGAUUGCCAGCUCCAGCAAUUACUAUGUCCUCAGCCAGCCAGCAGGCCUCACUUAACACAGUAUAGACCAUGCUCUUGUUUUUGUGUCAUGUACUUAACUUUACAAGAAACCAUAUUUGUGAGGCCUUCCAUUAAUAGACUGAAAAGGCAACCAUGCACCAUAGGAUAGCUUUGACAGUCAUUCACAAUGAUCCAAUGCUGUGAUUGACACCUGCUGCUUGGUUCCAGCAGUGCACACUCAGCUGUCAAUCAUUGACUGGAUCUUAGGAUCACCAUGUAUUGUAACAUUCUAUUGUCCUUGAUGAUCACCAGAAUUACCUACCAUGAUCUUAUAGUGCUAUCCAGACGAAGCCAUGCCCUUCCAGUACUGGGAAACACUCCACUGAAAGAAAUAUAAGGGAGUCAGUUCAGGAAAAUGUCUUAUCUUUGUUAAACAUAGCAACGGUUUUAUAAUAACACACAGUAAAGGGGAGUCUAGGGGAAUAUCAUUAAUUACCAAUAAAAUAUUGACAAAUAUUAAUUUACAGAAUGGACAGCUAGUGUAUGCAUCAUGGUAUAGGCAUCUAACAAAUCAUUGAUAAAAAAACGUAUUUAUGGGGCAUUACUAGGUAGAAACGUCGUAGUAUAGGAGGGUGUAGGGGUAGGGUCUUCAAAGAAUAGAAGAGAACAAAGAUGGUCAUGUGCCAAGCCUACAUAUGUGACAAUCUGGCAGGGUCAGGUGCAAAACUAUGUAUGUGACUUAUUUGCAAUGUACAAGGCUGUUAGUCUUAUGACACAGCUGAGCAGAGAUUAACCCUAUCACCAUGGAAGCCAGUCACAGUGAUAUGGCAAUGUGAUUACUGUAACUGGCUUUCACUAAGAUCACUCAAUCAGAAGGCCAAUCUACUAAACAAUUUGGUAUUAGGGUUAGAGUUUGCUAGGGUUAGCUAGGGUUGUGGCUGGCUAAGGACUGCUAGGGUUAGGUAUAAUUAGAAUUCGCUUGUGUUAGGGUUAGUUUGGAUUAGCUUGAGUUAAAGUUAGCUAGGGUUAGUGUUAGCUAGGCUCAUUGUUCGAUUAGGUCAGGGUUAGCUUGUACUACGGAUAUGUUUUUUCAUUUUCUUUGUGUUGCACAAUGUUUUAAAUAUUUUAUUCCAAUGUAAUUCCCUUCUAUUAAUACAUAUACAGUAUUAGAAUAAAAUCUACUCUUAUUUGACACUUUCAAAUAUACCUUCUCAUUUAACCUAACUAUAUUUAUUAUUUUGGUUAUCUCCAUUUUUGUACUCUGUUAUUUGCAUGUAAGACUUUAAAUUACCAAUAUUUUGAUAUUUUAAGAUCCUCGUUUGUUGCACAUUUGAAUACAAACUGAAAGGCUCUUAUAGGUAUCAUUAUCCAUAACCGAAUUUAACAUAAACAUUCCAAAGGUUGGAGAGAAAUCAUUUAUUUACAUUUGUUAUAUGAUAGGUUCUUGCCUUAUUUUACAAUUUUCUAAACUAUGUUUGCUUUAUCAAGGAGAGAAAAUUUGUUGGUGGAUCUGGGCAGAUAAGUGAAAAGCUUGCAGAAUCCUUACAAGGUCGAGUCAAGUUGCAAAGGCCGGUAGUACAGAUUGACCAGUCAGAAAAAAAUAUUACAGUGGAGACACUAAAUCAUGAAGUUUAUGAGGUAAGUAUAAAUACUUUCCUCUUGUUCACCACUUAUUACUGAUACCAAUGUUUUUGACUGUCUGUGAUGUGGCAUACCCCACUAUGUUCAUGUUGCUUCUCUCUUUUUAUAGGCCAAAUAUGUUAUCAGUGCCAUUCCACCAACUCUUUGCCUGAAGAUCCAUUUUAGCCCUGAAUUACCACCAAUGAGAAACCAGCUCAUCAAUCGAGUUCCUAUGGGUUCUGUAAUCAAGUGUAUGGUCUAUUAUAAAGAAGCUUUCUGGAGGAAGAAAGGUAAAUGUACAGUAUCCGAGUGGAUAUAAAAUGUAUUGUAUAAAAAUUAUAUUUACUAAAAUACUUUAGAGUUUAUGAUUAAAAUAAAAACAACCUGACUACCAGUCCCUAAUAAUAUUGUAAUAUAAUAAUAAAAUUACAUGUUUAAUAUUAGAUUAAAGGGAAACUAUAGGUUUCAAAACAACUUUAACUUAAUGAAGCAGCUUUGGUGUAUAGAGCAUGCCCCUGCAGUCUCACUACUCAAUUCUCUUUAGGAGUUAAAUCACUUUUGUUUCUGUUUAACCCCUUUAGGACCAAACUUCUGGCAUAAAAGGGAAUCAUGACAUGUCACACAUGUCAUGUGUCCUUAAGGGGUUAAGCAGAACUUGCCACAUAUACCCUGCUUGUGAACCACAUACCCUCCAAAGCAAUCACACACAGGAGACCCUGCUGGGUCUAGUAGACUAUUAACUAAGCAGGAGACAAGUAAUAUUUAAUUAAACAGAUUGUGUUAUAAAGAAAGUAAACAUUAGAUCUCUCUUUAAAGGAAGUGGGUGAGACUGGAGUGGUAUGAUUUGUACACCUUUUGUUUCCUGUGGUAUCCCUUUCCUUUAACUUUAAAAAUAAUUGUAUUAUGAUGAUGCAUGUGUGAUGGUUUAAUUUUCCUUUUUUUUAAUUUUAUUUAGAUUAUUGUGGAAGUAUGAUUAUUGAGGAUGACAAUGCAGCAAUUGGACUUACUCUUGAUGACACCAAACCUGAUGGCACAGUGCCUGCCAUAAUGGGGUAUGCAUUUUAAAACCAUUGUAUAAGAUAAAUAUUGUUUGUGAAAUAAUAGCAAUUUUCAGUGACACUUUGACUAGGGAAUCAUUUUUGUUCUUUUAUAUAGUCUCACUAUGUUAACUAUUAUUAUUAUUAUUAUUAUUAUUAUUAUUAUUAUUUCAUCAAUGAUAUUCCAAUGAUAUUUAUUUUUAUAUUUUUUUAAAUUUUGUGCACACAUCAGCUGUAUCAAGGUAUAUAGAGGUUCAGGUUACAAUACAAGUUGUGACAUUUGCUAGUCAGGUACAGUUUUGUUUUAGUAGAAGCAAGGUUUCAACAGUUAGAAUUCUCUUUUUGUUUAAGAAAGCUAGCAAGGCAUACAGUCAGGUCCAUAAAUAUUGGGACAUCGACACAAUUCUAAUCUUUUUGGCUCUAUACACCACCACAAUGGAUUUGAAAUGAAAUUAACAAGAUGUGCUUUAACUGCAGACUUUCAUCUUUAAUUUGAGGGUAUUUACAUCCAAAUCAGGUGAACGGCGUAGGAAUUACAACAGUUUGUUUAUGUGCCUCCCACUUUUCAAGGGACCAAAAGUAAUGGGACAAUCGGCUGCUCAGCUGUUCCAUGGCCAGGUUUGUGUUAUUCCCUCAUUAUCCCAUUUACAAGGAGCAGAUAAAAGGUCCAGAGUUCAUUUCAAGUGUGCUAUUUGCAUUUGGAAUCUGUUGCUGUCAACUCUCAAUAUGAGAUUCAAAGAGCUGUCACUAUCAGUGAAGCAAGCCAUCAUUAGGCUGAAAAAACAAAACAAACCCAUCAGAGAGAUAGCAAAAACAUUACGUGUGGCCAAAUCAACUGUUUGGAACAUCCUCAAAAAGAAAGAACGCACCGGUGAGCUCAGCAACACCAAAAGACCCGGAAGACCACGGAAAACAACUGUGGUGGAUGACCGAAGAAUUCUUUCCCUGGUGAAGAAAACACCCUUCACAACAGUUGGCCAGAUCAAGAACACUCUCCAGGAGGUAGGUGUAUGUGUGUCAAAGUCAACAAUCAAGAGAAGACUUCACCAGAGUGAAUACAGAGGGUUCACCACAAGAUGUAAACCAUUGGUGAGCCUCAAAAACAGGAAGGCCAGAUUAGAGUUUGCCAAACAACAUCUAAAAAAGCCUUCACAGUUCUGGAACAACAUCCUAUGGACAGAUGAGACCAAGAUCAACUUGUACCAGAGUGAUGGGAAGAGAAUAGUAUGGAGAAGGAAAGGAACUGCUCAUGAUCCAAAGCAUACCACCUCAUCAUUGAAGCAUGGUGGUUGUAGUGUCAUGGCAUGGGCAUGUAUGGCUGCCAAUGGAACUGGUUCUCUUGUAUUUAUUGAGGAUGUGACUGCUGAAAAAAAGCAGCAGGAUGAAUUCUGAAGUGUUUCGGGCAAUAUUAUCUGCUCAUAUUCAGCCAAAUGCUUCAAAACUCAUUGGACGGAGCUUCACAGUGCAGAUGGACAAUGACCCGAAGCAUACUACAAGAGAAACCAAAGAGUUUAAGGGCAAGAAGUGGAAUGUUAUGCAAUGGCCAAGUCAAUCAACUGAACUGAAUCCAAUUGAGCAUGCAUUUCACUUGAUGAAGACAAAACUGAAGGGAAAAUACCCCAAGAACAAGCAGGAACUGACGACAAUUGCAGUAGAGGCCUGGCAGAGCAUCACCAGGGAAGAAACCCAGUGUCUGGUGAUGACUAUGCGUUCCAGACUUCAGCCUGUAAUUGACUGCAAAGGAUUUGCAACCAUGUAUUAAAAAGUGAAAGUUUGAUUUAUGACUGUUAAUCUAUCCCAUUACUUUUGGUCCCUUAAAAAGUGGGAGGCACACAUACAAACUGUUGUAAUUCCUAUACCGUUCACCUGAUUUGGAUGUAAAUACCCUCAAAUUAAAGCUGAAAGUUUGCAGUUAAAGCACAUCUUGUUCAUUUCAUUUCAAACCCAUUGUGUUGGUGUAUAGAGCCAAAAAGAUUAGAAUUGUGUUGAUGUCCCAAUAUUUAUGGACCUGAUUGUACAUGUCAAGGAGACAUAAUCAGAGGAGUGACAAAGAGGAGAAGCACAAACAUGACAUGCACAAUAGUUUUUUGUAAAUAGAGUGAAUUUAUGUGAGCUGUAUAGCUAUGCAAUCAUGCUAGGCUAAGUAAUGUGUGGUUAAGCACGCUGACUACAUGUAUACUAAUGCUGCUGACUAUAUGUACACAAUGCUUGCUGCAAAAACACUUUCAUAGUAUUCUAUGGGGCUGCACAAUUUUAUGAUUUUUAGAAUAAACAAGCUUAAUGAGUGGGUACGACCCCUGUACGCCGGAUCUCUCAAGCUUAAUUUAGGGGUUCAGUGCACUGCUGAAGAUGCUCCGAGUGGGAGCAGGUCAGCAAGUAACAAAAGCAAAGCAGAAACUCAAACAAAAUCAAACACAAUGGAAGUGUUGAGCUUUUUUCUCAUCCAACAUGGUCUCUGACCCCACUGUCAUCAUAUUCGGGUGCAUGGUUUCUUGGUGGUCACCUCAGCCGAUCCCCACCAGAGGCAAGGGUGCGUUGUACACGGGAGAGAUCAGGUGCAUAGCAGUAUACAUAUCAAGUUAGGUCAUUAAAGAGGUUGCGAGACUAUGCCGUCUGAUCCGCCGCCGUCUGCAAGAGGGUUUAGUAAUAAAGUCCUGCACUGUAAAGGCGGUUGUGGGCUGCGGGAAAUCAUGCUAGCCCCUCCAGCUGGUAUGCCGGACAGUCAUCCAAUGGGUCGCUUCUCGCUGCAGGUCUCAGUCCACAUUGGGGAGCAGUGCAGCGAUGUGGAGGUGGGGGCGCCCCUCCAGCCCCGGGGUUGUAAGAGAGCCAGUACCCUUGUACCACAAACCUGGAUUCCUGUGAGGUCCAGGGUCUUCCCGUUGGGGAUGGUGCAGUAGGGUCUGCUGUGCCAUGCUGCAGCCGGGUUAGGCCACAUGUGUAAGAGCCUUGAUCAUUCCAAUUAUUAGCUAUUAUGAAUGAGUCCAAUUUAGUUGAUGACAAUGACAACAUCAGAUGUCCGGUAUGUGCAUGAAUACAAAGGAAAGCUAAAUAUAUCCUCUAUAAAUAAAUAAAUAUACAGGGGCUGAUCCAGAAGUCCCAAUUAUACUUGGGGCUAAUGGAUUAGUUCCAGAGGUGCCCAGUGUCACUUUCCUUAACCCCUUAAGGACACAUGACAUGUGUGACAUGUCAUGAUUCCCUUUUAUUCCAGAAAUUUGGUCCUUAAGGGGUUAAAGUGGGGGAUAACCCUCAAAAUACAAUAUAAAACAAACUACAAAGGACUAAAAGGAGAGUAACAAAAAUUGAUGAAAGGGAGCCCUACCUUUAAUUGUCCUAAGGAAAAAAAGAACGGGAAUUGUAGGAGGGAGGAGAGAGGAGACAGAGAAGUAUAUAUAGUAUAUGUAUAUACACACACAUACACAUACAUAUAUAAGUAUAGAUAUACUGCUAGGUUUAUCUAGGAUAAACAAAACUACUAAGUAGGUAUAAACCUAAACUUAAGCAUAUUCCCAGCAAGUAUACAAAAGUCAGGUAUGUACUGAGGUAGAAGAUACUGGGGUGAAAGUGAAGGAGCCUAACCCCAAACCACACACAAAGAUCCCAAGCCAAAAACUCAAAAGGAGUCUGACCCUAUAUCACCUCGGCACUGUGGACUAGCCACUAAUGCCUACCUGAACCACUCUCCCUUCCUAGUCUUAAAAGAAAAAAGAAAACUUAACUAAGCUAGUACAUAUUAGUUCUACCAAGUGUAGUAAUUGAAAAAACAGCAAAAUAGCUUGACGCGCGUUUCGGCGUGUUAGCAUGCCGUCAUCAGGAGCAAUGUCUAUGGGUUAGCCAGUCUAUCCUUUUUUAUAUAUCCUUGAUUGGUAAUUAGCAGUGGAGUGUUGGCUGCUGUAUAAAUGGGGAGGGGAGUUGGUUAGCGUGCCCUCAUUUUAUCUGUUCUUACAGUGUACUGGACAAGGUGUGCAGUGUACACACCCUCCCCAAUCCCCAUUGGGCCCUCCUGCUACAAGGCGGUACCUAAUGCCCUGCGUGUCAAUCAGACCUCCUACUUGGGGAGGGAGUUAGAUUGCACACCCAUUAGCAUCGAACGGGGGGUGUGAACAUAUAUACACAUCUCCUCUACCUGCUGUUGGGCAAGUCUGAUCCGUCACACUGCAGAGACAUCAAUCAUCCAUCAUAAGCACAUCCACAUGCAGGAAUCCGUAUAUUAUGUGGGUGUGCAGAACGGUCAACACUCCUCCCCAAGAACCGCAAAACGGUUGAGGUUCUCUAAAUAGAAUACAUUUCACCUCCUUUCUAUAAAUGUAGUUCAAAAGUAUACGAAUUUAUAUACUAAUAAAUAUAUCCUCUCUAAAUAAUAUGAUGUUCCUCUUAUAAACGUAUAAACGCAACAUGAAAUAAUGCUUAAUUAUUAUAUUUUCUAUCUUUUUAAAUAGAUUUAUUCUUGCCAAUAAAUCCAGGAGGCUGGCCCACCUCACAAAAGAUGAAAGGUACAGUUAAACAAGUUUAGAUUUUGCUUUAAUUACGUUUUAUAUUUGAAUUUGCAAUGUUUUCCAAAAAAAUUGCUAAUCUGUAAUUACAUCAAUCACAUAGUUCAUGGAUUAAUGUAAAUACAUAGUUCUGCAAAUGUGAAAAAUACCAUAUUGUUUACUAAUUGGUUGCAUUCAGCACCAUUUUCCUGCAUUUGGUUUUUAAAAUUCUUCUGUGGUUCACUAUAUUCACUAAUAAAAUGAUAAAAGAAUUUAGCAAAAAAAAAAAAGGUUCUGUUAAGAUGAGAUAGGUUUUUCAGGGGAAUUUAGGGUUGGAGUAUCCUUAUAGGAUCAAUAAGGGCUGGGGUAUUUAAAGGUGACUACGUGUUAGGGGAGAUUAGAGUUAUAAGUGCAAUUUCCAUUGAUAUUUAUAACAACCAAAUACAGUUAAAUGGUUGUAAUUCAGCAUUUAGGGGUAGCCGAACGAGUCAGAUUAUAUAGAGAUUUGGCUGAUUGCAGCCAACAACUGAUCUGCAACCAAAUGCAAGUGCAACUUUGUUUAUAAUUACAAAACCUAAUAUCUAAAUAACUAAAAGGUUAAAAAAAGAGCCAAAAUUUGGCAACUGAGUAGCAUUCAGCUAUUAUUCGGCAUCAAUUGUGUAGAUUCUAAUGUACAGCAAGGUAUCUUAUUACAUAAAUUUAGCCAUUUGUUGAUCACUGAAGAACUCUAUAAUGAGUAGUUUAAAUAUAACAAUAUGUUUUUAUUUUCUAAAAUAAAUUACACAAUAGUGUAAACUGAAUGCAUGCCAAUAUGUUUUUCUUCAAAAUUGUUUCCAGAUCACAAGAAUUCAUAGUUAUGCAAUUUUUAUAGGAGUCUCUACCUAAUCUAACAACCCUGUGUGGAGGAUAAAUGAAUACAUGAAAAAUUAAAAUGAUGGAAAAGUACAAAAUGAAAUUUUUAUGUACCCACUAUGAAUAAGAAUCUAGAUUUCAAAUUCUUGUUUUAUGCUUAUGCACAUUUUUUUUCAUUAUAUAUUUUUUUUCAAAAAAAACUUUGUAAUAACACCUACAUCCAUCUCUUUUUCUUUUCUCUUCCAAUAAUUUUGAUCUCUAUUUCACAUGGUAUACUUGUAUUAUUAUUAUUUUUUUGCAUAAUACAAUAUUUAUUGAUUGCUUAUUACUUGGUUUUUAGGAAGGUCAAAAUCUGUGAACUGUACGCAAAAGUAUUAGGAUCAGAAGAAGCUCUGCAUGUAAGAUCAUUUGAAUAUAAUUGUAAACUGUAAAAUGCUUAAAAAUGCUGUAAAAAGUCAACAAUUCUUUUACCAUUAUAUUUUCUUAUAUAAGCAUUUAUUAUGCAUAUAAUUCCUUGAAAUACUUAAGCGAUAUACUUUAUUUGUUUAUGAUUUUGUAACAUAAUAAAAUAAAUGCAAUGAUUCACAAAUACCCAAUGUCUGUGACAAAGAUGAAAUGAUAUGUGCUAUAAAACUGGUCGACACAAUGAAGGAUUUUAGACCCCAACACUUUUAUAUAUAAAUUUUGCCAAAUGUUUGGCACAGUUUAUUAAAUCUGUUAGUUUCGUCAUCUGUUCCUUUUUUUGUGACUAGCCAGCAUUUUUUUUUAUAUUUACCAUAUUUUUGUCAAAACAGAUUUUAAAUUUUCGCCACCUUUUCUACAUAAAACUGUUCUGUUACUUUUUUUUCCCACUACACUAAAUUUGGCAGUUUUCUAAGAUUAAAAUUUCUGUGAAUAUUGGUGGGAUUUAACAUAAAGAACCUCACUUUUUAGAUCACUUUUAGAACACUUAAAUAUAUUUAAUCAAAAUAAUAACAAAACUUAACCUUUACUUUUCAGAACACUUGGAUAAAUAUUCCCCACUAGUUAGUCAUGUUUCCAUCCCAAAAAUAUAAAAAGUUUAGAAUUUCCACAUCUGUGGCAGCUACAUAAAAACAAACAAAUAGGGGGGGGAGGGGCCUGACAGCAGACCUUGACGGACGCACACUAGAUGGUCUCUGCUUCCAAAUUGACUAAAUCAGCGGUUCCUGACAAAUUACAAAGCUGUGAUUAUACCUCAUAGACCAACAAGAGUUAUGGGGUGAAAAACUAAGUUGAAUCAAAAUGGCCACCGAACCCUGGGUUACACAGACUCCUUGGAGGAUCUGAGCCUGGAUGAAUGCAUGGGCGGUAUGUUCGCCCGCUGACACAGCAGAGUCCUACACCUGGGCACUCUUGACCAGUCAAUGCAGUGACGCUGAAAGCCAUGCUGGGAUACCUGCAAAAGAUAAUCCAGGCUGAUGUGGCCCAGCUUCAUACAGACCUCAGAGGCCUAGUUGGUCACAGUGGGGUGGUGGAGGCCUCCUCAGAAAAAAAGUCCUAACCAUUGCGGAGCUCCAACUGGAGGUGAAGGCACUUAAAGUGCCACAAACCAAAAGCAGAACAGCGUUUUGCAGUGCUUGUAGACCAAAGGCGCUGCAACAACGUGAAAGUCCGAAGAAUCCCUGAGGACAUCCCAGCGGAAGAACUCCAACACUUGAUGCAGAGACUUAUUGGAGCCCUGGGAUCCAGUGAAGAUCAAGCCUAUUGUGCCUCAAGGAGGGAUGCCUGACGCAUAUGCGGCUACCAUCAUCUGAAUCAAUUUUAUUUUGGGAAUCCUUACCUUUCUUUUUCUUCUACGGAACCAAGUAAAACCUGAGGGCACCUGCUGCCUUAAAUGAAGGAACUCUAAACCUACUGAUGACUUUGUGGUUCUUUGGGACAAUAUCUUAUUGCGGUUUGAAGUUUGCUUAUUUUUGUUUUUGUGUUUUGUUGAUUUGCUUUUUAGUUAAGUGACACUGUAAUGUAAUUUUAGGCUCUCACAGGGAUCUCCCACUCCCCAACCCUGCCUCCUAGACAAAAUUAGACCCACUGCUCAGAAUACCAAGUUAUUGGAGGUGGAUAAAGGGUACAACAUCAAACCUAGUGCCAGGAGUUUUAUGUGAGACGUAUGCUUCAACUCAACCGACACAGGAUUUCUGUUCUUAACGCGAAGCAACAUUCACAAACACGCUAGAGAAUCUAAAUUUCUCUUAUCUAGCUUAAUUACCCUUCAUUUACAACACUGACGCAUUGUACACUUCACCUGGCCAGGACUCGAUGUUGGGAAUAAUACACGAUGUUGGAAUAUAAGAUCCACUCGACUCAUAUUAGUAUAAAAAUAAAAUCAUCAGCUCCCAGGCUAUGUUAAUAUUAGACGCAAUGUAACACUGAAUGUAUACUCUGAUAUUUUGUCAUGUCUCUAUUUAUUUUCACCUGCAUGCCCUCUUGCGCUUGUGAGCUGGGUACAAAUAAAGAAUUAUAUAUAAAAAAACAAACAAACAUUUAUGAAAUAUAUGAAAAUCACCACUUUUAUAAAAAAAUAAAUAAAUAAAUAAACUAAAUCAUUAUUUAUUUGUAGUUUUUUUUUCCACUUGUCAGUAUAACACAUAUAUGUCUUCAAGUGGCUAAAAGUGUUUGCUUUCUAUGAUCGCCCUGACUGUUCCCUGUUACAAAGCAGGCCCCUCAUUGUAGUGCAUUUUUGUCCUGUCCAUAUAUACGUGUGUAAAUCUUAAAAUUAGAAGUGAAAAUCAGAAAUGAUUUGGUAGUAAGGUAGGAGAAGAAGAGUUGCCCCUGGGCCUGAGUGUAGAUUAGGUAGAAUAGGGUAAAGCAGGUAGGAAUGGUCAUGCUCCGUUGAGCCAUUCGCCCCCCCCAGUGUGUCCUCCCCCAGGCCGCCCCCCUCUAUCUGCCCUGAGACACAAACACGAACCAUGGUCGCCACAUCUCUGCGUGCCUGUCCCUCCUCCCAAGUAGUGAUGCUUGGAUCGCCUCAGCUCCCUGAAUGUACUCCACCUUGCGAAUCUAUUCCUCCAUUCGGGGCGUCUCUGUCCUCUUCCAGUAUAGCGGGAUCAGGGCUUUGGCUGCAUUAAGUAAAUGACAUAAGAUCAAUUUUUUUGUAUGUGGCAAUCGACAUCGUUGAAAUAUGUAGAAGGGGCAAUGCUGCCGUCCAUUCUGUUGUUUCUCCCAUAAUUUCGGUUAUUUUCUCCCUGAUCAUCUCCCAAUACGGAACUAUAAGGCGGCAUUCCCACCAUAUAUGUAUUGUCGUGCCCCUCUCAUCGAGGCAUCUCCAGCAUGUCGGUCGCGUUGUUGGGAAGAUCCUGUGGAGCAGUGUCGGGGUCCUGUACCAUAGCGCGAUUAGUUUGUAAUUCGUUUCUUGGUAAUGUGUGCUAAUGAAGUCUAUAAUUCAAUAAAAGCUUACAUUUUGAAGAAGUGUUUCAGAAUUUUGGGAUCCAUUUGGUGUGCAAUCCUUUAGUUUAAAUAUGCCAAUACCUAAUUUGCUAUUUUUUCAACUGCUAGAAAACCAUAAAACAUGAUUAACUGGCAAUCGUCAUUAGGAAUUUCAGACCCAUAAAAAUGUUAUCCAAUAGAUCGAUAAUUAGUUCUAUUUUCAAUAAUUACUUCCUGAACAGCCCGUGCAUUAUGAAGAAAAGAAUUGGUGUGAAGAACAGUAUUCCGGAGGCUGUUAUACAGCAUACUUCCCACCAGGAAUCCUGACUCAGUAUGGCAGGUAGGAGUAAAGUAAAAAACGCAAUACAAAUACAUAAGUUAAAUAAGUCAGUAAACAUAUGCACACACAGAUAUAUGCAGUUAAGUUAACAAUAUAUUUGUCUUUAAGCGAUCAUUUUAAUAUAAUGGUAUUGAAUUUUAGAGUUCUUCGGCAACCUUUUGGCCGGAUCUUCUUUGCUGGAACAGAGACUGCAACAGAAUGGAGUGGAUAUCUUGAAGGAGCCAUUCAGGCAGGGGAGAGAGCCGGGAGAGAGGUAUAUUCAGUAUUUAGCACAUAUAUAUCCAAACAAAUUCAAACAUGAUUCUUCAAACAUGAUUCUAUAAACGACGGACUGGAUUAAAAUGAAGGCACAUAAUAUAGCACUAUAAAAAACAAGCAUUUGCUUUUGUUUUGUUUUUUUAUUUACUGAUCAAAAGAUGUUAUUGCUGUGUUCUGUUAUUGUUUUGUGAUCUUGUACACAGUUGGCUUUCAUUAAAAAAGACUCCUCUGACCAAUGCACAUAAAAUUAAAUAGCAUGAUCCAAAUCUGUAUCCAAUUCACUUCCAAUUCUAAUAAAAUUUUUUAAAAAUAGACAAAUAACUGCUUUAAGAAAUAUAGGCAAAAUCUGGUUCACUGGGAACACGCCACAAAUUGAUGUAUGUGUAUUACAAAUGGAGAGAACCAAAAAAGAGCUUGUUUUCUGGGGGAAAGCAUUGGAAAACUGGGGGAAAUGUAUUAACACAAGUAUAUACCGGAUAUUAAGAGGAGGUUUAAAGGAAGUAAGGCAUGUUUUUAUAUGAGCAUAUGGAGAAUGGUGAUUGAGUUAUUUGUAAAAAGAGAAAAAAAAGAAGGAAGGAGAGAUAAGGAAAGGAACAAAAAGAGAAAAUUAUUAUAUUGUUUUUUUUCUUUUUUUAUCUCUUUUUUUUCUUUGUUGCUUGUUUAUAAUUAGAAGGAAAACAUACUAUAUCACUUGAGGCAUUAGUAGAUUAUAUUGAUGUAAGACAUAAUGGUUACUUUGACAUAAAAGGAAAAGAAAAGGAAGAAAAGCUAGAAUAUAUGCUUAUUUUAUAUGUUUCUGUUAUUUUUGUUCAUUCCAUUCAUAUUAUUUGAUUGAAGAUGUUGUAACCAAAUUACAUAGAAACAUAGAAUGUGACGGCAGAUAAGAACCAUUCGGCCCAUCUAGUCUGCCAAAUUAUUAAUGAAUAUGUGAAAAAAGAGUAUUAAAAAUAUUAAAUUAAAAAAUAUAUAUAUACGAAAUCGGUCAACAACAUCUCAGCGUGACAGAACCCUCACUACCUCAUGCAUAGUGUGGACAACACACACUUAGUAUAGGACAAAUGUGGGAUGUCCACACGAAACGCGUGAGGUGGUGGGGAAUCUUUCAAGUUGAGAUGUUGCUGACUAAUUUCGUAUAUUUUUAUAUUUUUCUAAAUAAAGUGAAUUGGAUACAGAUUUGGAGCAUGCUAUUUUAUGUGCUGUGACUAGAGGAGUCUUUUCAAUUAAUGUUGCAUUUCCACUGAUGACCACAGUAUUGCUCCUGGUCAGUAUGCUUUAAGACCAGCAGGAAGUAUGAAAUGGUGAGAGGCCACUUUUGAAUUUCCAUAAUAAAAGUGAGUGCUCUUAUAUAUGGAUAUAUUUCUAAAUAACUUCCCUAAUACCUACCUUUUAUUCAACAAGAAUUUAACAGCAUUUGCUAUUAAAUGCCAAAAAUGGUUUUGCUGUGCUAGCUGAGGUUAUGAGAAAUACCUCAUAAAGCAUACACACUAGUGACAAAGGAACCAUAAUUUAAACCAAGUCAACCAGUUUAGGAGAGAUUUAUCAAGGGAAAACCAAGUGCUUUUCUGGGGCAAAUAUGCAAAAUAAGGAGCAAUGACCAUGGAAAGCAAUAGACUAUAUAUCCAUUUGGAGCUUUUAACACCCAGUAUAGCACCUGGUUUGCCUUUAGAAAUCUCCCCUUUGUUUAAAAAAACAGUCUGACUAUACCUGUGGAAUUACAAUCAAGUUCACAUUGGUAUAGUAUUAACCCCUUAAGGACUGGACUGUUUUUGCGAUGUUGUACAUUUGCGACCAGGCAUAUUUUUACACUUUUGUGGUGUUUGUGUUUGGCUGUAAUUUUCCGCUUUCUCAUUUACUGUUCCCAUACAAAUUAUAUAUUGUUUUUUUCAGGACAAAAGGGGCUUUUUUUACAUACCAUUAUUUAUAUAAUCUCAUGUAUUUUAAUUUAAAAAAAAUAAAAAAAUCUGAUGAAAAAUUGAAAAAAAUACAUGUUUUUUGACUUUUACUUGAAAAAUCUUUUACUCAUCUACAAAAGCGAAUGAAAAAAACUGCUAAAUAGAUUCAAAAUUUUGUCCUGAGUUUAAAAAUACCUAGUGUUUACGUGCUUUUUUGCUUUUUUUUGCAUGUUAUAGGGCUAUAGGUACAAGUAGGAUAUUGCGGUUUCAAAACAUAAUUUUUAAAAUUUAUCAAUAGUGACAUUGUAACACUAUUAUCUGUCAUAAAUCUCUGAAUAGCACCCCACAUGUACAUAUUUUUUUUAAAGUAGACAACCCAGGGUAUUCAAUAUGGGGUAUGUCCAGUCUUUUUUAGUAGCCACUUAGUCGAAAACACUGGCCAAAGUAAGCAUUCAUAUUUGUUUGUGUGUGAAAAAAGUAAAAAAACUAAAUUGAACGCUAAUUUUGGCCAGUGUUUGUGACCAAGUGGUUACUAAAAAAGACUGGACAUACCCCAUUUGCAAUACCUUGGGUUGUCUUCUUUUGCAAAUGGUAUGCCAUCAUGGGGGUAAUUCUCAUUCCUGGGCUACCAUACGCUCUCAAAGGCAACGUAACCAACCUGGCCAUUUUCAAUGUAAAAAUAUUUGACCCAUAUAUUUGACCUUGUAACUUUCAAAAAUGCUAUAAAACCUGUACAUGGGGGGUACUGUUUUACUCGGGAGACAUCGCUGAACACAAAUAUUAGUGUUUAAAAACUGGAAAACGUAUCACAACAAUUAUAUCAUCAGUAAAAGUGCUGUUUGUGUGUGAAAAAUGCAAAAAAAGUAACUUUCACUGACAAUAUCAUCGCUGUGAUAUGUUUUACUGUUUUGAAUCACUAAUAUUUGUGUUCAGCGAAGUCUCCCGAGUAAAACAGUACCCCCCAUGUACAGGUUUUAGGGUGUCGUAGAACGUUACAGGGUAAAAUACAGUGCUAGCAAAUUAAAUUCUCUGGAAUUUCGGCCUGGGUUGGCAGGCAGGUCCCUCAAAUUGCAAUCAAUAAAAUUACUGAAUUAUGUAAAAAUAUUACAUAAAUACGCACGUAGAAUUUAAAUAUAUAUGCAUAUUUAUAUAUUUGAAGUCUACGUGUAUAUUUAUAUAAUUAUUUAUGUAAUUUUGUAUAUGGAUGUAUGUAUAUUUCUUAUUAUUUUUAUUUAUUUUUAUAUACAUAGAUAUAUAUACAAAUUCAUUCUAAGUGUAUUUUGAUAUAAAUAUAUAUAUAUUAAUUUUAAAAUACAGUUAGAAUAAAAUUUCAUAUAGCUAUAUAAUUUUUUUUAAAUUUUUUAUUAUUUAAAAAAAAUUAUUUAAUUUAAAUUACUUAUUUAUAUUUUAUAAUAAUAUAUAUAUACAAUAUAUAUAGUUAUUAUAUAUAUUAUAUAUAUACGUGUGUAAUUUAAUUAUAAGUGUAUUUUUAUAUUAAUAUAAGUACAUAUUAAUAUAAAAAUACACUUAGUAUGACAUUAUAUAUAUGAUAUAUAGACAUAUAUAUAUAGAUAUAAUAUAUGUCUAUAUAUCAUAUAUAUACACAUAUAUAAUAAUUAUUUUUUUUAUUAACAUUAACUUUAUUUUUUUAAUGAUUUUACACUAGCAGGGAGACUGCCUGUCAGCACAGACAGUCCCCCUGCAGGCAGACACAUGGACACCUAUUGUGACCAUGUGAUCAUAAGCGAUCACAUGGCCACAGGGGUCCUAAUCUGCUGUGGGGAGACUGUCUGGGCUGCAGGCAGUCUCCCCACAACCGGAGCCACGCUGAUCGCCGCCGGGGGAACGACGGCGAUCAGGUAAGUAGCUCUGACCGUUAGGACGGUUCAGGACCGUCAUCGGUCGGCAACGCAAAAAUACCGAUGACGGUCCUGAACCGUCCUCGGUCGGGAAGGGGUUAAUAGUACAUGCUCCAUAGCUCUCAAUAUACAUUUAUUUAGAAAGUAAAACUUAUACUUGUAUAAUUUGAAGUCAAAUGAAACCAAAUAAAGAUAUGAUUUACAAAUGAAACCAUUUUUUCCAUGGAGUCACUGCCAGGGCUGCAUAAAUAGAAACAAAAAGGAUUUACCUCCUAAAUGGUUAAAAUUGAACAGUUAGAUUGCAGGGGCAUGAUCUAUAGACUAAAACAGCUUCAUUAAAGGGACAAUCCACUGCACAAAUACAAAAUGAAUUUAAAAAAAACAACGGUUUGUAGAUAUAACCCAAAUGAAAACUUGCAUGUAUUUCAUUGAGAUUUUUUUCAUUGAGGUAUAUCUAAAAAUAGCAUGCAAAAGUUGCAGUUCUGUCUUUGCAUAAUUUCUGUGGCUGUCCAAUCUCAAACUUCCCAAUGCAGCUCAAUUAGAAACCUUUGCAAGGCUGGUCCUCUGAGCUAUUGCUGCCUCUUGAGUUUAGCUCCACCGAACUAUCAAACCCAGGAAGUAACAGGACCUGUUGUCUGCUUGAAAGCAAAGGAGGUGUAAUAUGCCACUUUCUAUUGAAAUCUGUAAAAUGAAAUAAAAAUGGACCUGUUUCAACUUCAACAGGUAAUUAAACAUUGCAUAUGGCUCUUUUAUUGAAUUUUUAAGUCAUUUUCAUCCAGCUGCUAGCAAACAUUGUGAAAAAUCGGUCUACUCAACUAUGGCAAAUUGAUAGGUCCAAAACAGUUUGAUGUUCUGACAUUAGUAAAUACGCUAUUUUGUAGCCUACCAUACCUUUUAAUAAAAUGCAUGUUCCAAUAUAUCAUUUCAGAUAUUGCACAAAAUGGGCAAAAUACGAGAGAGUGAUAUCUGGGUGCCAGAGCCACCAUCAUUGGUAAGAUGUGUCAAGAAAUUCUAAUUUUCUUAAAGCGAGACCCACAAAUGAGAUGAAAUAUAGUGUUGGUGUCUAGGACUAAACACUUACACAGUAUCCUGUGAAUUUCUUCCACAUUUCCAAAGCUAUAUGAUCUGUAACGGAUCCCCUAUACUCCGACUGAGUAUAUCCGCUGUAGUUCUGCCAAAUCCCCAGUGAAGCAGUGAUUAUAGCUCCCAAUUCCCCAAACAUCAGCCUAGACUUGAUGAAGGGUUGAAAUUAAUGUGUUUAAUCCAGACUCAAUGGCCCACUUAUAUACAAUACAGAGACACAGUAAACAUGCUCAUGACACUCUCAUAAACAUAUACAAUUAUAAGAGAUUAUGCUGUAAAAUCACCAAAAAAACUUCUUACAGUUUGAUAGUUUGAUUCUACUGUAUAUAUGGAUUGCUCCCAGUGUCUCCCUGUCUCAGUCUCCCAUGUCUUACAGUGUAUAAGUGUCCCUAUGUAUUAUAGUGUCCCCAUGUCUCCCAGUGUCCCCUAGUUUCCCAGUCUCUGUGUCCCCAUGUCACCCAGUGUCAUUUAGUCUCCCAGUCCCCUAAUCUCCCAGUGUCUCACUGUCCCCUAGUGUCUGUGUCCCCAGGUCUCCCAGAGUCUCAGUAUCCCCAUGUCUACCAGUAUCCCCUAGUCUUCCAGUCCCCUAAUCUCCCAGUGUCUCAGUGUCCCCUCGUGUCUGUGUCCCCAGGUCUCCAGUGUCCCCUAUGUAUCACGAUGUCCCCUGUGUAUCACAGUGUCUCAAUGCCACAUGUCUCCAGGGACAGGGACAAUGGCAGGAAGACAUGGGGACACUGAGAGACUAGAGCCACUGGGAGACAUGGUGCCGUUGUGUCCCUAGUGUCUCAGGGUCCCCUUGCCCCCAGUGUCCCAAUGUCUCACCAUCCCCGUGUCUCACAGUUUCCCCUAGUGUCUCAGUGUCCCCAUGUCUCCCAGCGCCCCCUAGUGUCCCUAUGUCUAACAGUUUCACUAUGUCUCCCAGUGUCCCUAUUUCUCCUAGUGUCUCAGUUUCUCCGAGUGUCUCAGUGUCCCCAGGUCUCACAGUGUCCCUAGGUCUCACAGUGUCCCCUAGUGUCUGUGCCCCCUAGUGUCUGUAUUCCCAUGUCUCCCUUCAGCUUUUCCCUCCAUCCCUCACCUACCUGAGCUGUAGGCUGUUCUGCAGGAUUGGAGCUGCUGUCUGGACUCUCUGUGCAGAGCUGCUCCUCCAGUGAGCGGAUCAGUGAGUAGAAAGAGGCAGGGAGGGAGAUGCUGUAAUUUCCUAUCCCUGCCUCUCUCUACACACACAGCGACCCCUACUGGCUGGCGCUGGUAUUGCAGAAUUAUCUCUGUUUAUACUGAGACUGACAUUUGUAUUGCAGGUAUUACUGCAAUGCCGGCACCAACUAGGCAGCCUCAAAUAUUGGAUAAGUAGUGUGUAAAAAGAAAAAAUGUAUUUUUUUUAAAAAUCAAUAGGUCUAUUCCAUAGGCAUGGGCCUGGAGCUGCAGCUCCAUCAGCCCCUAUGUUAAACCGGCCCUGUCCAUACGAACAAACCUUCCUGACAUGGGUGGAAAGGAAGCAAGCGUUCGUCACAUUUCAGCUGAGUUCGGGAGUUGCCGGGUCCGAUUUUAGUUCCAUGCGAUCGACGCCCAAACACAGCUGCCUGCAUUCCCUCCCCCCACCCAGCCUCACAAUUAGAAGACACGAUAAUUGAAGUGUCACAAGAGGUUACCAGGGGUUAACAAGCCCAGAGGUGGUCCACAGUUCGUGAGUUGGUUCGAAAAGUACAAAUAAAUCCCACAAACUAAGUUUGUUUGUAAGCCUUUUUCCAUGGCCCAUUGUCAGUGGGCAGGAGGCUAGCUUCCACACUUUUCCAAGAGCCUGUGUUGAAUGUCCAGGCCAAGGGGCGUUCAUCACAUAGAAACAUAGAAUGUGAUGUGACCGCAAAUAAGAACCAUUCGGCCCAUCUAGUAUGCCCAAUGGUGUAUAUAGUCCCUGGCCUUAUCUUAUAGCUAAAAUAUCCUUAUGCCUAUCCCACGCAUGCUCAGCUCGAAGGCUAUUCCAUGCAUCCACUACCCUCUCAGUAAAGUAAUACUUCCUGAUAUUAUUUUUAAACCUUUGCCCCUCUAAUUUAAGACUGUCCUCUUGUUCUGGUAAUUUUUCUUCUUUUAAAUAUAGUCUCCUCCUUUACUGUGUUGAUUCCCUUUAUGUAUUUAAAUGUUUCUAUCAUAUUCCCCCUAUCUCGUCUUUCCUCUAAGCUAUACAUGUUAAGAUUCUUUAACCUUUCCUUGUAAGUUUUAUCCUGCAAUCCAUGAACCAGUUUAGUAGCCCUUCUCUGAACUCUCUCUAAAGUAUCAAUAUGCUUCUGGAGAUACGGUCUCCAGUACUGCGUACAAUACUCCAAGUGAGGUCUUUCCAGUGUUCUGUACAAUGGCAUGAGCACUUCCCUCUUUCUACUGCUAAUACCUCUCCCUAUACAACCAAGCAUUCUGCUAGCAUUUCCUGCUGCUCUAUUACAUUGUCUGCCUGCCUUUGAUCCAACUCUAGAGUAACUUGCACAGGGUUAUUCACUAAACUGUGAAUUUUCAGGAAUGCACCAUGUAAUUGCAAGUUUAGGAGGAAAUAGAAAAUUUUUAAACAUUCUCCAAGUCAACUGUGUUUCUAGGUAAGACAUUAUGGUCUUAAAUUGGCAAUUCACAAAAAUGAGAGUUGCUCGUAUUGCAAAGUUAAUUUCAAAUUUAAGCCAACGUAACUGAACCAUAGCUAUAUUUUUCAGUUCAGCUGUUUGUCCUUAAAUUUCUCCAUGAAUUCCUGAGAAUUCUCACUGUAACAAAUAACUCUUAAGUGUUAAUUUCUGACAACUCAGAGUUUCAUCUGUGUGCAUAUUAAUUUAAAGGGAUGCUACAGGCAACCAGACCACUUAAAGGGAAAUUAUAGUGCCGCACCCCCAUUCAUCGCUGCCCCACCCCCAAUCCUGUCCUCCUUUGCAUCUCCCCCGCAGAUGUCAGGCAAUGACUGGGCUCCCAUAAGGUUUUCCCCAUAGGAAAACAUUAUACAAUGCUUCACAAUUGGGAAUCUGGUGACGCUUCAAGUGUCAGGAAUAGAAAUCUGUAUUCCUAACACUAUAGUGCCCUCUGGUCGUCAUCCCCCCCUCGUGUCCCCUGGCUCUUAAAGGGUUAAAAACUCUUUUAACACUUACCCGAUUCCAGCACCGAUAUUCUUCUGUGCUGGCUUGUGCCUCCUACGACAUCAUCCAACAGGGAGGACUAAUGCUCAUGUGCAUUGCAAGCGUAUUAGACAUUCCCAAAAAAAAGCAUUGCAUAAGUUAGGUUAUUAAAAAGUCAGUUAGCCACCAGGAGGUGUCUCUAGUUGCUGUCUGAUUGACAGCCACUAGGGGCAGUCUUAGUCCAAUGUAAUUAUUGCAGUUUAUUAAAAACGGCAAUGAUUUGCAUUGCAGGUCUUAGCAUGCAGACCACUUCACUGAGCUGAAUAGUUCAGGGUGACUAUAGUGUCCCUUUAAAACUGCCUCUAGUGGCUGUCUCUCAGACAGCCACUAGAGGUGCUACUUGGCUCCUUUAAAUGACGCUGGAUUUUCUGACACUGUGCAUGAGGACAUGCAGCGUCUUCAAAUCCCCCAUAGGAAAUCACUGAAUCAAUGUUUUCUUAUGGGGAAGGCCUAAUGUGCUGUGCUCGCCAUUUGGCACUGACUUCAAAGGUUGCUAAUAUGGAGCCAGCCCUGAGGGACUUUGGCGCUGGAGUAAGGUGUUUGUAAAAAGGAUUUUUAACCCUUUAUUUGCCAGCGGGGGAUAGGGAAAGAACACUAUAUUGUUAGGAAUACAGCUUUGUAUUCCUAACUCUAAGUUGUUCCUUUUAUUUAGUAAAAUACACAAAUUAGUGCAAAUUAUUGCUUUCUCCUCUCUGAGUAUAUUGUCCAUGCAAUGGAACAUUUUUUAUUACAUGUAAAAUUGCUCUGUUUUUAGUCUUAUUUAUGUUUUUAUUAGAUUGUUUAUGUCAUAAUAUAUAUUUUUAUUUCUCACAAUAAUGAUAUAUAUUUUUGAAGGCAGCACAUAAGCAUAAUAUACUAAGUUAUAUGUAUAAGCUAUGGUUUUCUAAGAGCAUAUACAUAUCUCAGAAUAAAAUACUAAGGAGUACUUCCAGCAAUACAUUGCCUUGAUUAUUGCAACCACUUCUAAUUUACUUUAAAUCUCAAUAACAAUCUGUAUUCCAAUCCAUCUAAACAUUUAUGAUCCAAAACAAUAACUAUCUACAAAUUAACAUAUCUAUGCAUAUGUAUAAAAAAAAUAACCAAUUUUUUUUCAUGUUUUUUCAUAGGAUGUCCUUUGCCUGCCUAUUACCGCUACCUUUUGGGAAAGAAACUUACCAUCUAUUCAGGGUUUGGUGCGAUUUAUCGGAUGUUCAGUAUUACUAACUUCAACAGCGGCAAUUGGUCUAUUUGCUUUUAAAAAGGGACUGCUCACUCGUUAAUGGAAAGAGCCUCCUGUCUCACACACAGGUCUAGCAUUAAUCAUCAGCUGCGCAAAAUAUUUCCAAAUAAAAAUUAUCUGUAUGUUUGUGGAGUAUUCCUGGAUGUAUAAAUAAACUUAAAAUAAUUCAAAAAUAAUUUUGU